AUGAUGGGUCGGAUUCCGACCGGAGUGUGGAGGAUGAAUCAGACGUUCUGGAGUAUGACUCCUUUGAUGAGGGUGAGUCGGGUGAGGACUUACCGCUUGCGGGUGUGACCCCUUCUGGGGCACCCGCCCCUGCCCGUAGUCAGUUGAUAAACCCCACUGGGGAUACCAAGGCACUGGUUGACCCUCAGGGCAACCCCUUAUUUGACCCCGACGAUCUUCGUCACCCUAGGUCCGCAGAGUGGGUUCCCCCGGACCAUAUUGCUCAAUAUGUGGCACGGCGCAUGCACACCCCCUUUCCAAAGAAGGUCGCAAUAAGUUGCGGGCGGAAUGCCCCAGACCCUCUCUGCCCGGUGCAGCCUGCAAAACCCCUGACAUCGACCCUCAGAUUGCUCAAUUCAUGAACAAAUCGGGCUGGAAGCCCAAGAAGGGCUUAGACUAUUCGCUCAAGGGGUGCCAGGACAAGCUCUUGGACACCCUGGGUCCUUUAUCCAAAUUAUACGAGCUCCUGGACGGCGCUCGGGCAGGCACUUCCAUGCUGGAUGUUGAUGUUGCCAUAGGAUGGGUCCAGAGAGCUAUCUGUCUUUUGGGGAAUGCGAACACUGCCAUGUCCUCAGAGAGGCGUAAGGCAAUUCUCCUCAAGCUUGACCCAAAACUGGCUGCCAUGACUGUGGCGGAGCCUGAUCCUUCCGAGGAGGGGAUGCUGUUCGGUGCUUCCUUUGUUAAGGACUUGGGGUCGUAUGUUAAGACCUUUACGGCCAUUGACAAGGCGCAGGCGAAUAUGAAGCGCAUGUUCGCGCCCAAGGUUUUCGGAGGGGCCGGGCGUAGCAGGAACCGUCCACCCGGCCGUGGUUUCCGUGGCUCCUCACGUGCCCAAAGAGGUUCCUUCUUUCCGUCCCGGGGAUUCCAGGAUCCGAGGACGCCCCCUUUCUUCCCAGCCAGAGGGAGACCUUGGGGCUCCAGAUACCCCCGCGGUGCCGCUUCGGGAAGACGCCCUUAUGGUAAGUACCCCUUCUUCCCAUAUUACUCGGGCGCGGGUAGCGGGCAGGCUGGCUCUGUUCCACCAAGAGUGGGCAAGUAUUACUUCAGACGCUUGGGUUCUACAGUGUGUGAAGGGCUAUCGCCUGGAGUUUGUUUCUCUCCCUGUCCAAUUUCAUGUCCCCAGGGAAUUGUCUCUCCCGCUAGACCAAGACGAGAUGAUCUCGGCAGAAGUCGAGGAGAUGCUGUCGAAAGGCGCUAUAGAAGAGUUGCCGUUCGCCGCUCAAGGCUUUACGAGCAAUCUCUUCCUGGUCCCCAAGAAAGGGGGCGGAGUCCGCCCGGUGAUAAAUCUCCGCCCCCUCAACGCAUUCCUCCGGUACCAACACUUUCAGAUGGAGGGUAUACACUGCCUCAGGGACCUCCUCCGUCAGUCAGACUGGCUGGCCAAGUUGGAUCUGAAGGACGCGUAUUUCACGGUCCCGAUAGCGUUGGAGUGCAGGGAUUACCUGCACUUCACCUGGCAUGGGAGACGCUGGCGCUUUACCUGUCUGCCUUUCGGCCUUUCCUCGGCGCCAUGGUGCUUCACCAAGAUCAUGAAGCCUCCGAUGGAGUUCCUCCGUACCCGUGGGGUGCGUUUAAUCAUUUACCUGGACGACAUCUUAAUCAUGUCCCAGUCCAGAGACCAGCUUCUCACGCAUUUGGGAUGGACGAUCGAUCUACUGCAAAACCUGGGGUUCUUGAUCAAUUGGGACAAAUCGAUCCUGGACCCAUCACAGUCGAUGGAGUUCCUAGGUUUCCAGGUGGAUUCCAUCCGCCAAUUCCUAUACUUGCCGGAUUCAAAGAUCAGAGCCAUCCGAAAGGAGCUUCGAAGGGCUCUGCGUGUACAAGAUCUAUCCAUCAGGCAAUUGGCACGCAUUAUCGGUCUCCUUGCGGCCUCCAUUCAGGCGAUAUUCCCGGGCCCACUCCAUUAUCGUGCCCUCCAAAGGCUCAAGGGUUCUCACCUCCGAGCAGGUCAUUCCUACGAAUCCCGUGUACAGCUGGACGUGGAGUCCAGAGACGAACUGGUGUGGUGGUUAGCCCACAUGGAAGCCUGGAACGGGAGGGCCAUCUUCGGUUCCAUCCCGGACGUGAUAAUAGAAUCAGAUGCCAGCUUACACGGCUGGGGGGCUCGUUGUGGCAACGUUUCCACAGGAGGCAGAUGGUCCGAGACGGAGAGAUCCCUGCACAUCAAUUGCCUGGAGCUCCUGGCAGGGGCAUUCGCGAUUCGCAGCCUUACCCCAGGACGGGCGAACUGCUGCGUUCUUCUCAAGAUGGACAACGUGUCGGCCGUACGUUAUAUCAACCACCUUGGAGGCACCAAGUCCAGGAUGUUGGCUCUGCUAGCGAAAGAUUUUUGGAAAUUUUGCCUUUUCAACAAUGUGUCCGUGACAGCGGAACACAUUCCGGGGCUGGACAAUUCGGACGCGGAUUGGAAUUCCAGACAUUUGAGAGACUCGGGAGACUGGCGUUUGCACGUUUCGGUGUUCCAAGGCCUGGACAGUCUAUGGGGGCGGUUCAGGAUGGAUCUGUUCGCGUCCCGUCUGAACGCUCAACUACCGGAAUUUUACAGCUGGAGGCCGGACCCGGCAGCGGUCGCGACGGACGCCUUUCUCCAGGAAUGGCCACCGGGCUGCCUUUAUGCCUUUCCCCCGUUCAACAUGAUCGCCCGCACGAUAUCGAAGAUGACUCGUCACGAGUGCCGCCUGGUUUUGAUCACCCCCCUGUGGAGAUCCAGACCAUGGUUCCCUCGUCUGUUGGAGUUGUCAAUAGACUAUCCCCGGUUGAUCCCGUGCUUCCAGGACCUCCUUCUGGAUCCGGAUGGGAACUCUCACGAUCUUGUGCGUCAACGGCAGUUGCCUCUUGUGGCGUGGCUCCUUUCAGGGGAACUUGGGCUGUCCCAAAUGUUCCGCGAUCAACUCUCCUGCUCCUCGAUAACGCCUGGGCCCCCGGUACGAGAUCAGCCUACCGUGCUUCAUGGAAUUCGUGGUCUGAUUGGUGCAUGGAACGGUCUGUGGAUCCCGUAUCUGCCCCUCUCCAUCUGAUCCUAGAGUUUCUCACGACACUGUUUGAGACGGGCAAGGCAUACCGCACCGUCAACCUCUACCGCUCGGCGAUUUCGGCCGGGCAUAGUGGUUUGGAUGGCUCACCAGUCGGCAGACAUCCUUUUGUGUGCCGCCUUCUCAAAGGCAUCCGCCUCGCUCGCCCUCCUAGACCUCGCUUCUCUGCCUUCUGGGACGUCAACGUCAUGUUACGAUUCCUCUCAUCUUGGUAUCCUAACCACGAACUGAGUCUCAAGCAGUUAUCCUCCAAACUAGUGAUGCUACUCUGUUUGGUUUCAUGUAAGAGGGUGUCUGAUGUUAGGGCCCUUGACUGGGACGCCAUUGUAUUCACCCCGGAGGGUGUUACUUUCAACAUAUCCAGGAGGACAAAGUCGGCAUCCAAGUCGUUCACGUAUCCUAGGUUCCCGGGCUCUCCAGCAUUGUGUCCGGUUGAAUGUCUGAAGACUUAUCUGGAUGCUACUCGACCUUUUCGUUCCUUGGACUUGCAUCCUCUGUUCGUGUCUUUUAGGACACCUCAUAGGCCUGUUUCGACUCCGACUCUCGCACGAUGGGUGCGCUGGCUUUUAUCCUCGGCGGGCGUUGACACUUCGGUCUUUACGCCUCACUCGGUUCGGGGUGCUAUGGCUUCGAAGGCAUCCACGGUCGGCUGUCGACUAGAGGACAUCAUGCGUGCUGCGGACUGGUCUAGAGAAUCGACCUUCCGUGAAUUCUAUUUCAAACCUAUUGAGCAUAUCGCAUCUCAGGUGAUCGCACAGCUUUAAACUUGCAUAAUAUGAGCCUCCGUGUCUUUAAUAAAAUUCCCAGAUUUUACUAUUAACAUGACGUAAAGUCAUGAUUUUAUUAAAGACACGGAGGCGAGUAUUAUUCCCUCCCACCCUCCCGUGAGGGUAUAGGGUUGAGAUGCUUUUGAGCUCUUCAGGUACGUUUUUUCAUGUCGGUAUGUUUUUCUAUGUCACUAUGGGUAUGUGACUCACUUGUUAUAUCACAUCGACUAAUUAUUUAUUUAUGUUUUUCAGAUUCCGGUUUAUCAUGGAACUGCUAAUGUUUGCUUUGAUCCCUAUAUUAUCUGUCGUUGAGUAACCAACAGUUUGUUUUGGUAAGUUUACAGUUUGAAGUCUGGGUAUUACCAUAUUUCUCUCUCUCUUUUAGCUUGAAGUUUUCGGUUCGUUGCCUUUUUCCUGUUAUGGACAAGUUGGAUUUCGUUCUUCUUAUCUGGUCUUCGGUUUCCGCAAGAAAGAGGGGGAUUGUGGGAGACACAGGCCUUUUAUAGUCACUUCCUCUGUUAUGUGAUUGGUUGCCUGUGUAUCUAUGCAGUUUUUCUUUCAUUUUGACAAUAUUUAUAUUCCUCUAUCUUUGCUGCUGAGGAAAUAAAGAAAGAGUUAUGCAUAAUACUCGCCUCCGUGUCUUUAAUAAAAUCAUGACUUUACGUCAUGUUAAUAGUAAAAUCUGGGAAUUUACUUCACACAGAAUUGUUACAUUGUAUCCAAUCAAUGCAAACAGAUGAGAAGCCAUGUUCAGUGUUUAUGGUUCUCACUGGGAUCUGUUAUUACAAUGCACUCUUUGUCUACUAAGACAAGGUUCAGAAGUUUAAAACAGAAAGCACAGAGCUACACGAGUAAUAAUUCCCCUCCUGCUAUGUUAUAUCUACUGUCUUUCACCAUCAGUAAAAAGUCUACGUAAACAUGUCUGCUAACUAGAGUUGAGCAAACCCGGACUAUAAAGUUUGGGUUCGUACCGAACAUUAAGUUUUUUAGACCCCGAACACGGACAUAUCAGUGUAUGUUCGAGUUGGUGUUCGUUGAUUUAAUGGCGCGUUUUGAAAGGCUGCAGGGCCAGUGUGACUGGCCAGUGUGACUGGCCAGUGCAGCAUGUGACUUAGCCUCUAUAUAUAAGCUGGAGUAGCAUAGUGCCGCACGCACAUGAGCUCUUAUUAGUGUAGGGAAAGGAUGCUGCAGCUGUUAGGGACAUAUUAGGAAAGAAUUCUGGUGUUGAAUCUGCAAACUACAGCGAUUAUUCAAACUACAGUGAUUAUUUUUGUGGGUGCUAUAAUACAUUUUUGUACCUUGCCCUGAGCCCAGUGCCAUAUAGAGUUCAGUGCACUUGCAACUGCAAGUGUGCCAGGCACAUUACUUUAAUCCUGUUUUGGUAGCUCAGUGGGCAAUAUCUAGGCAUUUUUAAAUACUGCAAUUUGUUUGGUGCUAAAUAGCACAUUUGCAUACUGCAUUUCUUGAAGUCCAAUAAAACCCUUAAAUACUACUGUUACAUUGUUGGUUUAAAAAAAAUCACACUUUUUGGUGCUAAAUAGUACAUUUGAGGCCUACGGUGAACUUUAUAUCUGAGAGUCAAAUAGGACCGUCAAAUACUGUGCUUACAUUGCAGUUUUAAACAUUCUAAUUCUUUAGGUGCUAAAAAGUAAAUUUGGUGCCUGCACUUCAUAUGUGAGAGUCAAAUAGAACUGUCAAAUACUGUGCUUACAGUGGAGUUUUAAAAAUUCUAAUUUUUUGGCUGCUAAAUAGUACAUUUGGGGUGUGCACUUCAUAUCUGGUAUAUGUGCGCAACACUGGCUAGUUACCGCUUAUCAAGAAAGUCUAAAGACUUUUUUAAAAAAGUGAAAAAUAAGUGUUAUUGUGAUCGCUUCAUGCACAGAAGCAUUAAUAUACAUUUCUAUAUUGUGUAAAGACACAACUACAAAAGUUAAAAGCCAAACACCAAAGCAAUGUGGAAUGAAGGUCAUGCAAGUGACGUGUGUAGUUUGGAGGAAGAGGCGCUGGUCGCACAGAGGCACCAGCACAGCAUAAGAGGGAGCAGGAUGCAAAAGCGGAGCGGCCGUCCCCUAGCGCUUGUCGGCAUGUAUUCUCUCUAGAAUUCCCACAGUUAUCCAAGUAACAGAUGGAGCGAUAAAAGGAACCAUAACAGAUUUAAUGAGCCAUUUGCAGUUUUUUUACAGUCAGGGUGGCAGUCUGGUGACUGGGACCCAGACACUGUCUGAGCGGUGGUCGGACGACCAGGACCCAGUAUGCCUGAUGUUGAAGUUAGCCGUGGUCACCAUGGUAGGUGUGGAAAAUAGCAUCGAAAGUUGAUAGGGCAGACAUCCAAAUGCGUUGUCGCAGUCACAGGGAAGUGCAUUCGGCAUGAGGCUAUCACAGACAAGCACAGCCGCCUAUCCAUGGCCAACGUGGACAAGCUCACGUUUAUUGAAAUGUACAAGGCAUGUAUCCCACCAGACUUGUCUGUACCUUGUGCAGAAUAGACAUUUAUACCGGCCUCACCCAGCCGUUGUUAUACUCAAGUGCACUUAUUCUUUUUUUUCUUUUUUUAUAUGUCCCAAUAUUUUGGGGGCUACCCUAAUUUAAAAAAAAAAGAGAGAGAGAUAAAAAACAGUGUUGGCUACCUCCACCGCUGCCGCUUCCACCUACACCGCCACGGUGUAUACCCAGACAUAUCAGAGCUGCUGCAGAAAGUGCGGGCCAUCUGUGCACGCUUGUGGUGUUCUCACCCUGCUGCUGCUCGUCUGUCUGCGCUGCAGCGUAACUUCAGCCUUCCUGCUCACCGCCUCAUAUGCGACAUGCCCACAAGGUGGAACUCCACCUUGCACAUGCUGGAGAGACUGUGCGAGCAGCAGCAGGCAACAGCGGAGUUUCAGCUGCAGCACGCACGGGUCAGUCGCUCUGCGGAACAGCACCACUUCGCCACCAAUGAGUGGGCCUCCAUGUGAAACCUGUGUGCCAUAUUGCGCUGUUUCGAGGACUCCACCACCAUGGCCAGUGCCGAUGAUGCCAAUCUCAGCCUUACUAUCCCGCUUCUAUGUCUCCUUGAAAAAACGCUUUGGGUGAUGAUGGAAGAGGAUGUGGCACAGGAGGAAGAGGGGUCAUUUCCAUGGUUAUCAGGCCAGUCAUUCACAAGUGGCUCGGAGGGUGGAUUCCUGCACCAGCAUAGGCCAGGUACACAAUUGUCCAGCAUCUCCACACUGUCCCAUGGAACCGUUCAGCUGUCCAUCUCCCAAACACUGGAGAGAAAGAGGAAGUACCCCCCCCUACCCACGUGCGAUCCCUGACUCUGAAUGCCAGCAUUUCAAAAUUCCUGGCCUUUGAAAUGCUGUCAUUCCGUCUGGUGGAGACUGACAGUUUUAAAAACCUGAUGGCGUUAUUGGACUGCAAGAAAUGCACCGCAGGCCCCAAAUGUUUUUUUUUUUUUUAUAUGUCCCAAUAUUUUGGGGGCUACCCCAAUUAAAAAAAAAACCAAAAAAAAAAAAAACCCCAAACAAAUAAACAGUGUUGGCUACAUCCUCCUCCACCACCACCACUUCCACCUACACUGCCACGGUCACCGCCUUCUCAACCUAUGGGUCACUUAGUAUAAACUAUGUACACAAUAGCAGAGGCUUGUGAAGGACUCUUCUCCAUGCAUAAGGAGUUGAGCUCAGUUUGACCAAUGAAAGACAAUACCCUGCACUCCAACCCUCUCUCAAAUGGAUAAUUCUGGUAAUCCUCCCGACAGCCAUGCUUUAGAUUUUGAUUUAUGUUCUUCCAAAGCUAAAAUCAAAGUGCUAUUUUAUGGUUCAGCUAUACAGGGAGUGCAGAAUUAUUAGGCAAGUUGUAUUUUUGAGGAUUAAUUUUAUUAUUGAACAACAACCAUGUUCUCAAUGAACCCAAAAAACUCAUUAAUAUCAAAGCUGAAUAUUUUUGGAAGUAGUUUUUAGUUUGUUUUUAGUUAUAGCUAUGUUAGGGGGAUAUCUGUGUGUGCAGGUGACUAUUACUGUGCAUAAUUAUUAGGCAACUUAACAAAAAACAAAUAUAUACCCAUUUCAAUUAUUUAUUAUUACCAGUGAAACCAAUAUAACAUCUCAACAUUCACAAAUAUACAUUUCUGACAUUCAAAAACAAAACAAAAACAAAUCAGUGACCAAUAUAGCCACCUUUCUUUGCAAGGACACUCAAAAGCCUGCCAUCCAUGGAUUCUGUCAGUGUUUUGAUCUGUUCACCAUCAACAUUGCGUGCAGCAGCAACCACAGCCUCCCAGACACUGUUCAGAGAGGUGUACUGUUUUCCCUCCUUGUAAAUCUCACAUUUGAUGAUGGACCACAGGUUCUCAAUGGGGUUCAGAUCAGGUGAACAAGGAGGCCAUGUCAUUAGAUUUUCUUCUUUUAUACCCUUUCUUGCCAGCCACGCUGUGGAGUACUUGGACGCGUGUGAUGGAGCAUUGUCCUGCAUGAAAAUCAUGUUUUUCUUGAAGGAUGCAGACUUCUUCCUGUACCACUGCUUGAAGAAGGUGUCUUCCAGGAACUGGCAGUAGGACUGGGAGUUGAGCUUGACUCCAUCCUCAACCCGAAAAGGCCCCACAAGCUCAUCUUUGAUGAUACCAGCCCAAACCAGUACUCCACCUCCACCUUGCUGGCGUCUGAGUCGGACUGGAGCUCUCUGCCCUUUACCAAUCCAGCCACGGGCCCAUCCAUCUGGCCCAUCAAGACUCACUCUCAUUUCAUCAGUCCAUAAAACCUUAGAAAAAUCAGUCUUGAGAUAUUUCUUGGCCCAGUCUUGACGUUUCAGCUUGUGUGUCUUGUUCAGUGGUGGUCGUCUUUCAGCCUUUCUUACCUUGGCCAUGUCUCUGAGUAUUGCACACCUUGUGCUUUUGGGCACUCCAGUGAUGUUGCAGCUCUGAAAUAUGGCCAAACUGGUGGCAAGUGGCAUCGUGGCAGCUGCACGCUUGACUUUUCUCAGUUCAUGGGCAGUUAUUUUGCGCCUUGGUUUUUCCACACGCUUCUUGCGACCCUGUUGACUAUUUUGAAUGAAACGCUUGAUUGUUCGAUGAUCACGCUUCAGAAGCUUUGCAAUUUUAAGAGUGCUGCAUCCCUCUGCAAGAUAUCUCACUAUUUUUGACUUUUAUGAGCCUGUCAAGUCCUUCUUUUGACCCAUUUUGCCAAAGGAAAGGAAGUUGCCUAAUAAUUAUGCACACCUGAUAUAGGGUGUUGAUGUCAUUAGACCACACCCCUUCUCAUUACAGAGAUGCACAUCACCUAAUAUGCUUAAUUGGUAGUAGGCUUUCGAGCCUAUACAGCUUGGAGUAAGACAACAUGCAUAAAGAGGAUGAUGUGGUCAAAAUACUCAUUUGCCUAAUAAUUCUGCACUCCCUGUAUUUUUUAUUUUUAUGUGUUUUAUUUUAAGUGAUUUCCUUAUCCACAUUUGUUUUCAGGGCACUUGUACUAGUCUUACCCCAAUUUUACUUCCUUUUGCAGCCCUCUAGCCCUUUCCAGGACUUUUUUAGAGCCAUUUUUGUGCCCAAAGGUUUGGGUCUCCAUUGACUUCAAUGGGGUUUGGGUUCGGGGUCAAGUUCGAACCCGAACAUCCAGGUGUCCGCUCAACUCUACUGCUAACCCUUGGCCAUCAUGGGAAAUGUAGUCCAAAAGAGCUUGGUUGCACAUCACUGUUUUCUAAUCAGUUCAUGGAAGUAAGUAGAGAUAAUGGGGAGAGUUAGGUGGCAUGUUUUAUUUCUUUUUCAGGUAUGUGACGAAGGUGGGAUUGGUUAGAGGGGAGUAGGUCACAUGACUGAUCAUCUUCUGGUUCACUGUUGGGCAUGAGUUGGGUCACCGUAUUGGUUCAGUGGGCCUUGUCUACACAUGGUUGUUCUCUUGUUCUUUCAUGUGGCCCAAUUCAUCACCAAAUAUACAGGUCACCCUGCAGUUCAGUGUACCCUCCAUGUAGUGGAGGCGUUAAAAUAUAUAUAUAUAUCACACAAAAAGGGCUAUCUGAGAAAUGAAUCAUUGACAAGGCCCAGACAGUUUAGCAAAAUGCCACCAUCUGUAUAAAAAUGUGCAUACACACACUAAAACCUGUAUAAGGCUGGAGAUGACACGUACCUGGUUGAAAAAUGAAUCAUACUUCAUACAGUUUGUAUGACGUCCACAAGUUUUAAUCGGUUAAUUUCAAUAAGUCUGUCUAAUUUGUCUGCCUUUGUAAGUAAUCUACCUUCUCACACUGCUCUCUGCUUCCAGAUGAUAUCCAGUGUUUUAAUGGCUCUGAGGCCCAGUUUACCCCAAAGCAUAUCACACUAUCUGGAACCAAAACCUUCUCAAAAACAGGUCCAUUCUAGAUAAAUAGGAGCUAUGUUACAAAUGAGGCUAUCAUCAAGAGCUUAGACGGAUGAGCAGAGAUCACAAGAUAAGCGUUUUUGUAUGAAGGUUUAAUGUGUAUUACAUUAUCACAGUGUUUUUAUUUAAAACGUGAAAGAAUCACAAAAUGAAUAUAAUUAAUGCAGUUCCAUAAAAUAAACACACAAAAUUCUAGAAAAUAAACAUACAUAAUCAUGAAACACAAUUUGUAUUCUGUUUAUUGUAGCAUGUUUCUCUUCUCGUUUCUUAGAAGAAUUGAAAGGUAACACCAAUUUUAUAGAUCUGUAGUUUCUUUAUCUGAUCACGCAAGAGUCUGUGUGAGUGGAUUUUUACAGUUUAUUAUGACUCCAACCUCAGUUUAACUGGAAAUAGAUCUUUUUAUCUAUCUAUCUAUUUAUUUAUUUUUUUCCAGAACUAUUUGUACCCUACUGCUAUUAGUAUUUUUAAUGGAGUUUAUGUAGGCCGGACCUAUUCUGCAUUUAUACAGUAGGGAUGUAUAGCAAGUAACUGACAAUAUAUUGUUGAUAGAUACAAGAGGUGAAAAGGGCCUUGCUCAAAGAAGUGUGCAGCACUUGGGAAACCAGGGCGUGGGGGGGUUUCUCCCCUCUCCCCUGCCGGCUAAUGCAGGGCUGGCACUGUCCAAGCGCCAGCCCUGCAAUGUGCCUUCACAGAUGGGAGAUCAGAGAUCUCCCUCCCCGGUCUGCAGGCACCGUGCUGGCAGCCGUCAGGGGAGGGAGGGAGAGAGAGAGGACCCGGGAGCUCAGCCUGUAGCUACUCCUGGUCCUUCUCUUACCACGGCAACGCUCUGGAUCUCGCAAGAGUGAGCUCUAGCCCUGGCAGGCUAGAGUUCACUGACCACUGGGACCACCAGGGAUUCCCCACCGGACCACAAGGUAAAUUUAUUUAUUUGUGUUAAAAAAAAAUUAUAAGCCUCCCUACCCUCCUCAUCACAAAUUCACACACUGCCCCACUUAAACACAUUGCCCCAAACAUACACACACACAUUGCCCCCCCCCACACACACACACACACACUGCCCCCCCACACACCAUACACAUUACCCUGCACAUAUUGCCCCACACACCCUACACAUUCACACACUACACACCACUGCUCUUUUGCUCUACUAUAGCCCCAUAUCCCAGCAGAAACCAGGUAAGUUGUCAAACUCUUCUUAAACGGUUUGACUACUUACUCUGGGAGGGGGUCUCGGCACUCCUGGCACCAUAACCACUACACAGAGCUGUAGUGGUUAUUGUGCAUGGAUUAUUUCUUUAAUCUACAAGUGCUCCUCCCAAGAUCAGACUCUGGAUCCGCCACUGGCGUCCAGUGCUGUGAAAUUAUAUUUCUAAUUUUUAAUGGGAUGCUUUAAAUCAGAGAUCAGGUUGCCAUGUGUGCCAUCCAUGACCUGUGGGGUGUCUUGGCACAUGAGGCUGCCAGGCUUAGUCUAUCAGACAUCCCCCUUUGUAAAAUGCAAAGUAACCUGUGGUCUACAACCAUAGGGGGUGCAGACCUCUUACACCUUCCCCUCAAGAUUCAGUACUUAAUGGAGUGUUGCUCAUUACCGUAACAUUAUGAAGUGCAAAAGGAAAUGCAAGCCGAAUGACAAGGGAGGGGGAAAUAAAACAAAACAUAAUAAACUGUGCCACAAUAAAAAAAUAAAAUAAAAAAAAAUUUAAAGUCCCACAUACAUUAUUGUAAACAUUGAACACAGAAGCAGCAAUUUUCCGCAUCAGACAUCCCAUACACAUACAACAUGUAACAUAACCACCACACCUACACAUACAAUUUGACCCAGUACUAACAAAGUGAAGCCUAUCCCUGCUAUAUACAAAUGUAAUUUUAGUAUUUUAUUGAAAACUAGCUUGUAAACUAUUUAAUUUCAUCUUAAUUAAAAUACACAUUUUCUAAACCCUGCUAAAAGACUUAUAAAUGUCAACAUAAAUAAAAUUUAGGACUUGAAUAGAAAAAAACUAUGUGAAUGGUGCAAAAUAAAUACAAUUUAUAUUUCAAAUGAACCAAACUGAAGCAAAUUAAAAAACCAAAACUAAGCUACUUGAUACAAUGUGAUUUAGGAAAGCGAUUUAUUUGUCUUCUAAAUUUGGAUAAAUCUGAUGAAGCGCAAGAUUUAGAGUUUCCAUUUAUUGUCUGACGUACCAUAGUCCUGCGAAGGUAUUGCGAUAUUAUUCUGUAGACAUGUCAAAUAUAAUAGAUCACUGUGACUGUUUUUUCUUAUCUAAAGGCAAUUAUUUCUUCCAUUUUUAAGCACCACCCGCCCAUGUGAUCCUUCCUUAAAUACAUGUGUACACAGGAGGUGGAGAUCCACAUUAGACAAGUUCCACCCAGUUCACUUUUAGAAUGGAUUCAUUCAGUGGGAGAUGUUUUUGGCUCUGUGAUUAUUAAAUGUAUUAGGUAUCUUUUCUUUGGGAUAAUUGAUUUAUGUGAAUGAAGCCCUAGACAUAAUAGAAUGAUUCAGUUUCUGUGGAUAAGUUAAAAUCUUGAAGGGACUCCUAAUAAACAUAAACUAUAAGAUGCCAGUAAUUUAACACUAUGUAUUCCUGUAAUGUAAAAUGCAUUGCUCAGACAAUCUGCCAUUGUUCACUAUUUAAAACAAACAACUCAAUGUAUUAUAGUUUGUGUGUAUUAUUUUUAUUAUUCGUAAUGUAUGUAUAUUGGUGUAUUUCCUGACUAAGACAUGCUCUGUGAGAGCCACCAUCUUGAAACAUCUUUGGUAAGAAACACCACUUAUCAGAUCAAAAACAUCCUGGUAAUAAAAGAGCUAGUGUGCAUCCGCAAAUUCUGAAAUCCUGAGGAAGCACAGCUUAUUUGGAAAAAAAAAAAUGCCCUCUGGGACAGUUAUUGAACUCCUAAUUGUGCAUUAUCUGAACAAGUACUUCUGACGAAAAAGGACACAAGAUGGCUUCCCCCAUGUAUCAAGUGCAAGCUAAGAGAUGGGCCAAACAAGUUAUAUACCUGAAUAUUUUCACUUUUAAAGAAUGCACACACAGUAGUUUGUUUUCAUUAGUUAGAAAACCCCAAUGUACAGCGCUACGGAAUGUGAUGGCGCUAUAUAAAUAAUAAAGUAAUAAUAAUAAUAAUAAUAAUAAAACAAAAACAGUUGUCCUUAAAAUUUUAAACCAAAUAAAGAUGCAUUAUAUAAUAUAGUGAAUCUAUCUAAGUAGACCUAGGACAGUGUGUAAAGAACGGUCCGUAUGCACUGCAUAUAUCUGAACUUGGAGUGGUGUCUUGCCCAUCCCUUAAUAAUUACUUGAAUCUAAAUUAAUUAAAGCUAUUUAAAUAUAUAAUGUUUCUGAGGGAUGAAGUUUGGCAAACGACACUCUUGUCAAGUUGAUUUCUUUAAUGUAUCUCAAUAUAAUUGUAGAUUAUGCCAACUUUAGUGUACAGUAAUAGUGCACGUAAUGAAUACUGAGUUCUCACAGCAAUGGGUUUAUAUACUAAUUUCUGGUCCCCUGAAAUAUCUGGGGUACAAAGUGUAGCUAUCUCGGAAUUAUCACAGAGGGCAAAAGAGGAGAGGAGGUGGCAUGGGAGAGAAAAGGGAGUGAGCUAUUAACAUUUUGUUCAAAACCGCUUUCCAUUUUUUCCCCCAUUAAUAAAACUAUAUUUUUUUACAUAAAGGGACAGUUCCAGGGUAUCCACCUGUAUGCCAAAAAUUCUAAGGUUUAUUGCUGCAUCAUUCCUGUGAAUUUGGAUGACCGUUUCUGUGUACAAGUACUGCCUCUUGUGAAAUAAUCUAGAACCAACAUUUAUAAAAACAUGUUCAUAUUUUUAGGUGACGCCUGAUUUAUUGAAAGGCCAGCAACAACUUGCUCAACAAACCAAUGAGGAAACUGCAAAACAGAUACUUUAUAAUUAUUUGAAAGAAGGGUAAGUAGUAACAUGUGAAUACAGUUUUUAAAGUGCUUGUAGUAUUCUGGAUAGAUUGCAGUGGAGAGAGCCAAGCCAUUUUAACCGAAAUAGAGUUUUAGGCAUCAACUUGGGAGAUGAGGGAAUGAACAUGGUUGCCUUUUGGAUAAGAAAAUCCAAGUGAAGGCAACAUGUUCUACUGAGUAAUGAAAUGUAAAGUAUAAAGUAAUUUCAGCAUCUUGAGUUUGUGGAUUAAAAAGUAGCACGUUGUGCAUGUGUGUGAAGAAAAUAGGAGAAAUACUGGUUUUAGUUAUUUAGUGUGUUCCUAAAACCCAAAUGAUGUACGUGGAUAUGUGUAGACCUGCUCUGCAAACUACAUUAGGACAUGUUUGUUUAAAGGGACAUCUAAGCACCAAAACAACUUUAGCUUAAAUGGAACCUGUCAUGCCCUAAACAAUUUGUGCUUGUUAGAUUGAGCAUAAGAUGUUAUCAAUACAUUGUGCUAGCAGUUUUGCAAGCCAAUGUAUAGAUUUGGAGAAAAACCCUUUUUACAAAUAGGUUUUUCCCCAGCUGUCAAUCAAUGCCUCAGCGUGUCUCACACAGGAAGUCCCUUUACUCUCCAUUCAUAGCAACCACAUCAAAUGUGCUUUAGUUGCUAUGGAAACUCCCUAGCCGGUGCUUCUAGCGCUGAAUAGGGAGUAUAGGAACAGAAUGACGUGGCAUCACUCUGUGCAAAUGCAAGCAAGCUGACGUCACUGAUGAAAUUUGCCUUGUUUGAGGAUGUGUCCCAAGCAGGGCAUAUCAAAGACUACUUUGGGAGUAGUGCAGGUGGAGUGUUACACGAAGAGUGCAACGGGGGAAAAGUGACUGAAAAUUUAUAGUUUACAUUAAAUAUGCCACGUAUCUUUGUAAUAUAUGGGAGAAAUUUCACAUAAGUUCAUUUUUUCAUAACCAGCUCACUUUAAGUGGUUUAAAUGAACUUGUGCCCCUGCAUGACAUGAAACAUAUGUCAUAAAACCAUAACCUUUUACCCCCCAAAAACACAAGGACACCAAAUUUAAAGUGGAUAAAAUAUCACGGCUUUAAUAGUGUGUGUGUGUAUGUAUAUGUAUAUAUAUGUGUAUAUAUGUUUGUGUGUGUGUGUGUGUGUGUGUGUGUGUGUAUAUAUAUAUAUAUACACACACACACACACACACACACACUGCCAAACAUACCCAAUUUUAACAUAGACACAUAAUUCACCCCAACUUUUAACAGUAUUAUACCCACUGACAAUGACCCAUAACAUGAGCUAACAAUAAUCCAUAUAACAAGAUAUGAAUAACAUAACACAAGACACAGCCACAACAGGCAUCAUACUCCAAGUGAUUUAACAUUGUAAGGGUAUACCGAGAUAUCCCUACACACCCAGGUUGAAAACCACCUACGGGCUCCAACCUACCAGUAAACAAACAAUGUAAAUAUUGUAACCAAUCAUCACAGCUACCAAACCUACCUACACCACAAUGUCUAAUCCAGCCCCUGCCACAGCUCAGAGCUUGACUCCUCAUGCUAUCUGAGCGCCCCACCCCAGCAUAAACAAUGCCCGCAGCAAGCCUUCCUGAUAACCCAUAUUAAGAAAAUUGUUUCCUACAUAACGAGAGGUGCACCCCAUCAUGCUGAAAAUAACUGGGAAGCCUCACAAACAAACCACAUGUCUCACAACUAUUGCUUUUAACGAAAAUGGACAUCUUAUUAACUUUCCUCCUGCUCCUAGCCACAGCCACAGUAUCCCUAGCAUGACUCCAAUGGAACCAGCGCACCAUCUCUGACCAAUUUAAAACUACACCUGGCACCAUAGCCCUCAACUUAUCUUUGUCCUGCUUCAUACAGUGCACUAGUUCCCUUUGGGGCACCCGACCCAAAUUGUUACCCCCUGCAUGUAGCAACAGAAUCUCUGGUGACUGCCCUGAACCUAAACACCUAAAAAUCUCUGAACAGACUUCCCUCCAUCCAAAACCCUGAUAGCCAAACCAAAAUAAUUGGACCAAGCGCCGUGGAAAGCCCAGCCUUCCUCCUUGAUGUCUAACUGCGGCUCUCUUGUGUGCACAAUGAAGCCUGCCAUCCUGCCCUUGCAGAUGGCAAGGGUGUUAUCUGUAGCUUGCUAGCUGGUCUCCUUUUGGGCCUACCUCCUUUGGAGCUGCGCUAUUCCUGGGCCUGAAAACCUGAUGCUUGCAUGGUCAUUCUAACUCCCCCUGAGCUGCUCCCCAGUCCUGAGUGGCUAUCUACCCCAACCCCCCCUUCUCCCAUAUGUGAUGGCAGUGGACCCCUGGGACCCGACUUACCUGGUACAGGUCCCCUAGCAGUCAGCAAUGAAUCCGCCCUAGCUGCAUCCGUAAGCCUCUGGAGCCUGUUGUUGAAGGAGCCUGUGCUGAUCUGCCGUCCAUCGUGAGGCGUGGCGCCAUCUGUGCCAUUGUCCUGCCGUAAGGUGCGGCCCCCUCCAUGCCAUUGUCCUGCAUCUGUCAUAAGGCGAGGUAGCGUUGUGAUCACAGGAUUACUCAGACACGGCACGGCCACACUCAGGCUCCUACCCUGCACACCGGGGCUCCCGCUACUCUCCUCACUGCCGACAUCACCGCUUCUGACUGCCUGCCCCACCGACGGGCUGCUCCUCCGCCGCCUCCUGGGUACUGUACUGGGGAUCAAUUGCUGGGGUGGCCUUGUCCGUGUCGUGGGCCGGCACAGUACAAGGCCCGGGAUUCCAUGGAACCAAGGCAGUCUUGAAGCCUGGAAAUUCCCCUCUCAUAACUGCAGACUGGAUUCUGUCCAUCAGAGCCUCCAUGCCAGGAUCCAUCUGAAAAAUAAAGCAGAAAAACACCACACAAACCUCCAGCACACAACAGGUAAGUAUGGCUAAUUAAUUUUAUUUGGCCAAAACUUUAUCCACCCAACUUAAAAUUAAAGUGCCUGUCAUAAAAGACAACUUGUUGUCCAUCUAAAAAAUAUACAAUUAAAUCCGUACAUUGACAUCAAAUGUAUAGAUGAAGAGAUUUUCUCUAAUUGUAAUGUUUUAUUUUUACCUUCCUAAAUUUUAUUGCUUUUUGCAAAGACUGUGUGCAUCAGCUCCAUUCUGUCCAAGGCACCAUGCUGUGCGAUCUUCAUCUGAUGUUAUAUUUAGGUCAAUACACUUGCUUGUGAUUUUGCUAGCACAGUACAUAGAUAAUAUCUACCUGCAUGUAAACUGGCUGUGCACACAGUGAAUAGAAUUAGUGUCUCACCAGGUGUCGAAACAGGAAGUCAUAUUCUCAGUUCUUUAGUGCCUUCACUUAUUGUUGUUACCAUUGGCUUCACAAUGUCCUGAUUUCACCUGCAGUCUGGUGAUUUUAAUUAAACAGAGCAUGAUUAGACUGAAUAUAAAAGUAUGUAUAUUGUUUUCAUGCAGAAAAUCUGCUUCUCUUAUCAAAAACGCUUUGAUGUGUGGAUUUACAGUCCUAUGAUAAAAAUGAAUAACUCACGCAGAAGUGGGUUCAUUUAAGCAGUUUGCUUUUCUAACUCAUCACACAUGUGGUUGCAUGAGGCCAGGGCAGGUGCAAGAAUUUCUGGCUAUUCAGGCCACCACACCCAAAAAAUGCAUCUUCACCUGUAUUGCGCUUAACCCCACUUUUGAUUUACAUUUUUUUUUUUUUUAACCCGGUUUUGUGUUUCUUGUCCCUUUUUGUUUAAAAGACUAACAACCUUUAAUGUAUCUUAUCCUUAAUUAUUCUCCCUUGUGUGUUGCUUACAAUCUGCCCUUCGGUGUCCCUCUCCUACUAGACCAGCCCCCCUUUUGUGUGUGGAUGUCCAACCCCUGGACCUUUUUGAAUGUCUCUUGCACCCCCCUCCAUUAUUUUUACGAAGCAAAUUCCAACAUAUUGCACAAUAUAUUGUAUUCUAAAAAAUACCUGUGCAAUCUCACAAUCAAAUUUAUGUACUAGUCUGUACACAAGCAAUAUUGCACUGUUUAUUGUGUAUAUAUACUUUCUGUUUGCAUUUCAUGUAAUGAGAAUAUACCUCAAUUGAAAAUUGGUAUAACUCCAUCUAAACUGUUAGGUAAAAUACUUUUUAUUUUGAGGUUUAUUUAAUAAUACCCUCUGUUGCCUGUUUUGAUUGUUGUGUUGGUCAAUAAUAACUAACUUUAAAGCUCCUUUUUGAACACUUUAUACACAUGGUUUAAAAAAAAAUAAAAAAAUAAAAAAUUGUUGAGAAGUUGUUUUACACUCAUUUAAAUUCUUUUAACUGCUUCUCUACUUAAGGCUAAAAACCCUAUUACUGCUUAGUGCUAUAUUCAAAUAUACCCUGUUAUUAUUCAAUAUAUUUGUUAUAAAAUUCAAUAGUGAACUUUUAUUUAUUUUUUUGUGUUUUAGGAGUCCUGAUAAUGAUGAUGCAACAAAACGAAAAGUCAACCUGGUAUUUGAAAAAAUUCAAACCUUAAAAUCAAGAGCAUCCAGCACAUCGCAAGUAAAUAUUUACACUGUUUUUCCUUUAUGGUGGAAAUGCUUUGCGGAUGUAGAGAUCACUACGGAUCUGAUCUGAAUGCACGCCAGGUGUGCCUGCCUAAUAACUAUUAUGAUUUGAACAUGCAGAAAACAGUCUAUUAAUGAGGCCUAAACCUAUCAAAUGCAUUAAAGUUGUAUCGGUGCCCGCAGUGUCCCUUUAGGUCUUCCCAAUUCUUGUAUUAGAUCAUCUUGGAUGUCGAGCUACAGCUCAUUCCUCAUCUUAAUCAUGUGCCAGGUUGGCAUGCUGGAGCUCUUUCAGGUUGAAGUCAGUAAACACUUGUAGUGUGAUAUUGGCACACGCUAACUAGUCUUUACAAAGACAAGAGCUCAGGGUUUCCAGUGCUUGAUUUAGAAGCACCAAGUCUGUGCACCGCAGGGUUGUGUUAAGACUGCAUAGUUGGAGGGAUGUAGGAAUGAAUUCCUGCUACAGGAACAGUCUUCCAGAGAAGCAAAGCUGAAAAGCAUUUAACACCUGCGCUAUCAAUAUACAGGGUAUCAUAACUUUCCAACAUUUCAAUCCGUGUCUAUUAAGUGGGUCAGUCCCAAAAAAUGGGGAGGGGGCCUAAAAAAAAAAAGGCUUGUCAGUUUGGUGUGAAUGCAUACCUGGCUGAUUAGCAGACCUCCUGGCUGAACACCCUCUCCGCUCUGCACAUGCGCAGAGCAUGUUUGAAGUGGUCUGGGCAUAAACUCAAUACCAUGAGUUUAAUUUUGUGCCAUGAGCGUGUUACACAGAAUGGGACGGCAGUUCUUUAGUGUCUCCAGAUACGAAAAACCAGGAAGCCAAUCCAGGCUGAAGGACAAGGAACCAAAAUUGGGACAGUCCUACCAAAAACAAAUUAAAAGAUUACAUAUUAACAACAAUGUGAAAAGCUGAAAGAGGUUAGGUAUAAAUGUAGUUGUUCAAGCUCUUAUAUCAAGUUUGCACUAGCUUUGCGGAUUAAAGGACCACUCUAGGCACCCAGACCACUUCAGCUUAAUGAAGUGGUCUGGGUGCCAGGUCCUUCUAGGGUUAACCCAUUUUUUAAUAAACAUAGCAGUUUCAGAUUAACUGCUAUGUUUAUUAAUGGGUUAAGCCUUCCCCCAAAGCCUCUAGUGGCUGUCUCAUUGACAGCCACUAGAGGCGCUUGCGUGCUUCUCACUGUGAUUUUCACAGUGAGAGCACGCCAGCGUCCAUAGGAAAGCAUUGUAAAUGCUUUCCUAUGCGACCAGCUGAAUGCGCGCGCAGCUCUUGCCGCGCAUGCGCAUUCAGCCGACGGGGCGGAUCGGAGGAGGAGAGAAGGAGGAGAGCUCUCCGCCCAGCGCUGGGAAAAAGGUAAGUUUAAACCCCUUUCCCCUUUCCAGAGCCGGGCGGGAGGGGGACCCUGAGGGUGGGGGCACCCUCGGGCACUAUAGUGCCAGGAAAACGAGUAUGUUUUCCUGGCACUAUAGUGGUCCUUUAAGUCAUGUCUACCUCUGAUUGUGUGCAUGUUUAAAUGAAAGCUCUUUGAGUUCCGGUAUAGAAGGAAUACAUUUUACAUACGCUGCUUUGGAGCACAGUGUUUCAGUGCAUGUGUUCCAUUUUAGUCUCUUUAAUAAAGGCAUGUUUUUGUCGUAUGGAAUGCUAAAUUACUUUAGUGUUAGUCCUGGAAUUCUUCAAAAGGUCAGCUUUAGGCAGCAGGUUAAGCACAUUGUGUUCUGGCUUAAGAACAUGAAUGUUACCAGCUGAGCAUGGAAUUAUAUUAACGUGAAUCACAAAUAUUUAACUCCUUAAAGAGCAUGAGAACAUGUGUUUAGCUAAUGAUCCAAAUCUCAUGACUGCCUGUUAAAGCAGAUUAAUACUAAUAUAUUGACACUUACACACACACACACACACACACACACACACGAACAAUGCACUUCUUCGAUAAGUGGCUUUCUGUAGCUAUUUUAGGUAGAUUCAGUAAUUUAAUAAUAGAUAUACCUUUUGGAGCUUUAAUUACGUAAUAUUGAAUAAUCUUAUGUAUAUUUUAUUAUAAUGUUGGAAUAAAUCCAUAUAUAUAUAACGUAUGUCUAACCCAUCUCUCACUUUACUCUUACCUGUAAUAAGUAUUGAGGAUUGAUGGAAUGACACUGAAUUAUUGAACACUGGUAAUUUCUGUAAUCUAUGUCGAUUUGUGACUAAGUGAUCCAUAUAUCGACAAAUAUGUCAUGAUGAGGCACAAGAGGAGUUGAAAUGGGAGGCAUAUGGACAAAAUAAAAAAAUAAUUUUAUAUACCUAAGCUGCAGAAUAAACCUAUUUUUUUUAGUAAAUAUGCUUUUUAUUUGUGUUGUCAAAGUUAAGUAACAGUGGGACAUGUUGAGUUUGAUAACAGUUGAACAACGUUCGCUAGCGUUGGUUGCAGAGCAUGCGGAUAUUCGCUCGGGGCUCGCAGGCCCACAAUGUUGACGGACAUUCAGGUCCCUUAUAAUAUUUAGUUUUGUGCAUAUGGUUUUUAACUUCGUCAAUUAUUACUGUUUACAUGGACUUAAUCGUGGGUGUCGGAGCGGGAGACUCUCAAGUCUCCAUUUAAUACCUCUGGUGCUGUUUAUGUGUCAAGCUUUUCCAUAAGUGUGUGGGCAUUCCGUUUCCCUUAAUUUGGUGAGGUUUUUUGGGUCGCAGGCCUCGUGCAAGUUAUAGCUUUUUCCUAUUGGUUAUGGACCUUAGCCUACAUGAGGCCCGUGGUGUAUUAGGAUGUUAUGUCGAUGUCUGUGGGUGUCUGGGUUAUUGUUCCGUGUGGCCUAUGCCACCCACUUAGUGUGAUGCUAUGUUUUGUCUGGCACGCCAGUGCUCGUUAUUACGGAUGUGUUCUGUCUGUCCCUCUAUUUUCCACCCCCAUGCCAUAGUAUCGUUCCAUGUUCAGUCUAUGAUGUGCAUAUGUUUCACCCUUUAGUUCGGGUGCUUGUGUGCGUUCUCUCAUGAUGAUUAGCCCCUCUACCAUGGAAGGGGUAGAAUGUCCCCUGGUGUUUUCUCCCUGUUUCGCUUUUUGUAAUCUCCGUCUCCCUGGCCCAGUCUUCUGUCAAGCCAUGUGCCUGUUUGCUGGUGUCCGUCGGCUUAUGUUGACAAUAGUGUUUGUGGGUCUGAUGUCGUGUUUCGUUGUGUGCUCGUAGUCCUAUCUUGUGGUGAUGUGUCUGCUCUGUCUGUAUAUCGUGUUGUUUAUUUUUCGAAUCUUGUUACUGCAUUUCCAAUUCCCUCGGUCUAUUGUGUGGUUUGGUAUGAGCUUUCUCGCAUGUCGGUGUGUGUUCAUUAUUUUGCUAUGUUUCUGUUGGUUGCCCAGUGUGAGUUUCUUGAGAUUGUUGCUUCUUUGUGUGCUCCGUGGUUUGUGUAUUUGUUGUGUGUCCCCCUAUUUGGGGUUCGUGUCUCUCCGCUCUACUCCCAUUCCGUAUCUGCUUCUUGUGUGGUAGCUCCCGGUACUUUUCCUUUAUGUUAUGUAUGUGUGGAUAGUUUCUCCCCUUGAGGGGGGGGAGGUGAGUGUGGGGUGUCUAUUUCCCCAUGGCCCUUUCCCAUGUCCGUUCCUGUCUCUCUCAGCUGGGUCUCUUUUUCUGUCAUGUCUUAAGUGAUAUACAAUAUCCAGGGCGUCCACAGUUCUAUGUGUUUAUCUUCCCUGCCUAGUGAUCCUGCUAUUUUGGCUUCUGCUGUUCUUAUGUCCUCUACCUUAUUAUUCCAUUGUUCUAUUGUGGGUAUAUGUUCUUUCCUCCAGUGCAGUGGGAUUAGGGAUUUAGCCGCAUUUAGCAGGUGUCUCUUACUUUUUGUAAGAGGGUAUGAGUCGUUCUGUAUGGUGUAUGAGGGCAGCCCCCAUCGUCAGCUCUGUGGGGUCACCUAGGAUGUGUCCAAUUUCCUGUUCAAUGCUCCCCCAGUAUGGUUUUAUUUUAUCACAGUCCCACCAGAUGUGUUUCAAGGUUCCAGGGCCGUUUCCGCAUCUCCAGCAGAUGUUCGGAAUUGUUAGGGUGUAACGGUUAAUCAGGGAGGGUGUGGGAUACCAGUGCUUGAGUAGCUUGUAGUUUAAUUCCUGGUAGUGGGAGCUGGUGGAGCUUUUAUGUUGUAGUAUUAGGAUCUUCUCCCACUGGGCAUCCGAGAAGGAUUGCCUUUUGUACAAGGCGUUAUCAGUUCGGUGUCCCGUCAGUAUGCUUUGAUGUAUCGUGGAGACCCUCCCUUCUGUCCCUGGUGUCUGCGUGCAUAGGUUCUCGAACCAUGUUAGGUCCCUAUGUAUUUUAGCUCUGUGUGGUAGAUUGUGGUAGUAGUGUGUCAGUUGGGUGUAAUGGAAUUGGUGCAUCAGCGUGUGUGGUCUUCCCUCCGUUAAUUCUCUCAGUGGUUUCACUCCCGUGUUGCCUAGAGCUGCGUAUAUGGGUAUGUAUCCGUCUUGGUUAUCCAUCUGCCAAGCUGUUGGUGGGAGGCUGUUGCCUAGGUUAGGGUUGUAUGUGAUGGGUAUCAGCGGGCUGGGUUUGGUGAGAUCUGCUGUCCUUUCCUCAACGUAUUACAGUGGCUCGGACAUUCGGGCGGGAGGACAUUCGGGCGGGCGGACAUUCGGACAUACACAAAUACAGCUAAUUUUUCUUAAUUUUUUUUUUUGCAGGUGGAAGACUGUGGCUGAUUUGAGUCGGCAUGGCUCCCGUGGCCUGGCUUUCUUCCCUCCCUCGCGGCGCGGAGGGGAGGGAGCUGGGAGGAAGUGACUGCCACUUCCUCCCAGCAGUACUUUGCAGCUGAGAUUUUUUUAAAGGGGCACGGCCGCAGCGCUGAACGGGCCCCUGAAGAUAUAGGGCCCAUCGAGUGGCCCUAAGUGCGUGGGCCACCCAAUAGGCCCCAACAGCGUGCGGCCCCCGGUGCAACUGCACUGGCGGCAGUUCCGCCGCUACACGUGGGGCCCCGGCGGCCAGGCCCACCAGGCCCGUGACAACCGUUAUGGUUGUCACCCCCUGAUGGCGGACCUGAUAGGGGUAUGUGGUUGUGGGCGUAGAUGUCCUUUGCCGUGCAUGUGAACCACAGCCAGAGAUAUUUUAUUCAGUCUGGGCACCAGUGGAAAGGGAAUUGCCUUUUUAGCUGUGCGCAUUCCUCCUCAGGAACCGUGACGUUUAAGAUCUCGCAUUUAGUGAUAUUCAAUUUGAGUGCAAACAAGCGUCCGUAGUUUUCGAAUUCCAACAUUAGCUGUGUGGUGGAGGUUAGUGGGUUCUCAAGGAAGAACAGCAUGUCGUCCGCGUAUGCUGCAACUUUGUGUUCGUGCGUUCUAUAUCACAGACCCGUUAUCCUCUCAUCUUUUUGUGAUCCAUUAGCGGUUCCAGGGUGAGGGCAAACACCAGGGGUGACUGCGGGCAACCCUGCCUUGUGCCGUUUUUGAUGUUGAAGCUGUCGGUGAGGGCCCCAUUCACUCUGACGAAUUUCUUAAGAUAUUCCACUGGGAAACCGUCUGGUCCUAGUGCUUUGCCUGUUUUCGCUUCUUUUAGUGCUAGUCGGAUUUCCCCUUCCGUGUUCUUCUGCCGGCGUGAGAGCUUUUCGGUUGGAAGUUCCCCAGGUAUUCUGUCGUGUCUCUGUCUUGUGGCAGACCUCCUUCAUCAUUUGUAUUGUGCAGUUUUGUGUAGAACCUUUUGAAUUUGUCUGCGAUUUCCUCGGGACAUUGUGUAGUCUUGUUGCGUGUGGUUCUCAGUGUGUGUACCUGUGCCUCUCAGCAUCUGUGCUAGUAGCUUACCUCCCUUGUUGGCGUGCACAUAGAAGAACGCGCGAGAUCGCUGUAUUGUUCUCGCAUGUCUGCAUUCUAAAAGCUCUGUUAGCUGCCUCCUGGUCGCUAUCAAGGUUCUGUAGGUCUGUUCGAGUUGGUCUAGCUUGUGUGUUAUUUCUAAAUCGGAGAUCUGCCUUGUGAGCUCCUUGAUUUGCUGACCGAUCUUUUGUUGGGUAGCCAUGCGGAUAAGGUGGCCUCUGAGCACACUUUUAUGAGCUUCCCAUAUCAUCAUGGUAGACAUGUCUUUAGUGCUGUUCUCUUCAAAUUAUUGAGUUAUGUGUUCUGCAAUCUUCGCCUUCGUCACCGUGUCCGUCAAUAGGGAAUCAUUUAGUCGCCACGCUGUUCUAGUUGGUCUGAACAGGGGUUCUGCACUGUGGUCUGACUGUGGUGUGGUGAGGAUGUCUGUUCUCUGUACAUACGGGAGUCCCUCUUGUUGCACAAAUAUAUAAUCAAUUCUGGAGAGCAAAAAAUGGGUCGCAAGAGUAUUCUGAGAAUGGACAGCAGCUAAAAUAGCCUGCCCUUCAGUAGGUCCCUGCUCAGAACUCAAGCUGGUUUUAGCUCAUCUCAACAAUCUCAAGAAACUCACACUCUGCCAUUACAGAGAGAACAUAUCUGAAGCAUAUCAGACUGGUCCCACCCAUACGGGCAGUCCAGAUCCGAAAUGCCAGCAAGUUCUCUCUGCACAAGAGAUACAGCAACCCCAGAAUUCUGGAGUACCUGUUGUGAACGGUGGAAUAGUAUGUGUAGUCUCUUUCCUCUGGGUGGAAUGCCCUCCACGUAUCCACCAGCCUCAUGUGUAUAUAAAUGUAUUUACCAUUUAUUAUUUAAUUAACUCUAGCUUACUGCAUCUCUUCAGCUGUGGUGGCAAUAGACUGAGUGGUUCAGCUGGAAGCCUAAGCAGCAAUUUAAAAAAAUACAUGCAAAGCAUGUCUUCUAAUGGAUUACAGGAUGUACGUGGAAACAGAUAUUCCCAGGAAUAAAUUCAGUCCUGCAGUAUCCAUUUGCAGAUGCAUCCUGUAUUAAAAUGGACAUAACAAAUAUAUAUAAAAUGUGCUUCCAGAAAACAUAGAGAAAUAGAAAAGUGUAUUAAACUGUUAAAUGUAGAUAAAAACAAAUGAACAGGGAUCCCAAAAACUGGACAAUACACGGAGACUGUUUUCCCUCCCCCGUAAAAAACAGGCGAAGUUUACAUUUUUUUCAAUGUAAUUUUAUUUUAAUUAGUUUUUUGUAUGUUUUGCUCAGCAGCAGGAAUGAAAGGAGUAAUUUUAGUUAGAUUUCACCUAUGUAGUUAGUUAUUAACUCUAUAUGUGCCAGAGUUCAAUUAAUAUUUUAUUUGUAAUUUCCUUUCCUUAUGUUAGUUUUAGCUAUAGAAUAAAAGAAAUGUGUGGGCCAUUAUAUCUCAUAAUAUACCCAUUAGAACAGAUCCAUAUAACGUAUGCGGUAUAUCUAGAUCCAUAAUCCAUGUACUCAAAUAUUUCAAAAUUCUACUUGGUAUCCAAUAUUCUUUGGAUCUUUGGACAGGUACUUUGAGAGGAAUUAACAUGUAUUACUCUACAAGUACCAAAGCUUAUCCUUUUCAUUAUGUACGUGAAGUUAUGUUAACCCUUCUUGUACAUGAAAAAUACAGCAAGUAUGAUUCUGCCUGUGUCACCCUACAACCUCACUAUCAGUUUUCGGUGUGACCUUUAAAGGACCACAUACUCGUUUUCCUGGCACUAUAGUGCCCCGAGGGUGCCCCCACCCUCAGGGUUCCACUCCUGCCGGGCUCUAGGGGGAGGAAGGGGUUAAACUUACCUCUUUCUCCAGCGCCGUGCGGGGAGCUCUCCUCCUCCUCUCCUCUCUCUUCUUACGUCACCGGCUGAAUGCGCAUGCCCGGCAAGAGCCGCGCACGCAUUCAGCCAGUCCAUAGGAAAGCAUUAUCAAUGCUUUCCUAUGGACGCUAACUUCUUCUCACUGUGAAAAUCACAGUGAGAAGCGCGGCUGUCAAUGAGACAGCCACUAGAGGCUGGAUUAACCCAUAGGUAAACCUAAAACUGCCAUGUUUACAGAAAAAAGGGUUAAUCCUAGCUGGACCUGGCACCCAGACCACUUCAUUAAGCUGAAGUGGUUUGGGUGCCUAUAGUGGCCCUUUAACUCCUGUAUAAAUAGGUGGUACGGAAAAAUAGCCAUCGACCACAAACUCUCCUCCUUAGAAUGGUUGACAUUUAUUUUAUGCUUUUAUUCUGUUCCUAGGAAAGUAAAUGACUGCAUACUCUAAAAUGUCCCAGAUUUGGUGGGGCUGUCACUAUUUCAGGGUCCUGUGUCACCAUCUUACGUUUGUCCUAUAGUAUACGGCAUCUCGAAACAAGGAAUGUCCACCAUCAGCAUCACAAAAGGUCAUCACUAGACACAGUUGUGAAGUGCAGAGUAUCUGUCACGUAUUCAUCCGCUUAUAAAAAUGUGGUUAAUGACAUUUACUGUCCACACAGGAAAGGUUGUGCCGAGCAGCAACCUAAUCCACAGAAGGGUUAAUGCUGAGCAGCAAUUAUGCAAAUGAAACCUGGUAACUGGCCGGUUACAGCCUAUCAGAUCUAAAGGAGGGGUAUUUAGGCCCAGUUCUCAGCCUGCUCAGUGCCCUGUCGUGGUUUCCCUUGUGGUUGUCCGAGAGCGCAUUCCUGUUUAUAGUUUUCUACCUGGUUUUUGACUUUGACUUUGGCUUUUAUUGACUUCUCUAUAUUCUGGUAUCCCGACUCCUGGCUUUCCUCAUCGCUGUGUCCCUUUCUGUGUUCCCUGACCUCGGCUAGUAUUUUUGACUAUUCUAUGUACGUUAAAUCCGGCCAUUCUAAGGACCGGUAAUACGUUACUUAUUUGUCAGCCGUGCUAUACAGUUCUACGUGCUGGAUCAAACAGUAAUCCUGACAGUAUCCUCAUGACACUGAAUCCAUGGAAGACCACUCUGCACAUAGUUAUCUGUGAGUGGGACUAGCCGGAGAUGCUAUCUGUCAGACUGGUGUAUUGUACGCCAGGCCGGCAUGCUGCUUUUGCCAUCCCCUAGUACCUUCUCUACACUGUUGUAUCAGUAAUUGAUUUUUCCCUUAAUGUACAGUAGCAUUCCAUUAAACAUUUACAUUUAACUAAACAGGAGUUCACACACAAGUAGAAAAUGGUUAGUUUAAAACCCUAUACUUUUCACUAUGCUUUGGGUAGUCCUUAAUUUGAGCUAAUUAUUAUUAGCAUUUUUUUAACCCCACCAUAUUCUGCAGCUCUUUACAAAUCUAGCCAGGGGAUAUUUAGAGGUAAAGAAAGCCCUGUUCAAAUCAGCUUACAGUCUGAGGAUUGUGACUAUAUGACGGUUGUACUGAGCGUAAUGUCUGUCACGUAAUAGUUUUUUUAUUAACAAUGUGAGAAAUGUUGAACUACAUACAUGUGUACAGUAACUGGUUAUCUUCAGCAUGCUGCUAUUCAAUAUAGUCUCCUUUAAUGGCAAUGUAUUUGUUCCAACGUUGAACCCGCUUGUCAAAGCUACUUUGGAAAUCGUAAUUAGAGCACUCCCUCACCCAGCAUCUAAAAUGUUCUAUCACUUCACCUCCAUCAUGAUUGUGCUGUCCACAAAGACUUUCCUUCCAAACAAGUAGAGGUCAGAGGGUGUGAAAUUGGGACACCUCUGACCAUCCCAUUUUUGCAAUCCACUGUUAUUUGAUAAAGAACCCACUUGGCAAACCUGUUCCACUAUCCCAGUUUUUUGGAUAAUCUACUAAACAGCACUGAGACUACAGCCAAGCUCCUCAACAAUCUCAGACAGUGACACAUCGGUGUGCAUCAAUUCGUUUGUCCACUCUUUUUUUGGUUCGAGUUGAUGGCCUUCCACUAUACAGUUUGUCUUCAACACUAUUUUUGCCUUCUUUAAACUUUUCCACCUGACUUUGCACACUGCCUGUGUCAAUUGUCCUCUAGCCAUACAAUUUUCUUAGCCUUUGAUUGAUGUCUGCAGCAGUACAUCCUUCCUUGGGCAAGAGCUCUAUGACAGCACUUUGUUUCUGCUCAACCUUAACCUAGAAUUACAGACAUAAUGUCAGUCAUGCAGAAGGAGUUAACUCUCGCUGGUGGUGUAAACAUCAAAUUUGAGUCUCUGAGCAAAUAGCAGACAGGCAUUACUUUUAAAACAACCCUCGUAUAUUGUUGCACAAGGACACUUACUGGAAACGUUGUCUGACCAGGAUUAGAACCUAGUUUUCCCAGUUACAUAGUCCUCACUGACCUCCAGCGUCAGAUUUUCCCCUUGGGAAAACAUUGAAUAAAGCUUUUUUUUUUUUUAAUCACGGGCAUUUUGACUUUAAUAAUAACAGUCUUGAUUAAAUUGGGCUCAGUACAAUAUACAACCUCAAUUAGAAUAAUGCCUUUUAUGGGGAGGUCUAAAGUAUGCGUUGCUGAUGUCGGCAGGGGAGGAGCAUGGGCAGAGUCUGAUCCAGCGCCGAGGGACAUCAGCGCUGGAUUCAGGUAAGUAGCUGAUGGGGUUUUAACCCCUUCAGCGGGAGGGAGGGGGUACUCCAGGAUUCUCUAGUGCCAGGGAAACGGAUUUGUUUAAAGCUUCCAUAGUAAGCUUCAAAACUUGGCUGACAUUUGUACAUACCAGAUCUUAUUUUUCUUUCUAAUAUGUACAGAGUUGAACUAAAAUAAACCUGUAUCCUAACAUAUGAGGCUAAGACAUUGAGUGAUGACAAAUUACAUGCCUUACCAUUUUUGUCAAAAAAAUUUAAAUGUUGUUGAACUUGUGACCAAACACACUGUUUUAGUAAUAAUGCCCAAAGGCAGCUGUCACACGACACCUUUUCCAUUUUAAAUAUUUGAUUGAAACUGCAGUUUUGCUGUAGGGAAAUUACUGAAAUAUGAAAUGUUUUGUUUCGAUUUUAUUUUUGUGAUCUGGGUCCUGCCAUCCUGGAUUCCUGGGUUAUUCUUGAAAACUUCACUAGCAAACUGAACCACUGAGAUUUAAUUACGUGACAACUGGAAACUGUGGAGAUGAAAGUUGUUAUUUAAGCAAGAGCAGAGCUGCCUGAUAUGCCCAUCUUGAAGCCACACACUUCCCUACAUUCUGGGUUCCACCAAUAAGUUAAAAAACAAACAAACCUAACAGAAAUCUACUCUAGUGAAAUCUGAUCUGUUCUGGAAGUCUCAGAAGUAGAGUAACAAGGAGAGUUAAAGACAAGUGAAUUGUUCAGUGUUUGUAACUAAAGACGCAAAAGGUACAAGGUUGAAUUAUGCAGAAAUAAAGUAGACCUUAAUUAAAAUACCAAGUACCUUCAAAACUGUUAUACUGAUAAAUAUAUUUGAAACAUUUGUAGUUGGAUAUUUCAUUUUUGACAUUGUUUAAAAAUAUAACUGCUACUGUUGUCUUGCCUUAAAGGCAAUUUGCCAUAAUUUUUUCCAAUCAAUGUAGUACACAAAGUUAAGCUGUUCUUCCAUAUUGGCAGGCUUCUGAUCCUUCAUUAGACAUUAAAACUUUGUCUGAACAGAAACUUGAACUGGAAAAGAAACUCGUUGUUCUUCAGAAGAAGCUUGAUGAGCAGAUGAAGGUACUACAUACACUGUAUAGUCCAAUGAUAUUAAGAAAAUUAGGCUCUAAAUGCUGAGCAGAAGUCAGUUUAAAAAAAAAAAAAAGUAUUCAUCAAUUUAAUUUUUAGGAAUUCAAAGUGAGUUUCAAUUUUUAAGCACAAAAUAGCCCAAAUGAAAACAUACUUGCGAAAAAUGAAAAAUUCCCUUUGGAAUCCCUUCAAUUCACAACUUAAGAUAAUAACCCUUAAAACAUUCAUACAAUCUUUACUCGUGGAUGGCAAAUGUACAGUUUAAAUAGUUAACUUUUUUGCUUGAUCUAAAUUUAGCACCUGGGGUAGGUUUAUGAGAACAAACCUGAAAUGAAAUUUUGGACCAUCUUAGACCCCCUACAGAAUAUCUCUGUUAAUUAAGUCAACGUUUGAAUGCUUGUGAAUUGAAACCGUUUCAACAUGAUGCCAUUUGACCAGAAUAUAAAACAGGUGUUUGUGAUGGUAAAUUUGUCUGCAAUAUACAAUAAAAAAAAAAAACCUUUGUCAUUUAUUAUAGAAUCAGGAUAACCACUAUGAAGAGAAAUCUAAGACCAAAGCAAACAUGAAGGAUGUUCAAGAACAACUUGAAAAGAGUAUGGAAGAAAAUAUUGUCCUCCGGGAGAAACUUGGCCAGAGCGAGAAGGAAUUAAGAAAGCAUCUUGAAGAGUAAGUUCUAUUUUAUUAUUGCUUUUAUUAUUUUCAGUAGCUCUUUAAAGGGUGGGAAUAUAAAACUCAUAGUAGUUGACUGACGAGUUUGAAACUUUUUUUUCACUAGGAUAUAAAGAUAUUUAUUAAUUUUUAAAGGGAGAGCACAUGAUAAUAUUUCCUUAUUAUUUAUCUCUAAAAAUAUAUUUUGUAUAAUCUAAAAUGUUAAGAUAACCUACAGAUUGUUGUCUAACUGGAAGUUACACCUGCAUUUUUUCCAGGUGACCGAUUUGUUUUAAAUUAUGACAAUUCAUGGUUUUCUUACUUGGGCCUUGAUUCAGAAUUGUAUUGGUUACAUUUUUCUAAUUAUGUAAUAUUUUUGGGUGACGUGUUAAAAUGUAAUAUUUGUAAAAACAUAUUUUGAUAUUUUUGAAAUGUAGAUUUCUUUUAUGUGAAUAAAAAUAUUUUAAAAGAUUAACCAAAUAUAUCAAAUGUCUUUCCUCUAAUAGAGCACAUAUGUUUUUUCAAAGUAUUUGUAUGGCUAUAUAAAUUUUUAUUCUCUGUAUUGAGAUGCUAUAUUUCAAUACCGUACUGUAACUUGUUGGUUUUUACCUCCUGUUUUGUUUAUACUUGGUCACAUAGUAGAUUUUUGUUCAGCAUGGAGGUGAUCAGUGAUAAUUAUUUUUGGCUGUUAAAUACAUAAGAUAAAAACCAGACCUUUGAGUCACCUUUACAGAUAAACUAUAUAUAUAUAUAUAUAUAUAUAUAUAUAUAUAUAUAUAUAUAUAUAUAUAUAUAUAUAUAUAUAUAUACUACUGACCUCUACCAGCAUCUACACUAUAAAGUUUAAGGUGACCUUUUAAAGCGAACAUUUGUUUUAUUGAUAUUGCGCAAGUGUAAAAGCAUCUGCGUCUUAGUGUUUUUGAUCAUAAAUUCCUUCUCUGAAGUUUUUUCAUUCUUUCCAAUGAAUCUCUUCCUGUAGGCCAUUCCAAAAUACAUUUUAAUAAGGACUUAUGGUAUAAUACCUUCCCAGGGUUACAAAGUACCAGGCUGUACUUUAUUUUUCUUUUCAAACCCCUUUAGUUUUGUAUAGAGCAAGACAAUUAUUUUGACCAUAGAGGCAAUAAAUAUCCAAAGUGGGCUCCUCUGCGCAAGAGGAGCCGCCAUCUUGGUUGCUACUCUAGAUAGGCAACCACGCAUGAAAUCUAUGAUUUUGCAAGAUCCAGACUCCAUAGGUUUAUUCCUUUUAUCCCUUUUCAGCAUCUGUAGCUAAAGCUUAUGCGAUGGCCCCAAUGCUGAAAUACAUAUAAUAAAUUGGAGAAAACCGCUCUUGCAUACUGAGCUCAGGUAGAACUUGGCUACUCAACUCCACCAUACUUAAUUUUCUUCUAAAUAUGUUUCAUGAUAACUGCUUUUAGCUAAACAUUCCCAUCAGCUUCUAAAAUAUAAUCCUAAUAAUUUUGUAUUUUUUUUGCAGCUUAAGGGACACUAUAGUCACCAAAACAACUUGAACUUAAUGAAGCAGUUUUGGUGUAUACAUCAUGCCCUGCAGUCUCACUGCUCAAUUAUCUGCCAUUUAGGAGUUACCACACUUUGUUUAUGCAGCCCUAGUCACACCAUUCUGCAUGUGACUAACACAGCCUUUCCAAACCCUUCCUGUAAAGAGUCAUCCAAUGUUUACACUUAUUGCAAAAUCUGUUUAGUUUAGAAUUCGUAUGUUUUCCUGGCACUAUAGUGGUCCUUUAAAUGGCAGAGAAUUGAGCAGUGAGACUUCAGAGAAAUAAUCUUUACACAAAAGCUGCUUAAUUAAAGUUUUUUUGGUGACUAUAGUGUCCCUUUAAGGAAAAAAUUUAAUUUGACUAGGUAUCAACAAGAGCAAAUAAACAUAUGUUACAUGUCUGUCGUUCUGAAGUUUCCUCCUCCCCCUUAUUAAUAUCUGGAAAUGCUGCUGAGCGCGUGAGUAGCUAACCAUGUCAAGAAUUUGUGGCAUUUUUGAAAUGUACCCCCAUCACUGCAUGUAAACUCAAUGGGUUUGCAUUGGGCUGUUAGAUCUUGGAAUCCAUUAAAAAUAAAACAGGCCUGCAUUUUGGCCUGGUUUCUUAAGCUGUUAUUGAGUCACAGUUUCAGGGGAUCGACCUGACCUCUUUAAAGCAGAUGAUGUGGACAUUGUUUCCCAAAUAUAUGUAUCUGUAAGUUUAUGGUGUUGAACAGGGUAGGACGUCUCAUUGGGUUAAACCUCUUUAACCCCUUAAGGACCAAACUUCUGGAAUAAAAGGGAAUAAUGACAUGUCACACAUGUCAUGUGUCCUUAAGGGGUUAAACUUCAGCAGCCACCACUAAGUGCUCUAAUUUUGCCAUAGUUUUUAGCUGGUCACUUUAAUAAAUGUCUUUAUGUGUAAGGCACUUUAGUAUAAUUCAUUGCUCUUAGUGAUGGAUUGCUAUAGAUGAGUGGUAACUACUUAACAUAGAAACAUAGAACAUAGAAUGUGACGGCAGAUAAGAACCAUUCGGCCCAUCUAGUCUGCCCAAUUUUCUAAAUACUUUCAUUAGUCCCUGGCCUUAUCUUAUAGUUAGGAUAGCCUUAUGCCUAUCCCACGCAUGCUUAAGCUACUAACCAACAUGUAGCAGUCUAGUUGUUAUGGAACUAUAAUUUCUGUAAUUCUCUGAAGAAAACCCAGAUUGAAUAGCUGUACGUCCUCUUACACUUCCAUUAGUAUAAAGAUUGUGAAUAUAAGGAAGGCUGCAUGUGAAUGAGCUUCUUCUUAGUGCAAGUUUGGUCACAUUUAUUGCUAUCACAUCAUGGUUACAGGAGUUAAAUUCAGGUCGAUGGAAGCUCUCUGGGCUACAGUAUUCGCGCAUGCAUGACCCACCAUUCAUAUGAAGAAGCACUGCAAUUCUUAAUAUUAUUAUAAUUUCUAAAGUGCUAACAAGUUCCAUUGUGCUGUACAAUGGGUGGACUGACACGUGUUUGUAACCAGACGAGUUUGACACACAUGGAUUGAGAGCCCUGCUCAAUGAGCUUACAUGCUAGAGGGAGUGGGGUAUAGUGAUACAAAUGGUAAGGUAAAGGUAGAAAAGUAGUUUGCAUGGAUAGUAUUCACUGAGGGCUUAGUGUUUUGUUUUGAUACCCGUUGCAGCAGAGGAUCGGGGUGCGGGGAGGGAAAGCUGUUCCCAGUUUAAUUGAUAUACUUUCCUAAAGAAAUGAGUUUUCAAAGAUUUUUUUGAAGGAUGGGAGAUUGGGUGAAAGUCUAACAGAGAGGGGAAAGGCAUUCCAUAGGAAUGGUGCAGCCCUUGUCACAUCUUGAAGGCGAGCAGCAGAGGUAGGAUUCUGAACAAAGGAUAGACGUAGGUCUCCGGCAGAGCGUAGGGGCCUAGAUGGGACAUAUUUGUGUAUUAAUGAGGAAAGCAGCAUUGUGUAGAGAUUUGUAUCAGGAUCUUAAAUUGAGUCCUAUAUCUUACGGGAAGCCAAUGCAGGGUCUGACAAAGGGGGGAGGCGUGUGAGGUGCGGGCGGACAGGAAGCUCAACCUGCAGGAAGCCACUGCAUUCAUUAUAGACAGUAAUCACAUGUAUUAUGUCAGGACAACAGUGAUUGAUGAGGAAAAAUACAAGAGAUCAGUGAUUGACUGCAAUAUAUCAGCUUCUUCCUGGUUGCUGUUAAGACUGGAUAUUUUCCAGGGUACAGCAAGCUAAUCAAAUACAAAUAUGUUUUUUUUUUUUUCAUUUUCUUUCCGUUAAAUAAGAACUAUUUUGUAACGCACUACCUCAUAAUGCAUUAAAAUAGGUUGUAAUUUCUACCCCUGUGUUUUUUUUAUUUUUGUUAUGCUUUCUGAUAUCCUGUAGAGCAGGGGUGCCAUAAAGCUAGAUCCCCCAGAUGUUGUGGAACUACAACUCCCAUAAUGCUUUGCAUGCACCUUUUGGGCACCCCUGCUGUAGAGAGUCAAGUAGGUUACGUUUGCAUUUAAACAUGCCUUUUCAUUAUGGUUUUACUGGAAUGCCAGGUAUGUCUGAUAAUCAUAUUUAUUAAGACUCCAUAAUAACACUCAUAUAAAUCCCAUUUCCUUUCUCUCCUAAUAUUUUCUUCAUGUGUGAACGUACAAUGGAUAGCCUGAUGUUUUUACUAAUGUUAUAUCUACCAGUUGGUGUCUGGAACCGAAUGCCCUAUGUUUGUUUAUGGUAGAACUGCUCAUUAUUUCCUGACAGAUUGUUUGAACUGAAAAUGGAGCAAGAGCAGUAUCAAACGGAGAUAAGGGACCUGCAGGAACAGCUGUCAGAAAUGCAUGAUGAACUGGACAAUGCCAAGAGCUCUGUGGUCGAUGAUGAUGAGAGAGAAGCUUUAAUAGACGUAAGUGGGGAAACCUGAAUUACCUUCUCAGUCAGUCCACCCCUCCAAAAAAAAAAGCCAUUUCCAACAGGGCGCUUAAUCCUUCUAAAUGAUAAGGAGCCUAUUGCAAGUGAAAAUGGUCUUCAAAAGAUCCAUAUAAGAUGAUGGAAUUGGUACAAAAUAACACUGCGGCUAUAAAGGGGAAUCUCUAAUGGGUUCAUUAAAUAAACACCUGAUUGUAAAAAAUCUAAAUUAGACCAGCUGUGACUGUUGCCAACAUGCUCUUUUUGACUAAAGUUUGUCAUUUAAAUUUUUACAUCACUACAAUUCAGUGUUAACUGAAUACCCCUCUAGGUAGUAAAAUGUUUACGGAAAUAUUGUGUUCAUGAAUUUAAAUUUUUUUUUUUUAAACUUUUAUAAAUUAGUCAUUUUGCUUUUCGUUUAUGUUCUAUGAAUUCUUCUUAAUGUUUAAAAAAAAAAAAAAAACAUGGAAUAUAGAAUUGUUCGUUAGCAGAAGCAAGAAGCAGACCAUUAUGUUAAAGAUUUACAAUGAUUAGCGCAUAUACAUAUAAGGUUUUACAAAUACCACGUUAUCAAUCCCACUUUUUUCAUAUCCAGGUUUGGCAUUACUUAUGGAUGGAAUUAAAGGUUUCUCAAACUCUUGGCCAUUCACAAACCUUGAAAACCUGGUAUUGAAGCAUUCUAUGUCUUUACAUUGGUAGAGCAUAUAGCUGCGACUCGCAUUAAAGUUUUACUGAUUAUGUGUUUGCGAUCUGAUGUUUUAUUCUUGCAUCCUUUUUGCAUGUGCCUGAGUUCUGCAAAAGGCCAGUGCUUGAAUAAAGCUGCUGUCCGUUCUCGGUAUACUCAUGCACAUUGUAUUUUUGAAUAAAGCCUAAAGGUUAUGGUAAGCGAGCAUUCUGCUGCGUGUUUAUUUGCAUUUUCGCUCAUUUGCACGUCUUUACAUUUAACUAGUUUUACACAUGCCUUACCUGCUUGAGUUGCUUUAUUCCGGUGGGUCGUUGUAUGUUUAGAUAUUGCAUUCCCCAAUCAAUUGUAUUUAUCCUAGCCUACUGGAAUGUCUUGUGCUGCCUAAUGUUUUUGGUAUGUAUUAUAUUCUACAUAUAUACCUGUUUUCUAUUAUAUGAUUAUGGUGUCAAGAAGCCUUUUUUCCUAUUUUGUGACAUAAUUGGCCAUUGCUUCAAAUUGUUUCAAUUUAUUUUCCUUCUUUUGGAGCAACUGCUCGAAAAGAUGUGUUUUGAAAAGUUAAACUUGAUGGGCCUGUGCCUUUUUUUGUUUUUGUUUUGGUUUUUCAACCCAGAUAAACAUGAAAGUGUUGCGUCUACAAAACUGAUGCAGUUUUCAUAAAAUUAGCUCCUGAACAUAACACGUAAAAUAGUGCGAAAAAAAAUAUCAAGUAGCACACCAGUUAACAUAGAGUAGUUUAAAUAUUUAAUAUUUCACAUUAUCAAGUAUUAUACCGACAUUUUUUGCUUUUAAUGUAGUUAUUAGUUGAGUGAUAUUUGCUAUGGGGGUGUUGCAGCACACUCGACCUCAUUACCGUGCAUGUGGAACCAUCUUGAGAUGGUGAGUACAUUGUGACAUGGUGCAUUGUCUUGCUGGCAGUAGUUAUUGGGAUAGUAUGCAGAAUAAUAUUAUGUAGACCAUAAAAUGAUGCAUGUAAUCAAACACAACUCUUGGAUAGGCUGUGGCAUUCAAACAAUGCGUAGUUGGCAUUAAGAGGCCCAAUAUGUGCCACAAAUAUUUUACAGUCUAUUCCACUUCCUCCACCAUCUUGAACCUUUGGCACCAAGUAGGACUGAUUCAUUGCUUUGUGUUUUUACAUAACAUUUCAACCAUUCCAUUUGCAGCAGAAAAUCAAGAUCUGGCAGUUCAGAAAAAAAUAUUUACGGUUUUCUACUGUCCCAUUUUGGGGCACCUAUGCCGAAUAUAGCUUCAGUUUCCUGUUCUUAUGUUACAGGAGUGGACCAUAUUGUAUAUAGCACAUGAUUCUUAAGUUACCAUCCUCUAUAUUACCUAUACCAUUAGCUAUGUUAUGCGAGUAUACAAAGUGGGAGUGGGGUGAAGUCAGGACCACAGGUGCCAAAGGAAUAUGGAGGGAGAAAUAUGAGGAUGAUAUGGAGAAAGAGAAUGAACCGAGGAAUGAUGGGCUAUCGAGAGUAUAGUAACAUCACUUUGGAUUGUACUUUGGUAAACUGUUCUAUGUUUGCUCAGUUUGUGCAUUCUUGGGUGUCUUUUAGGAGCUGAUUCAAAUGAAACAAGGUGUCCAUGAGUUACUGAUUGCUAAAGAAGAGCAAGAAGACCUAUUAAGAAAGCGCGAACGUGAGCUCACUGCCUUAAAGGGAGCUUUAAAGGACGAGGUAUCCACCCAUGAUCAAGAGAUUGAUAAACUCAAAGACCAGUAUGAUAAAGAACUUAAGAAGCUACGUGAUAGUCUGGAAGAAGCUAUUGAGGUGAGUAACAACAUAAAUUUUUACCCAUUCUACACAUUCUAAUUAUUUCAAAUAACCUGUGAUGACAGACUGGCUAGAACUUAAGUUGUGUUCUGGCUUUACCUUUUUAUUUAUUUAUUUUCUCAUAAUCCUGAAUGGAGUUAGUACAACAGGAUGGGAUGUUAGGAAGGAUGGAUAUGAGCAUGAUGAUCUCCUUAUAGCAGGUAUAUUAUUAAUGCACUAUCGUUACCUGGAAAUUCCCAUGGUAUAGUUAAUACAGCUCUUUCUAAUGUGAAAGCAUUAUACAAAAAUAUCCAGGGGAUUGUGAACAAUCAUAAUUUAAAAGGACUGUUCAAGCACCAUAACCAAAACAGCUUGCUGGCAGUGGUGCUAGAGGUGGCUUGGCAUGGUCUCAUGGUAAGUAGCCAAACUUUUAUCAUGAUUUGACAACUUACUAGGGUCCCUUGGGCACCCAUGCUGAUUCCUCUGCAUCUACUCUUGUUCAUCGGGAGAGCCAGAUUGCUCUAUCGGACAAAAGAUGGCUGUGCUCACUAGUUGAGUGUGUCAGCAAAUGAGCAUGGCCCUAUGUUGGCCAUCCUUAAUUCUAUAGCGACAUGCAGCCUCUCUUGCCAGAGAAGACUGGGUUCGGAAGCCUAGGUGACCCAAAUAAGUUUUAAUAUUGUAUUAAACCGGUUUGACUAUUUAUCAUAAGGUGGAACCAGGGCACUCCAAGGACCAUUAAAACUACCACGUGCUACUUGAAAUUAUAAUAUUUACCAUUUUGAAAAGUUGGUAUUUUUUGUUUUUUUGUGUUUUUUCUUUACUUUUACUAGGUGUAGUCUGUGUUCUGUAACAAUUCAUAUGUUGAGGGUUGUAUUGGUACAGCUAUAAGCACAAUCUUAAAAAUGAAUGAAAAUGAAUAUAAUCUGGGAAAUCUGUGAAAUAACCUGUUCUGUUUUUUGUGGGGGGAGGUUUCACUAGCACUGUGAAAUUCAGUAGUGCAGCAUUGUAGUUCUAUAAAGAGGAUUUAUUUGUGUACAAAGAUAUUCAUUGGGUUAUAAUAUUAAGUUUCUUUUCAAACUAUUAUAUAAUUCAGUCGUGCAAUAUAUUAGAAAAUCCAGUGGAUUGCAUUUCAGAUGGCUUUUGCUGUGAAAAUAAGUUCGCAAAGCGUUAUUAAAGGAGCAUUCCAAGCAUAAUAACCUUUCUGCAUGUUUGAGAAUGGUUUGACGUCUUACCUGGGGACUGCCAGUUACCACUUCCCGACUUUGCUACUGCUCAGGGCCAGUCUGAAACUCAUAGCUAUACUGGGUUUAAAUAAUUGGCUAACAGAGAUCAGAUGAUGCUCUUUGUCACUCCACUAGCCCUGCACUUCUGGCGUGUGUCUCAAGAGUGUCCGGAUCUCACUGAGCUGUAGUUGAGUGGUGGAGGCAGGGCCGGAUUAACAUAGGGGCUGAUGGAGCUGCAGCUCCAGGCCCAUGGAAUAGGCCCAUUUUUUUUUUUUGUAUUUUUUUUUAAAACAAAUUACUCUUAGGUUUGCCACCUGACUGGUAUUUGAGGCUGCCUGGCCGUUCUGGUACUGCAGUAAUACCGUUAAUACAAAUGCAGAUAUUUUUCUCAGUAUAAACUGAGAUAACUCUGUAAUACUAGCACCAGUCAGUAGGGAUCACUGUGUGUGGAGAGAGGCAGGGAUAGGAAGUUACAGCAUAUACCUCCCUGCCUCUCUCUACUCACUAAUCCGCGGGGGAGCAGCUACACGGCACAGAGAGUUCAAACCGCAGCUCCCAGCCUGCAGAGACAGACUACAGCUCAGGGAAGUGAGGGAUGAAGGGAAAGGCAGCAGGGAAACAUGGGGACACUGAGACACUAGGGGACACUGAGACACUAGGGGACACUGAGACACUAGGGGACACUGAGACACUAGGGGACACUGUGACACCAGGGGACACUGUGAGACACAUUGGGACACGGAGACACUCUCUCCCAGUGUCCCUAUGUGUCCCAAUUGCUACCAGUGUCCUCUAGUUUCCCAGUGUCUGUGUCCCCAUGUCUGUGUCCCUAGUGUUUGUCACCAUGUCUCCCAGUGUCCCUAGUGUCUGUGUCCCCAUGUCUCCCAGUGUCCCCAAGUGUCUGUGUCCUCAUGCCUCCCAGCCAGUGUCCCUAGUGUCUGUCUCCCCAUGUCUCUUAGUAUCCCUAGUGUCUUAGUGUCCCCAAAUGUCUUUGUCCCCAUGUCUCCUAGUGUCUGUGUCCCAUGUCUCUGUGCCCCUAGUGUCUGUGUUCUUAUUUCUCCCAGUGUCCUCAAAUGUCUGUGUCCACAUGUCUCCAUGUCUCCCAGUGUCCCCAUGUCUGUAUCCACAAGUGCCCCCAUGUCUCCCAGUGUGCCCAAGUGUCUCAGUUCGCCCAUGUCCCCCAGUGUCCCCAAGUGUCUCGUAAUACAGGACACACUGGGACAUGGGGAUAUUGAGACACUGGGAAACCAGAGGACUGGGCGACAUGGGUACACUGACACUGUGAUACAUAGGCUGGCCUUCCAAUUCUUUGGAAAGACAUGCUCCCUUUUUGGGCAUAUUCGCCCCUUUUGGCAGUUCUGGUCACGUGAUUCCCAUCAGUGGCCCAUCCUUUUACCCCGCCCAUUGACUUCCUGCUUCACUGGACACUGCUGUUAGGGUGUAUGGAUUUACUUUAAAGAUCCUUUGAGCUUCCCUCCAACACCAUCUCCAUCAGAUACAUGACGCUUGAGAGGUAUGACUGUUUGUGUUUUUGGUCGAUAAGAUUCUGUAAUAAGGCCCAUCAUAAUAGUCAACACCAGGCCCACUGGGCUCUUAAUCUGGCCCUAGUGGGGGGGGUGAGGAGAGCAGGGUUCACUGUAGUGCUUUUGGUGCUUGGAAUGUUCCCAUAAAUAGCUGCUUAGUGGUUGGUCCUUAAGCCAAGCAUUUUACAUUUUCUCUAAUAGCAUAAUGGUUUGCUUUCUCAUUGAUGCUCAGGUAGAAAUCGUCAUUAAUCCAGCAAUUCUGGGUAUAGAGGAAGAAAAAAAAAAACACACAAAAAAAACAAUUGUACAACCUAGAGUGUAAAAACAUUCCCUAACUAGGCUAAGGCACCAUGUAAGAAGGAGGGGAAAAAUAAGCCUGUAUUUAAAGGACCACUAUAGUGCCAGGAAAACAUACUCGUUUUCCUGGCACUAUAGUACCCUGAGGGUAAAGGGGAAAGGAGUUAAAACUUAGCUUUUUCCAGCGCUGGGUGGGGAGCUCUCGUCUUCCGAUCCUCCUCCUCUCCGCCCAUUCGGCUGAAUGCGCACACGCGGCAAGAUCUGUGUGCGCAUUCAGCCGGUCGCAUAGGAAAGCAUUUACAAUGCUUUCCUAUGGACGCUUGCGUGCUCUCACUGUGAUUCUCACAGUGAGAAUCACGCAAGCGCCUCUAGCGGCUGUCAAUGAGACAGCCGCUAGAGGCUUUGGAGGAAGGCUUAACUCAUUUAUAAACAUAGCAGUUUCUCUGAAACUGCUAUGUUUAUAAAAAAAAUGGGUUACCCCUAGCUGGACCUGGCACCCAGACCUCUUCAUUAAGCUGAAGUGGUCUGGGUGCCUAGAGUGGUCCUUUAAUAAAACAUCAAAACUGAUGCACACAUUUCUGCAUUCAAGCUGAGGACUUGAGUAAAACGUUAAAAAUUUCUAUUCCUCAAAAUCCGAAAAAUAAAGUGUUUUUUUCCUUUGAUUUUUCUAUUCUGUUCCAUAAUUUCAUAUCUGUAAGGGUGUGGUUUGCGCACGGCUUAUCUCUUAUCUUGUGUACCUAAAACUUGCUAUGCUGAUGUUUCUGCAAAAACAUUGGGCAAGAACCACCAGAGGAUCUGCUCUUUGUUGGCAAGCCCUGCCCCAGGCAAAUAGCAAGGUUAAAGUUAACCUUUUCCCCGCCACAGUAGAGUGAUGUAUCCUUUGGUUCCUUGUUGGCAAUGUCCAUAACAAGUGAUAAAAGACAAAGUAUAUGAAAUCAGUGAAACUCACAAUGUUUGGUGAACACGAACAGUCAAUCAUUAAUCUGCUUUGUGUAUUUUAGCUGUUCAAAGAAAUUCCCAGUUUAGGUUAGAACUCAUCGAAACAAGGCUAUUGGCAUUUCCAUUAGAGACCUUUGCUUUUUGUCAGGUCACAGUAGGUGGGUCUGUGUGUUUUUCGGUUUCUUUUUUUCUAAAUAUAACUCUGAAAUAUUUAAGGUUCGCUCUUAUAUUUACAUAUUAUUGUACUAAAUACAGCACAAGUUCUCAAUAUUUAACCUUGUACCAUGGAUAAACAGAGGGUUAUUCUAAGGAUCCUAACAAUCAACGUUCAUUAAACUGUAUCAACAUAUAAUUUAUUUUUAAAUUUCAGCAAAUGUAUGUAUAAACCCUUUUGAGGAAAAUUUUAAACUUUUCCUUUAAUAUUAAUGUAUAUAUAUCCCCCUAAAAUAUAUCCUAUAGAAUGUAAGCUCGUUUGAGCAGGGUCCUCUUCAACCUAUCAUUCCUGUAAGUUUUCUUGUAAUUGUCCUGUAAUUGUUACAUCCCCCCUCUUAUAAUAUUGUAAAGCACUACGGAAUCUUUUGGCGCUAUAUAAAUGGCGAUAAUAAUCAUCUGUAAUUCACUGCCGCUUUUCCAAACUCAAUAAAAUAAUGGAUUUAUCCUCUAAACACUGGAUGCAGAGAAUUUAAUUUAAUUUGGAUUUCCAAAUCUGCUAUUCUGGGAUUUGGGGAUUUUUGUGGACCCAGGACAUACUUGAAAAUGAGAGAAAUCUCAAUGUAUCCUUCCUGGUAAAAUUUAUUUAUUUAUUUUUUAUUUUUUAUAAAUAAAUACAUUUUUGUUCUUCAAUUAGGCUUGUAGGUCACUACAAUGCUCUAUUUAGUGAGGUUCCGGUUAUUGCAUUUGAGGUGUUUGGAGGUAUGCACUGAGGGUAGCCAGUUAAUUUAGGAAGUGUCAAACCUGUAUUCUGUUUAUGCACCUGUUACUUUUGCCUGAAGAUAUAAAUGGUUUUACAUAGUGAAAAUGUAAACAUACACUGUGUUUAUCGAAGUGGAAAUAUGCAUAGCAUUCCUGCUUUUGACGUAGUCGGUUACACAAUUACAGGAAUUGAAGGCAACUAUCCUUUCCAUAUGUCAAUCUGUGUAGCAGAUUAUCACAAUGUUUUGAUAUUGCUUUUAAAAGGCUUACACUGGGAUAUAAUAAAAACCAAAGAAAUAAGUUUACUGCACACUUGUCCAUAUCCCUAUGCAUAUUUAAGUAAAUGGAGGUUAUUUAGUAACUCUAAAGGUCAUUAGAUGUAAACCCACCUGCCACAUAAAGGCACACUUCUUAGGUGGGUCCUACACUAACAAUUCACAGAGCCAUAUUACAAUGCUGCCACCCAUCCCAUGUGUUCCAUAUUAAGGGUCAAUAAGUAUGUAGGGGUUUAGAAAAAUGGAACAUGGCUAAAGCUUUUAAGCUUUUAUUUGCAGGAAUUAAAUAAAUAAGAGGUUAACUACAUAUCACAAACAUCCUUCUGACAAUAUGUUUAUGGAAUAGAACUCGAACUUUAACACACUAUGUAAAUGUUUGAGUUCUAUCCCAUAAACCUAUUCUCAGCAGGGUGUUAAAUUUUAUAAAUAAGGUUGUUUUGUUUUUUUGUGGCCUUUCUCUUUGUGACAGCAGUGCAGGAUCUGUCACAGAAAGCUAUGAGAGAACCUGCACAGGUUAGUCAUGAUCCCCCCCAUGACAUCACUCGUUUGGAGCUGGGGACUAUAGCUUCUCCUUUGUUUAUUUAUUUUUCUCUUUUUUUAAUGCAAAUUGUACCUGGUAAGAGGUGGGGCUAAGCAUUCUUCAUUGCACCUUUCCUUAUACAGUGAACAUAAAUAGUUGCUGUUGUUGUAAUCUCCCUUUUACUCUGUUUUGGUUGUUGUGACCUCCAUCUAAAUUGUGGGAUCUGACAUUUUUACAGGAUGUUUAUGGUCAUUGAAGUCUAAUAAUCUAAUCCUUUAAAUUGGAUUCUCAAGGUUUGCUUGUUUGACCUUCUAAUUCCCAGUAAUGAGAGCACACACACAAUUCUAAGAAACAGAACCACUUGUGCGAUCCACUGCAGAUUGUCUGUGGAUUGUCUGGAAUGCUUCUGUUUGAUGUUUCACUCACGGCCGUUUCUGUUUGGUUCUUUACUUUUAAGUGAGCUUGAAGGAUUACUGGUGAGUCUAUUGAGUAACAGUUACAGUAAUUACCAAUUCUAUUAAGCAGAAGAUUGGCCCUUCCAGCUACACAUUACAUCACAUGGUAUACCAGUUUGCAGCCAAAACCACAAUGUUUAUAUUAAAACUAAUUAAUACAUUUAUCUACUUGAUGAUACUUAAAUUUGCAUGCACCUGUUAUUGAUACAAGUACUCUAAAUGUACCUCUCUUAGCUUGCUGCUAGUCUGAGAAUAACAAUAUAAUAAACACAUAUAAAGAAAGUGCUCAACAGAACAAAAGUAAGGUGUUGGUAAGCUACUAAAUGAGUCAUCGUAUUACCAAAUUAGGAAAAACCAUACCAAAAAAUAAAAUAAACCAUUCCACCCUAUUUACUGUAAGUUGGUAUAGGUAUUUUACUUUAACUUGGUAUAAGUAUUUGGUGCUAAACUCUUUCAUAUUUAUUUAUAAAAUAUUUUUACCCGGAAGGAUACAUUGAGAUUUCUCUUGUUUUCAAGCAUGUCCUGGGUCCACAAAUCAUUGCAUUGUUAAUAAAUAUAUAUAUAUAUAUAUAUAUAUAUAUAUAUAUAUAUAUAUAUAUAUAUAUAUAUAUAUAUAUAUAUAUAUAUAUAUAUAUAUACACACACACAAUUGACAUCUGUUCAUCCUGAAGAAAGCCCCGAACGAGAGCUGAAACGUUGGUGUGAUGUGGUGAUGGCAACUAUUUGAAUAAAGCAACCUUUGUUCCACUCUUGCAAGACCGUGAGUGCAAGCCUUUUUUCAAUUGUUUGUUUGAUGGCUCAGGCUUAAAAGCACCCGGCUUUAUACUUUUUUGGUUCGGCCUGAGUGCAAGGACAAAGUAUAUAUACUUUUAGUAGCUUACCAACACAUAUACACACAUAUAUAUAUACACACACAUACAUUUUACACACAACAGGUAAUAUAUUUAAAGAUCUAAAUAUACUUGUCUCAUGCACUUAACUUGGGUCCAUUUCGGACUAUAUGUGAUCAAAUUUAAAUCUAUUGUUGUAAUAAAUGAUGUGCUAUGUGUUUCUCUUCUGAGAAUAACGUUCUGCCUGUAUGGAUGGGGGAAUGUUAGAAAAUGUUUAAUAGGGAAACACCGUAAGUAGGCAGCGAACACAAUGUAGCUUAAUGCCUUUCUAUCUGCAUGACGUCCGGAUGGUUGCAUAAAAUAACUGGUUGUCUCUGAAUGAUGGCAUUGAUACUUGGAAUUACAUUUUAGAAUUUAUCCAAAAUCACAUAAGAGGGAACAUGGUGUUUGUCGGCUCUCCAAGCCUCAUGCUCACUCAAUGUCAAAAAGCAAGUGAGAGGCUUUGAUGUAAUGAAUAUACCGGCCCCUGCUUCCACAUGUUUGGAAUGGUUUCAAACCUUGAUCACUGUACUUUACAACGAUGGGAAAGCUCUAAACAGUACUGUACUGUUUUAUCGGACCACAUUAAGACAAGGUUGUCAAACGUCAGCGUCAUACAUGUUAUUGUACUUCAACUCCCAUAAUCCUCUGUCCAUGUAUUGUAUUCAAAGACUUGUAUGAGUUGUAGCCAAUCAACAUUCUGUGAUCUGUGUAUUUAGCACUGCCUUAGAGUUAAAUAUGUAUUAUUUUUGUACUUCCUGUCAGUUUGGGGAGCUUUGUUUGUUUGAUUAGUUGAAUGCUGGUUAGAUUUGAAAAUUGUAAGCUAAUUAAAAAAAAAACAAAAAAAACAAUUGUAACACCAACACAUUGGCUGAUUUGUAAGGUAAUACAUAAGCUCCAUCUUAGAGAGUAGUUGCAGACAUGAGGAGUUUAUCUUACAUCUAGCCACACGUAUUGUAUUGUUUGUGCAAGGAUAAUGUAAUGGAAUGCUUUGUAGGGAGUAUGCUGUGUCUACUUUACUAUAUAUAUAUAUAUAUAUAUAUAUAUAUAGAUAUAGAUAUAGAUAUAGAUAUAGAGAGAGAGAGAGAGAGUCCGGACUCUGUCACUCAACCCCAACGUGGAAAAUCAAAAAUAAAUUACCCGGGUGCCUCCAGACCAAUAAGUUCAAUAAUAAAAAAACAGGAGCACUCACUUGGAUUUGCCAAUAGUGUAUUAAAAAAUGUUCAUCAAUCUACAUCAACGUUUUGACCCUUCAGGGUCUUUAUCAAGAUAAUGACAGUGCACAAAAUAUACAAAUGUAUGCCAAAUAUUAAUUCUGAAACUUACCCCAUCUGUGAAAAGUGACUCCCAUUCCUCAUCAAGUGAAACCGCCGACAAACGUGCAUGGUGACGCGGGCAAUCACGUGCAUGCGCGGAAAGGUGGCGACGUGACGUAACCGCGUGUAAACAAACCGUAACCAUAGUAACCCGACGUAUCCCAGUACCUAUUGUGUUUCGCGGAGGAAAAAAUAAAAUACAAUGACACAUGCCAAAAGAGUAGUAAUACCACUGUAUUACUACUGUACCACUGUAUUACUACUCUUUUGGUAUGUGUCAUUGUAUUUUAUUUUUUCCUCCGCGAAACACGAUAAGUACUGGGAUACGUCGGGUUACUAUGGUUACGGUUUGUUUACACGCGGUUACGUCACGUUUCCGCGCAUGCACGUGAUUGCCCACGUCACCAUGCACGUUUGUCGGCGGUUUCACUUGAUGAAAAUGGGAGUCACUUUUCACAGAUGGGGUAAGUUUCAGAAUUAAUAUUUGGUAUAUAUUUGUAUAUUUUGUGCACUGUCAUUAUCUUGAUAAAGACCCUGAAGGGUCGAAACGUUGAUGUAGAUUGAUGAACAUUUUUUAAUACACUAUUGGCAAAUCCAAGUGAGUGCUCCUGUUUGUAUUAAGAUAUAUAUAUAUAUAUUUAUUAUGUACUUUGGUGUUAAUUUUAGUUGGUGGAUUGCAAAAUUACCCCAUCUUUUAAUGGACAAAAAAUAAAUGCAGUCAUUUUAUAAGAGAAGUAUAUAAGUGUAUUAUUUUAAAGUUAUUUUUGCAUAUUUAAUAAAUUAUAAUGCAUUAGAAAAUAAAUGGGUCAACUCAGAUGCAAAUGUUACUUUAAGGAUGAACCUCCCCCUUCCUCCUCCCCCCCCCUUUAUUCCCAAAAUGUUACCCAAGUCAAAGUAAAACUAUUCUUCUCCACCUCCUCCUACCCAGUGAAAUGGGUAAAGCCAGUUUCUGUUGAGUGCUUUCUAAUUAGAGAAAAACUGACUCCAUUUUUAAUUCAUGUUGUGAGCAUCUCUUUGUGCAGACUAUUGAGAUUGUUGUGGCUAUGAUAAAGAGAACAUAUUUUGUGUAACAUGCCAUUGCUGUGUUUGAAUGGAGAUGGAAUUUUUAGACUCAUUAGCAUAUUUUACAUACGUUCAUCUUUCUGCUUGUUGAAGAAAUACAAUGAUUGUUUUAAAUUUGCUAACUGACUAAUGACUUCUGCUAUGUUUCAUUCCUAAAUGGGGAUGUAAUUAGGAGGCAAAUAGGCAUGCUAUAAAUAAAAGCCGUAUACUCUAUGAAUUCUAUGGAGUUUUCAUGUACAAUAUACUUUUACACUUUUCUAAACUUUGAAAGAUCUUUAAUGAGGCUCUAAUACAAUUAAGGCAAAAAAAUGUUUUAGCUUUAUAUAAAAAGUGGCAAUAUAGUUCAAAAUUCUAAGCAAUAGAAGAAUGAGGGGUAACCUUGGAGCGUUUCUAUACAGGCUGUGGGAAUCAAAGGACUAAAUUUAGUUUAUAAAAAAUAAAAAAAACAUUUUUCAAACAUUUAUUUUUUUCACUUGAUUUUAAUAUCUUAAUGGGUGCAUAUGAUUUAGUGUACCCGGGCAUGCACAUUAGACUUCUAAUUCUUUCCGAUGGUAAAGCAUUAGAUUGGCUGAGAUCAUCAAGUUGGCCAUCUCCGCCAAAGAAGCAUGCCUUCGCAUGAACCUGCGAACCGCGGGAUGGAAGGGCAGGGGAGUGCGGCCACCUACUGGCGUAAGAAAACUAUAGUGGUCAGAUUAUGUUUGUAUUCCAAAUGCUAUAGUGUUACCCAUUAGCCAUGGUCUGUUGCUUUAAAAUAGCAAUCUGACCCAGUUAAAAAGUCAGAAUAACUGACCUUUGUACAACGCUAUGAAAUCUGAUGGCGCUAUAUAAAUGAUAUAAUAAUGUGUGAUUUAGAAAAAAAAUUUGCCCUGGAAAGGUCUACAUUCCAUACAAAAUAUGGAAUUAAAUUUUUUUUUAAACGAGUUGAGUUAAAUGACAUUGAGUUAUAAAAUCAGGUCUACUGACUGUCUGGCAAUUACGAGUAAAUAUUGCUGUCUUUGUGAAAUUGUAAUUUUUUUUUUUUUUUUACAUACGUUAAAGAAAAAGGGACAUAAUCUAUGCACCAAAACCGCUGUUAAGAUUUAGGAGUUUUGUCAAUUUGUAUUGUAAUCGGUCUUGUAAUGUAUUAUAGUAAAUGUUCAUAAUAACCAUAGCAACAGCACUUGUUGCUAGUGAUGUUUUAGUAUUUUAAUUUUUUUUUAAUAUAUUUGUAAUGCAGUCUGCUUGUUGCUGGUUAAGUGUGGUGUUAUUUCAUAUUAUUUGUUUGUUCCUUUUGUUUGUAAAAGUCUAUUGUCCUUCAUUAGGCACUCCCGUCUUGUUUCGGGGGUGAAGGGGUUAAAAGAAAAGUAUCUUUCUACUGGCAUUUCUUAAUGUCAUGGUAUCACAUCUUGAUCCAUUGACAGCUAUUGAUUUUGUGGAAUGGCUGUGUUAAGACAUAGAUACAUUUACUCUUCUAGCAGGAAAGAGCAGAGAAUGUAAUGUAUACAUAGUGAAUUUAUCUCUGCUCUGGGUAGCACAAAACAAAUGGACUGGCUUUAGGAUUAGUGCAGUUACUGGUUUACAUUACUGGAAUAUUUCUAAAGAUCCAAGUAUGUUUGACAUGUUUGACCACACAUGUUUGCUUAUCUUCUUUGCAAUAAACUCCCUAAAUACCUUUGUUCUGACACACACAGAUCAUUGUAUUCACUGCUGUGAUUUAUAAGACUAAAGCAAUAUAUAUAUACAACACACUAAACUUUGAGACUACUGUAAUUCCGCCUGCGCCAAAAGUAUGUUAAAAUGAAAGUCUUAACAGGUGUAGAAAUGGUUUCCAAAAUGUUUUAUAUACUUAUUUUUUUUAAAUUCAUAAUUUUAUAGAAUAAAACCAGACUUCAUAAUUUAAAUUAUGUUGCUAGCUAUGCCUAAUAUUUACUUGCCAACUCAAGUGCAGAUACAGAACUUAUGGAUUUAUGUUAUUGCCUUGCCCAUGGCUUGUAAAUGUAUUUGGAUGCAGGAUUGAGCUAAGAGGGAUACAUGUGCACUCAGGCCUCUCGCCUUGGGAAGGGGAAUUUACUCUCUGCAACACCUGAGGAUUCUCUAUACAGUUCCCCUUUAAGCUAGCUUAUUAAAGGGACUAUAUAGCCAUCAAAGCAGUUUUGCUGUAUAGAUCAGGCCUUUAAAGUACCGUGAUCAAUUCACUGCUUCUUAGAAGUGAAAUCACUUUUGUUUCUGUUUAUGGAGCCCUAGCCGUACCCUCCUAUGGCUGUGACUAACGCAGCUUGCAUGAAAACUUUAGAUUGUAAGCUCACGGGCCAUCUAGCUAAGCACGUUGUAUAAAAGAGCUCCAAUGGCUAGAUAUCAGCUUAUGGGCAGGGCUCUCUCUACCUCUUGUAUUUGUCUGUGUACAUUGUACGUUCUCCACAAAUUGUACAGCGCUGCGGAAUCUGUUGGCGCUUUAUAAAUAGCAGUAAUAAGUAAAUAAUAAAACAAAAUGCUUUUGUUUUCAGUCAGAUGCAACUUACUUUAAAAGUGGUUAUCUCCUGUAUAUUGAACUGCAGAGACUAGCAAGCUAUAAACAGAGCAGGAGAUCAGAAAUAGUAAAUUAAUCAGAGUUUGCAAUAAAGGAAGUGUAAACAUUAGAUGAUUCUUUACAGGAAGUGUUUAGGAAGGUUGUGUAAAUCACAUGCAGGAAGGUGUGACUAGGGCUGCAUAAACAAAGUGAUUUAACUCCUAAAUGUCAGAGAAUUGAGCAGUGAGACUGCAGGGCAUGAUUUAAACCCCAAACCUGCUUCAUUAAGCUAUAGUUGUUUUGGUGACUAUAGUGUCCCUUUAUAAAGGAAAAAAAAAAUCCGACAUUUAUAAAGGGACACUAUAGGCACCUAGAGCACUAUUAUCUAAUUGAAUUAGUCUGGGUGCACUGUCCCUGUCCCAUUAACCCUGCACCUGCAAAUAUUGCCAUUUUAGAGAGCCACUUCCUGAAGUUUAAUUUCAUGAAAUGAUGCUGCGUCUUGAAAAAUCCCAUAGCUUGUCCCUGCAUUGUUGUUUAGUAACUUCUCUAGGGGGCAGUCCCUCAGACGGCACUAGAGGUGCUUCCUAGUCCAGUGCUGCACAGUGUACAGCACCUUCAUUUAGUGUCUCCAUGCUCUAAACAUUUACGAUAGAAAUGUAGUCAUUCAAUGCAUGUCUAUGAGAAGAUGCUGCUUGGAUCAGCAUUUUGCCGCACAUGUGCAAAUGCCUCAUAAUGCUAUCCUAUUUGGAAAGCAUUAGAUUGGCUGAGAUUGUCACGACGGAUGAUCUCAGCAAUGAAGGUAGAGCAGCAUGGAAGAAAAGAUGAGUGAAAUUACAUUUUUAUUAGGAUCGGAUGGAGGGCAGUUACCUAAAGAGUCACUUCAAAACUAGAGAGUUUGUAUUCCUGACACUGGUUUUCUUUUAUGUUUUAACUAUAGAUUGCUUGUCCUAUUGUUCGUUAUGUAACAGUUUUGAAGUGACAGAUUUCCUGACAAGUGAAUGUAACUAAAUGGCUGGUGAGAGAGAGGGUUACAGUCACGCACAAUGUUAAUGUACUAGGCAACACAUUGCUACAUUGUAAACUGUUAGAAAGUGAGGCUGAUUGGCACGGUAUAACAAAUAGUAUCAAAAAGGCACAGGCACAUCGCAGAGAGAGUAGAACACUCAAGAAAUGAUUAAAGAUUCCACCCCAGAGAAUUGCUAAAUCUUUACCUACAUGUGCCUUUAGAGGCAACUGAACUAAAGGUGAAAUCAGCUGAGUUGUGUAUUGUGUUAAACUAGAGAGGAAACAAAAACAUGAAAAAAGUAGUGACCGGUAACGAAAGCAAAGCCUUGCUGGUCAGACAAUAUAUAGUAACAAAGUAUAACUUGGUCAGAUGACAAUAUGAGUAAAGUGACUGGACGGACUGAGAGUCCCAAGAUCGUUUCACUGAUCAGGCUCUUCUUCAAGUGUUUGUGUGUCGUUUUUUUUUUCUGAUCAAUAAUGAGGGAAAUGACUUUAAGAAAUGUUUUCUCUUUAUCAUAUAUGUCAGAGUAAUAAUAGCUUUGUAGGCCAUUCAGUCUUUGGAUAUUGUUCCCAGAUAUGUUUAAAGGAAAUGUCAAGAAGGUAAAUCACCAAUAUUGUAAAUGAAAGAAAUGUAUCUAUAGCUAAAAAUAACCAUCAUAACAAAGGUGUGUGUGUAUAGAAGCACUAUAUAAAAUCCCUAAACUAAUAAUAUAUAGAAGGUAAGAAAAGUGACUUACUUACCAAGUCACAUUCCGUAUCUCUCAUAUAUAGUUGGCAUUGAAGUUUUAUAUUUUCAUUUUGAGAAAGGCCCAGGUGGGGUCGGGACAUUGAUCUCAUAUGUAACACUUCACAGAUUGAGAUAGGAACAGUUUGAUUGCAAAGACCUACAAGUGCUUCUAUUUUAUCUUGUACAAUUAGAGUGUGGAAGCACCAAGACAAAUACUUGUAAGGGUAGAGUGUUUUUUUUUUUUUUCAUUUAUUUGUGUUUUUUUAUAACCACAAUAGAUGGUUGAACUUGAUAGUCAUAAAUCUUUAGCUUAGAUUACUGAGCUAUAGAAAUAAUGUUUGCUUUGUAAAAAAAAAAAAAAAACUAUCCUUAAAGCUACACUCCACUGCCCAAAUAAUAAAAUAAAUAAUGUUUAGUAGAUAUACCCCCAAUGCAAACAUGCAUGCAUUCAUCUAAAAAAACAUAUAUACAUUUAAUUACAUUUACUGCUUGAAAAAGUUGCAGAUAUUGUGUCUGAAGCUUUCACAAGCCCUUCACUGCUAACCCAGCCCUUACUUUCUGUGACUUUCCAAUUACAAACAUCUUAACGCAGCUCAAUGAGAAAUAUUUGCAAAGCAGGAACUCUGAGCGAUUGUCUGAUUCUGGAGUUUAGCUCCACUGAGCUAACCAAAACCAGGAAGGAACAAGAUGGAUUGUCUGACAGUCAGAGGGGAGUAACAAGUUUAAUUUAUAAAAGUACCAAUUUCAGACUUUGGCGGUCUGGAGUGUCCCUUUAAAUACCUUAAUUUAGUAAUUCCUCACCUAUACAGAGCACAUCCAGUGUGAAUAGCACUGACAAAGAAUUUGGAUGCCUUUCUUGUAGGGCAAGUUCACUGAUAAUAUAUAAUAUGCAUGUAACAAGUGAGCUGAUUGUACCUGGGUCUCGUCUUAAGUCAGAAAGUAUUUUAGCAAUUUUACUGGGUGGAUCGGUUGGACUGGGAAACAGACUGAAUGGAAAGAAUGUAAGUGCAAACAAUGUUGACAAUUUAAGCCUAUAUAAUGAUAUUCUCUGUAUUCAAAUUCUCUUUAAAAUUAACUACACCUUAUCUCUCAAUCACAGUAUUAAUAGAGGGCUGAAUCAGUGCUGUAAAAAAAACCUAUUCCUGAAACCAAACUCCACUCGCAUCUCUCCCCAGUUAUUUGGCUCCCUGUUCUGUGCUAGUAGCUGUCAAUUUGCUGUUGGAACAAGAUGCGAGGGCACCACCUCUCUAGUGGUGGAAUGAUUCAGUAUGUCUGCAGUGAUCCUACUCUAGUCUUCAUGCACUCCACAAGUCCUGGGUCCAGAAAUAUUACCGGUUAGGGAAUACUGUUGAAUUAUGCAUUUAACUCCCAAUUGUGCUGAAUCUGGCAGAUACUAGACCCUUGUUUUUUCUGUCUGUUUCCUUGUUUUGUGGUCCCAGGUAUUUUCAUGCGGUGUACCAUUUCUGGUUCCACCUGAGAACAUUCUGCAGGAAAUGCAGACACUGCAAGUGUCAUGAUAUACCUUCUUCAGUCAUGACCAGACAUUUCUGCUCAUACAAGACUGUAUCUGCCGUGCUUUGCAUGGGCUUCCCUGGUUGAUAGGCUGGCUAGGUAUUCUAGAUAUGCAAAUACAAAAGAAAAUAGGAUCCUGUCAAAAACAGAUGUACAAGAAAGAAAGAAACAAAAAAAGAUACAUAGUGCAAUAAUGCAUAUAACCAUUUCUGAGCUUUAAAUAGUUGCACUCACAGGAAGAUGGAAUAAAAUAAUCAUUCUGUGGGUGCCUCCCCAAUUUGAACGGGGGACCAAAAGCAUGUUUGUCUCCAUGGAAUCAUCCAAUACAGGAAUUAUAUAGUGUAGUUUAAAGGACCACUAUAGUGCAAGGAACACAUACUCAUACCGCUGGGCUCUGGGGAGAGGAAGGGGUUAAAAUCUUACUUUUCUCGAGCGCCGGGCGGGGAGCUUUCCUCCUCCUCUCAUUCUUCCUAGCGACGUCAUCGGCUGAAUGCACAGGAGCUGCGCGCGCAUUCAGCCAGUUCAUAGGAAAGCAUUUACAAUGCUUUCCUAUGUACGCUGGCGUCUUCUCACUGGGAUUUUCACAGUGAGAAGCACGCAAGCGCCUCUAGCGGCUGUCAAUGAGACGGCCUUUAGAGGCUGGAUUAACCCUCCGUGUAAACAUAGCAGUUUCUCUGAAACUGCUAUGUUUAUAAAAAAAAAGGGUCAAUCCUAGCUGGACCAGGCACCCAGACCACUUCAUUAAGCUGAAGUGGUCUGGGUGCCUAGAGUGGUCCUUUAAGAUAUUUUACUUUAUUAUAUUUCUUUUUCUUCAUUUUAUGUUUUUUCAACUUUACUUGUGGUAAAAGGUGAUAUUCACUAAACACAUGGCUAGGCAUCAUGCCUCUGCUGUACUUUGCAUCAACAUUAAGUCCCUCUCUGUCCCACUCCCCAUUUAGAAUUCAUACAUCAAAGCAAGAGACCAACAGGAUGGAGAAAAAUUUAGUUAACUUUCCUUUCUGUUGGUCUCCACUCAGAUCUAGAACGUGUGACUAGUUGAAUGGGAACCUGUUCAACACCCAAUGUUUAAUACCAUAAUAUACAGUAUGCAUAACUGCCUGCCAGGUUACCUCUACAAGCGAUAGAGCAACCCCAACUCAUUUCUCAGAGCUGUGUUAUGCAUGCAUUAUUCAGUCUUUAGUUGUUAGAUGGAUGAUAACAUAUCAUCUUCAGGACUUUAUUUACAGUUAAACAUAGUUGCCAUAUUCACAUGAGCAUUUUGCAUGCUUUUUUUUGUUUUGUUUUGUUUUGUUUUUUUAAUAUAGUACCAACAUAUUCCACAGCACAUUACAAUUAUAGAAAGGGUAUAUUUGGAGCUGAAGAAGGCCCCACUCAAAAAAAGCUUAUAAUCUGUGAGAAUACGAAGUAGGUAGACAUAUCAUUGGAUAUCUUGCCUAAGGAUACUUACUGGUGAGGUGGUCAGACUGGGGUUCAAACUCGGGAUUUCAUAAGGUCACAAUUGUAUAUCUAUUGACAUUGUUCAUAAAGUAAAAUCCUAAUUGUUCUCUAGUGAUGACUUGCCUGACCCAAUCAAAAAUUAAACCACGGGGAAGAAUAAUUUCUACAGUUUUGUAGAAAGCAAAAGUACAGAUUUAAAUGCUAUGAUUUAUGCAGAUAGAAGAACUAUACUCAUUUUUAUGUUCCAUUUCAGUUCUGGCAGUUGAUGGUCUAAAGAUGAUGUACCGUGAGGUGCUGUUUUUGUUAAAACACCUGCUAGAAUAGGACUGGGAACCAAUUUAUUUGCAAGAUAUAAAUUUCAUCUGAUCUAUUGAUUUUAGUUAAACACAGAUCUGCACACCAGUCAAGCCAUAAGACUUGCUUUUCCCACAGAAAUCUCAAAUUUGCAGUAAGGUUUGGCAUAUGUUAAUUCAACAAAGAAUCACAUUUUGUCUAACUUUUCCAUUUUGAACAUGGAUUCCUUGGAGUUUUUUGCUGUAUACAACAGCUUUGAAACACAACAGAGGAAGAGAUACAAAGCCAGUGAUCUCCUCAUGGACAGCUGUUUUAUUGUUAAAGGACCACUAUAGGCACCCAGACCACUUCAGCUCAAUGAAGUGGUCUGGGUGCCAGGUCCAUCUAGGAUUAACCCUGCUUGCUGUAAACAUAUCAGUUUCAGAGAAACUGUUAUGUUUACAUAUGGGUUAAUCCAGCCUCUUGUGGCUUUCUCAUUGACAGCCACAAGAGGCGCUUUCGCGCUUCUCACUGUGAUUUUCACAGUGAGAAGACGUCAGUGUCCAUAGGAAAGCAUUGACAAUGCUUUCCUGUGGACUGGCUGAAUGCGCGCGCGGCUCAUGAUGUCAGAAGGAGGAGGAGAGUCCCCAGCGCUGAGGGAGCCCAGCGCUGGAGAAAGGUGAGUGUUUAACCCCCUUCCUCCCCCUUCAGCCCAGCGGGAGUGGGACCCUAGUUUGUUUUCCUGGCACUAUAGUGGUCCUUUAAUACAACUCACCAGCAUUAGGUUGGUUACUGACUUGCUAGUAAGGCUUGGCGUUGCUUGCAGAGCACAAACCAAGAAAGUUAUGGUGGAGCGAAAAAAGUGAUUGAAAACCACUUCAACCUGGUGUCAGUGGAUAGUCAAUACAUUGUUAAACACAGAUCUGCACACCAGUCAAGUCAUAAGACUUGCUUUUCCCACAGAAAUCUCAAAUUUGCAGUGAUGUUAUCACUGCAAGGGAUUCUGGGUUACCACAUGCUAAUUAUGCAAAAACCUCACCAGAGCCUUUAGUCAGUCUGCACAGAACUCUGAUCUAGGUUCCCAUUGCCAACAUUGACCCUGUUGUGCAGCCUUCUGUUCUGCUAAUACCAAAACAGAGCCCCGUUAACAAAGACAUUGAACAGGGUUAUGUGUAAGGAGAAGUUCAGGUUAUUGCAGGUGUUUGUGAGUUGUGAAAAAUACAAUUUAAAAGAAGAAAUCCAUUUGGUUCUAUCCUGGAACUAAGCAUCAGAACUCAACUGUGAUAUCAAUUGAUAAAUCUUUAUUAUAAAUUUACAUGAAAACAAGGCAUCACAUAAAGGAUACCGCAAGAUAAAAGUGAUGUUUAAUGUUUUAUUCAGUUGUUAUUUCUACACUAAAGAUGGUUGCCCUUUAAUAGAUUUCAUCAUGCACACUCACCAGCUACAAAUCCAGACAAACGCUGUCUCCUUGUCUCUUGUAGCUCUUAAUAAACCUGUCUGUUCAUCUUCCUGCUGAUUAUGUAAAAGGCACAUUUCACCCAUUGAAUAAAUGUCAGCUAUGGCACCCACAUUCAUUGUUUCCUUAUUGAGUUCCCUUUUCUUCUAUUCUUUGACUGACAUGCUUGCUGUAAGGCGCCAAUCAGGUGUCAAGUUUCAAAGUACUUCUUUAUUCUGGAUUGUGCUUAAUCUGUGCACAGACUGACAGUUUGUUUUUUAAUUAUAAAUAUUGUUACAUUUCCUGAAUAUACCUUUUGAUAUCUCUGAAAAAGUUCUAUUCGCGUGGAUAGUAUCUUUAAGUAUUACACAUUCUAUUUACAAGGAGCUAUAGUGUUCUCUAAUGUUGCACAACAAACAAGGGGUCCUGACUUUUUGUGAGACCUUGACUCUUUUUUUGAAAAUGCAAUGAUCCUUUUGUCUUAUGAUACAUGAAAAAGGAUAAUUUACAGAACAAUGAGUUGUAGUAUUUUCGCAAAGAAGUUCCAAAAUGUAAAUGUCACAUUAUUUUAGUGAACAAUUAUCUAUACGUUUAGCCUGGUAUUUUAUAUUUACACCGAUAAAAUACAAUUUGUAAUGUGACUGUAAACCCCUGAACAUUGAAUUGAACUGUAUUAUAUCUAAGUAAUACUACAAAUCCAUUAGAAGAAUUAACAAAGUAAUGUUUUUGCAUUUUUUAAAUACUAAGCUAAACCCUGGGUAAAAAGUUGUACUCCUAUAUAUGUUUACUGACUGUGUUUACUUGUCUGUUAACGCAUUAUAGUUAUUCUAUAUAUUGUAUAGUGUAUAUAUAGUCCCUCCUAUACCUUUCGAUUAACUGCACUAGUGACACAGAAGAUCUGACCAGAGUAUUGGGUGACUGAGAAGACCAAGAGAACUGUCCUGUAGACAUUCUCUGCUCCCGGUCACUGUGCUACUCUCCCAGUAAGCAUUUUUCGACCUUGGAAUGGAGAAUAUAGGGCAGGGGUCAGCAACCUAUGGCACUUGAGUUGCCUUUGCAUGGCACUCAAGGGAGCCAUUGCCAAACAGUUGUGAUUUCAGGUGAUGAAGGACAAUUGCAGCACUAAGUGGAAGUGAUCUCAGAUCACUUCCUCCCAGCUCUUGUGAAAGGGAAUUUACACUGGAGUAGAGCAGCCAUACGCAACCACCAGCUAAAGCGCAAACCACACAAGCAAUGCUGAAAAAGCAAAGAACAGGCCUACAGCUACACAGCUGUUAAGGUGCAGAAGUUUUAUGAGGAGGUUAGAAGCCCAAAACUUCCUUGUCUCAGGUAGGGGCUAAUCCCCUAAUAAAACUUCUGCUCCAUAAUUGUUUUGUAGCCAAUUCUUUUUUUUAUUUUUUGUUUCUGCCAAUGUUUUUGGCAGGAAAGUUAGAAUGUCAUUGAUGAUGAUUGCCCUGGAAAAAUGUCCACGAACCUUGCCAAUCACUGCAGAGAAAGAGAGGCAGCAGAGGGUAGUUUUUACAACCGUGUAACACCCACAAAUCCUCUGAGAAUAGCAACACUGGUGCAAGGGGCAGCAGGUAAGUAAUGCCAUAGCCACUUACAAUAAAUCAUAUAUUUACUGCCAGGGGGUCUGUUCUAACUAAUGUUGAACCUGGAGAGGUAAAUAAUCCUUGUUGUCUGGUUCUGGUUCUUAGUAAAGUUUUAUCAUUUCUAGGUCAAGGUGACUUUAUUUUUUUGUUCUGAUGUAUAUGCAUUUUAUUUUUUAUAUGCAUUCCGUUUCUCCAAUAGAGUACAAAGGAUAUUACUGUACAGAAAAGUGAAGCCAAUCGAAUAAAAACUGAAUGUGAAAAAAGAGUGAAAGGAUUAUUGGAGGAGAACGAAGAGCUAAGAAGGAAAAUACAGCAGCUUGAGGCCAAAAUAGCUGAAUAUCAUGCAGAGAUUAAGGAAUUAAAUGAAGACACAGACAGAAUGAGAGAGAAAAUGAAGAAAUCAGAGGUAAAAAAUGAACCUGGACGAUGUAAUAGGUUCAAUAAGGGGUUGAAGGUUUUAAGGGUACAAAUCUGUCCGCAUACAUAAAAGUGGAUUUUGAAUUGUAAAUAUAAAUGUAAGCUAUAUAAAAUGUAGUAAAAAUGCAGAAUAUGCAUUUAGUCUUAGAUUUAGCAGGACAGCUUAUUUUUUUUUUUUUUGCGAUUUUUAUUUCUUGUGCAUGGCGAUGUGGAUGUGUGUGAUGUCUGUAGUAUGUGUAUAGUUUUUGUCAAAGUAUUUUUAAGUUUUAGAUUGUGUGAUCCAGCUGGUCAAAUGGUCUCUACAUGGAGUGAAAUGUUUUUGUGGUUUGAUAGAAUGUAGUGAGUAAGAUAAAAUGUGGUGUCUGUUUUGUUGCUGGAACCAGUGCCAUUCUGUGUUCUAUUCCUGUGCUAGUUACGUGUGGAUAUAUUUUUUUUGGGGGUGGGGAGGUUGCCUCAGUUUUUUUUUUUUUUUUUCAAAUGCCACGAAAUUGUGGAAAAAUAUCUUGACCUUACAACUGCUGCUUUCAGACGAUUUCAAACGUAGAGUUACUAUUAAAAGGGCCCUUGUGGUGGUUUUCUCAUUUCUGUAAAAAAAAAAAAAAAGCAUAACAAAUAAGGGCCAUUCUAAACUCAAGCCAAGGUCACAAUCACGGAGCCACUCUUAUUUAAAAAUAAAAUACAUACUACAAACAGGAAAGAGGAGAAGAGGGAAUAAUGUAACAAGAUAAAGAUUGCUUGGACACUUUUUGUGAGUAGCACAACACAUCUCGUCUCUGUCUUGUCACAAUUCUGCAAAUGGUACUUGCAGGACAGCAUUUAUUUAGUUAUUUAGAAAUUUUACAACUGCAUUUUUUUAAAUAAGUCCUAUAAUGUAUGGAUGUGUUUAUGAUGGUUUUCUCUAUGAGAACAAAUCCUGUGGAAUCUGAAAGCUUGGCUAUAAAUGAUUACUUUGUUUGUGAUUUUGAUGAAAAGCUGGAGCUGUGUAGAUAGCUGUACCUGUCUGUAGGCUUUCUGUAAAAUGAUGAAUUGAGUUUAUUGUUUACCAUUCAGGAAAGUAACAAGUCAUUUUAGGAAUUCAUUUUCAGUUUGAUUUGGGGAAUUAAUUGAAUGAGUUAUAGAAGUUUUGUAGAUUCUCUUCUAUUUCUCUUCAUACAGUUGCAAGAAAAAGUAUGUGAACCCUUUGGAAUGAUAUGGAUUUCUGCACAAAUUGGUCAUAAAAUGUGAUCUGAUCAUCAUCUAAGUCACAACAAUAGACAAUCACAGUCUGCUUAAACUAAUAACACACAAAGAAUGAAAUGUUGCCAUGUUUUUAUUGAACACACCAUGUAAACAUUCACAGUGCAGGUGGAAAAUGUAUGUGAACCCUUAGAUUCAAUAACUGGUUGAACCUCCUUUGGCAGCAAUAACUUCAACCAAACAUUUCCUGUAGUUGCAGAUCAGACGUGCACAACGAUCAGGAGUAAUUCUUGACCAUUCCUCUUUACAGAACUGUUUCAGUUCAGCAAUAUUCUUGAGAUAUCUGGUGUGAAUCGCUUUCUUGAGGUCAUGUCACAGCAUCUCAAUUGGGUUGAGGUCAGGACUCUGACUGGGCUACUUCAGAAGGCGUAUUUUCUUCUGUUUAAGCCAUUCUGUUGUUGUUUUCCGUAAAUGCUUUGGGUCAUUGUCCUGUUGCAACACCCAUCUUCUGUUGAGCUUCAGCUGGACAGAUGGCCUUAAGUUCUCCUGCAAAAUGUCUUGAUAAACUUGGGAAUUCAUUUUUCCUUCGAUGAUAGCAAUCCGUCCAGGCCCUGACGCAGCAAAGCAGCCCCAAACCACGAUGCCCCCACCACCAUACUUCACAGUUGGGAAAAGGUUUUGAUGUUGAUGUGCUGUGCCUUUUUUUCGCCACACAUAGUGUUGUGUGUUUCUUCCAAACAACUCAACUUUGGUUUCAUCUGUCCACAGAAUAUUUUGCCAGUACUGCUGUGGAACAUCCAGGUGCUCUUGUGCAAACUGUAAAUGUGCAGCAAUGUUUUGUUUGGACAGCAGUGGCUUCCUCUGUGGUAUCCUCCCAUGAAAUCCAUUCUUGUUUAGUGUUUUACGUAUUGUAGAUUCGCUAACAGGGAUGUUAGCAUUUGCCAGUGACUUUUGUAAGUCUUUAGCUGACACUCUAGGAUUCUUCUUCACCUCAUUGAGCAGUCUGCGCUGUGCUCUUGCAGUCAUCUUUACAGGACGGCCACUCCUAGGGAGAGUAGCAGCAGUGCUGAACUUUCUCCAUUUAUAGACAAUUUGUCUUACCGUGGACUGAUGAACAGCAAGGCUUUUGGAGAUACUUUUAUAACCCUUUUCAGCGUUAUGCAAGUCAACAAUUCUUAAUCGUAGGUCUUCUGAGAGCUCUUUUGUGCGAGGCAUCAUUCACAUCAGGCAAUGCUUCUUGUGAAAAGGAAACCCAGAACUGGUGUGUGUUUUUUAUAGGGCAAGGCAGCUGUAACCAACACCUCCAAUCUCAUCUCAUUGAUUGGACUCCAGUUGGCUGACAUCUCACUCCAAUUAGCUCUUGGAGGUGUCAUUAGUCUAGGGGUUCACGUACUUUUUCCACCUGCGCUGUGAAUGUUUACAUGGUGUGUUCAAUAAAAACGUGGCAACAUUUCAUUCUUUGUGUGUUAUUAGUUUAAGCAGACUGUGAUUGUCUAUUGUUGUGACUUCGAUGAUGAUCAGAUCACAUUUUAUGACCAAUUUGUGCAGAAAUCCAUAUCAUUCCAAAGGGUUCACAUACUUUUUCUUGCAACUGUAUAAUGAUAUUCUCAUUUAUAUAGCAAACAAUACUUAUUAACUUAUUAACUUAUUAACGCUUAUGCAAUUAGAAUGAGGGGGGAUAAUAUGGUGUUUUGCUCUUGUGUUGCUCUGGUCUGUCCGUGCUGUGAUGCCAUCACAUAGAUACCCACAUUGGAACAGCCACACAUUCAGAAACCUAUACACCUACACAUUGCCCACUUGUGUAUUGGGGCUUUCAGAUGACUCGCCAUACAGCAAUGGCUCUUCCAAAAUGUAUACAUACACUGAUCAGCCGCAACAUUAACCCCUUAAGACCGGAGGGCGUACUAUUACGCCCUAUUUUAGGCGGCUCUAAACACCGCCGGGCGUAAUAGUACGCCCUCCGGUCUUUCCUUACUUACCCGGUCGCCAGCGGUCCCAGGGAGCCCCCCCGCGGCAGAUCCUCCUCCUCCGGUGCCCCCCGGCCAUGUGAGAGUGAGGUCUUUGCGAGGACCUCACAAUCACGUGGCCGGGAUAGCUGCCUCCUGCAUUGCCAGCAGGGGGGCUGCCUGUAAUGACAGGUGGUCCCCCUGUUGGCUGGAAAUAAAAUUAAAUAAAUUAAAUAAAUAUAUACUUAGAUCAUAUAUAUUAUAUAAUAUAUAAUAUAUAUUCUAAGUACAUAUACAUACACACACGUACACUGUAUAGGUGUAUUUUACUAUUAAUAUAUAUAUAAUUAGAUAUAUUAAUAUCAAAUUACACGUAGACUGAUACUGAUUAAAUAUAUAUAUGUUAUAUAUACAUAUUUAAAUAUAAUAUAAAAAAAUUAAAUAUGUAAAUACGUUAAAAAAUAAAAUAAUUAAAUAUAUAGAUGUGUGUUAUUUCGUUCUAACUGUAUUGUGAUAUUAAUAUAUUUAUAUCAAAAUACACGUAGAACGAAAUAAUAUAUAUAUCUAUAUACAUAAAUAUAUACGUAUAUAUCACUAUAUAUACCUAUAUAUAGAUAAAAAUAUAUUUUUUAAUUAUAUAUAUAUAUAUAUAUAUAUUCACAUAUGUGUGUGUAUAUAUAUAUAUAUAUAUACAUAUAUAUAUAUAUAUAUAUUAAUUCUAAAUAUAUAUUUAUGUAAUAUUUUUACAUAAUUGGGUAUCUUAAUUAAUUACAAUUAGCGGGACCUGCCUACAACCCAUGCCGAAGGUAAAGGGAAUUUAAUUUGCUAGCACUAUAUUUAACACCAUAACUUUCCAAGACACCAUAAAACCUGUACAUGGGGGGUACUUUUCUACUCGGUAGACUUCGCUGAACACAAAUAUUAGUGUUUCAAAACAGUAAAAUGUAUUACAACGAUGAGAUCGCCAGUAAAAGUGAAGUUUUUUGCAUUUUUCACGCACAAACAGCACUUACACCGACGAUAUUAUUGCUGCGAUACUUUUUACUGUUUUGAAACAAAAAUAUUUGUGUUCAGCGAAGUCUCCGGAGUACAACUGUACCCCUCAUGUACAGGUUUUAUGGUGUUUUCAAAAGUUACAGCAUCAAAUAUAAGCCUUGUGUUUCAUUUUUUUUCACAUUAAAAUUUGCCAGAUUGGGUACGUUGCCUUUGAGACCAUAUGGUAGCCCAAGAAUGAAAAUUACCCCUAUGAUGGCAUACCAUUUGCAAUAGUAGACAACCCAAGGUAUUACAAACGGGGUAUGUCCAGUCUUUUUUAGUAGUCACUUAGUCACAAACACUGGCCAAAAUUGGCGUUUUUUUUUCACACACAAACAAAUACUAACGCUAACUUUGGCCAGUGUUUGUGACCAAAUGGCUACUAAAAAAGAUUGGACAUACCCCAUUUGCAAUACCUUGGGUUGUCUACUAUUGCAAAUGGUAUGCCAUUAUGGGUGUAAAUUUCAUUCCUGGGCUACUAUAAAGUCCCAAAGGCAACAUAACCAAUCUGGCGAAUUUCAAUUUCAAAUGUAACGUGCUAUAUUUGACCCUGUAACUUCCCAAAACGCCAUAAAACCUGUACAUAGGGGGUACUGUUUUACACGUGAGACUUUGCUGAAUACAAAUGUGUGUAUUUUAUUGCAGUAAAAGCAAACAGUAUUAUGACAUUGACAGUUAAAAUGUCAUGUAGAACUAAAAAAAUAAAAUCAUCUUUUCUCCCAUUUUUUUCAUAUUAAAUUAUGUUUCAUAGCUAAAUAUUUGAUAUUAAAUGAAAGCCCUGUUUCCCCUGAAUAAAAUGAUGUAUAAUAAGGGUGGGUGCAUUUACUAUGAAAGAGGUGAAUUACGGUUGGACAGACAUGUAGCGCAAAUGCCAGGUUUUGUUUACAUUUUGUUUCGUUCACAACGUGUACAUUUGGCUCCGUCCUUAACCCCUUAAGGACACAUGACGUGUGACAUGUCAUGAUUCCCUUUUAUUCCAGAAGUUUGGUCCUUAAGGGGUUAAAAGCACUGACAGGUGAAGUGAUCGAUUAUUGAUUAUAUUGUUACAAUGACACCUGUCAUGGGGUGGGAUAUAUUGAGGAAGCAAGUGAACAGUUGGUUCUUGAAUUUUUCAUGUACUGAAAGCUGGAAAAGAUUUACUUAUCUGAGUGACUCUGGCAAGGGCCAUAGAAUAAUGGCUAGAAGACAGAGCAUCUCCAAAACAGCAAGUCUUGUGGGGUGUUUUUGGUAUGCAGUGGUUAGUAUCUACCAAAAGUGGUGAACCGGCGUUUGGGUCAUGAUGACCCCUGUCCAUCGCUGAAAGCUCCUUCAUUAGGGAUGUGAGCAUCAGAACUGGACUAUGGAGCAAUGGAAGAAGGUUGCCUGUUCUGAUGAAUCACUUUUUAUUUUUGAUAAGGUGGAUAACUGGGUGCAUCUGCAUCCUUUACCUGGGGAAGAAGUCAGGCUGGCAGAAGCAGUAUUGUGCCCUGGCAAGGUUCCACUGGGAAACCUUAUCAUUCAUUGUGAUGUUACGUUGACUACAACCACCUACCCAGAUAUUGUUGCAGACCACAUACACCACUUCAAAGCAGUGGUGUUCCCUUAUGGCAUUGUCCUCUUUCAACAGGAUAAUGCACCCGAUCACAAUGCAAAAAUGUUUCUGAAAUGUUUUGAGGAACAUGGCAGAGUUCAAGGUGUUGCCUUGGCCUCCAAAAUCCCCACCUUGUAGCAUGCAGGACUUAAAGGACCUGCUGGUAAUGUCUUGGGUCCAGGUACCACAGGCACAUUCAGAGGUCUCUUGGAAUCCAUGCAUGCCAUAAAGCUAUUUUGGCAGUAAACCAGUUCAGAGUAAAUUAUAUUAGGCAGGUGGUUUUCAUAUUGUCUGGUCAGUGUUCUGUGUAUAUAUGUAAGAGAUUCUAUGGUAUAGAGUCUGUACCAUAGAGUAUCUGGUGCAGAGCGAGCAUGCAUACAUACACAGCCAUAUUUUCCUAUGUAGAUAUUUCAGCAGCAACACCCAAACCAAUUCCCUAAACACACAUAAUGUUACACAUAAAAAAAAAAAAAAAAAUGAGCAGUGUGCAGGAGUACAUUUUUAGAUCAAAGCAGUUGAGCUGGAAAUAUUUUUCCUGAACGGUCCAUGUUUUUUUUGUUUUUCUUUACAAUUGGCAGUUUAGUAAAUAACCCCAACUUAAUUUUUUUUUUUUAAUGGUUACAGAGAGAAAAACAGCAGCUGGCUGAAGCUUUGGAUAAAGCCAAUGAACGGGUGAAGGAGACAUUGCAAGUUUCGAGAAAGCUAGAAAAUCAACUGGAAGACAUGAAGGUAAACACAGAUUUAAUAUUAAAUUUGUGAAGCUCCGUUGUUUCCAUGGCAAUUGUAUACACAUGACUGACAUCCCCAGUCAGUGACCCCUGAAACGCAUGGGAAAAGCGAAGUCACCUUUGUGCUUCCUCUUUAAUGUUCCCUGAACCACAAACUAGUAAAACUAGUGAGCUGUGCAACAAUAUACAGCUUGUAACACUCUGAAAACCAUAUAUAUUCAUUUGUGUGUGUGUGUGUGUGUGUGUGUUUUGUUUUUUUUAAACUAUUUUUUUAGGUUACUGCUUACAGUAUUCCUUGUGUUUGGUUAGGAAUAAAUACUAUUGACAUGAGUAAAAUCUCAAAGAAUAAAAUCGCAAAUAUUUCCACCUCGAUUUCUCAUGGCGAAGUCUUGGCAAUUUAUUUACAAAGACUGAUUGCUGCUGUACAGUAAUUAAAGGCCAAAGUCCCCUCCCCCCAGAAAGAGCUGUCUAUUGCAUUGUUUGUUUUUUUCACUUUUGUACAUUCUCAUUUUGAUGGGACUGGAGUCAUUGCACCCUAAAAAACAUUAAUGAGUAAUUGGGGCUGUUCUCCUGCUUCAAAAAACUAUUGACAAUUGGGUAGCUUUUUGGCGUGUACCAUUUUGUCAUUCUAAACACUGAUGUCAAACUAAUUUGUUACGCAAUAAUCUAAGCAAAUUUAGUAAUGUGUGCUUCUUUGGCUAGUCGCCUUUUUGGGGGAGGGAGGUGGAUGGAGUCUGGAUGUUGAUGGCAUGCUUCUGUGUUGCAGAGAAGCCUCAAUAGAAUUACUCAUGAGCACCACCAAUUAUCUGAGAGAUUAAAAGAUGAGUCCAGCCAAAAAGAACAAUUAAGAAAUUUGAAGAAUGAGAUGGAAAAUGAACGUUGGCAACUUGACAAGACCAUUGAAAAAUUACAAAAGGAGGUAAAUCUAAAGCUGUGUGAUUGUCAAACUAGUUGAGUUAUACAAAACAUUUUAGUAAUGUUAUGCAUUGGGAUCAUGCUCAGGCAAUGUAUGAAAAUAAUGAUCAUAAAAAAAAACCUGAUAACGCCAAACAAGCUAAAAUUCACUCUGUGUAACUGAACACUGCAAAUUGCAACACUCACUUGUCUUAUAAUGCUUUUAUUCCACUUGCAGUGCUAAUGGAUGUUUAACAUAUUAUUUGUAUGUAUUUAUGAACUAAGAAGCUACUAUAAGGGGAACCUACUUCGAUGAACCAAUGUGUAGAUUUUGCUCUUCUUUUAUACACUGAAAUGGUAAUCUAUGUGAGUCCAAUACGUUUGUUACUUUUGUAGUUCUUUUUCUCCACCUUUUAGUUAAAAUAGCCUUUUUUUUCGACUCUGCCUUUAAUUACUAAUUAAUGUUUUGGGUCUUUGCCAAAAUGGUGCUUUGUGAAGCAUUCUUUGGUAUCUAUGAAACAUGGAUAAUCAAACAAUUAAAAUGAAUAGUUACUGUAUUUGGGUCCUACAAAACACAUUUUAGAGGGUCAGUAUGGGUGAAGUGCAUACCUGGAGGACAAUGAAAUUUCAUUGAAAUUCCAACACAGUCAAAAAAAAUAUACCAAGCGUAUUUUAUUGUACGCUUGAGAAAAGGCAGAACUACCUUUUUGUCAGACUUGCCAUUUUUCCCAUCCAUCACCAGUCUUGGCUGUAGAGGGCCAAAAAGUACUUACUCGAGAGUACUAAUAUCGCUGACGUCUGCUUUUGGCAACUGACGUGCCUUUUCCAGGAUUUGAAGAGGACCAGGCAGAAGAUAAUGUUGCCCACAAGGGACAAAUUAAAAAUGAUUAAGUAUUACAGCACAGUGUUUUUACUUGUUUAAAUAACUUUAAACACACACUGGCUAGCAGACAACUGUUCAAGAAAUAAGACAUUUUAUCAGCACACACUGUGCAAUAAUGGAAGAUAUAAAAUGUAAUCUCUCUUUCAGUAAAUGUGUAGGGAGACUGACGGUCACAUGCAGUUAGGUGUGACUAGGUGUGAAUUAACAAAGUGAUUUAACUGUUAAAUGACAGAGAAUUGAGUGGCGGGGCAUGAUCUAUACACUAAAUGUCACCCUAUCUCCAAUUUCCUCAAAACUCAAGGCAGAGGAAAUAGAAGCAGCAUUCUACCUGUGGACAUCAAUGAACUGCAUCAGCAGUAGGACCACCUCUGAUUUUACAGGGAGAACAAAUGCCCCAGUUAUCCAUCGGCUCCCAAAAGGAAUGGAGCGGAGAGAGCUUAGAUUUAUUUAAACAUUUCAACACUAUGCAAAUGUGAAUAUUAGGUGGAAGUUUAUUGGAAGAAAUGCCCCAAUAAACACCAGAAAGGGAGAAAAGGACUAUUGCAUAUUGUAAUUCUAACGCAGAACAUUGUGAGUGGAGUAAGACAUGUACAAGUCUGGGCUGUUGUGUUUCAUAGAUAUCUUACUGCUAACUACAAUGUGCAGUUAGUCUAAUUAAUGCUCUAUUCCAGAGAAAAAGGUUAAACACAUCACAAACUAUAAAUUGAAAUAGUUAUGCAGAUCUAUAAAAUGUAUUCUAGAUAUUGCAGCUUAUCUGUGGCUGUCAAUCACAUAAAUAUAAUAGAUGAAUAUAGCACCUGCAAUAAUAAUGUUAAAUGAAAAAAGCUUAAUUAAAUGAAACAUACAUUUAAAACUAGAAAUAUCACAAAUUUAUUAAUUCUUUCACACUUUGGGCUUGGUUUAAUCAGAGUUUGGGAUCUUAAUCAGGUGUUUUUAUCAGCUCCUGAUAUGUUAUUUAAUCGAUCCAAAUUUAUCAAUUCGGAUCGAUUAAAUAGAAGCUGUUAAAGGCUUAUCGGAAGCUGAUCAUUGUCCGUUUGAAUAUGGAAAACGAGGUAAAAAAAUAAAUAAAAAUUCUUUAUUUUAGUUGUGCAUAGCGAUACAAUUAAGCCUGCUGAGCCACAACAGCAAUGUCAAGCACCAUAUAGAGCAUAAUAGUGUGACAAAUCGAUUCAACUGCACAUUUUUUUGUUAGUAUAUAGUCAGGUUAAACUGGCAUGUCAAGAAGUAGGUACACUCUAAGAUUAUAGGGAGGUAGGUAUAUUCAGAGAUGGAGAUAGUUCACUAAUUGUAAAUGCUUUAGACACAAGCUAGUAUCUCUUGAGAAUUAUUGGUGUGUAACAUGAAGUACUAACUGGCCUAUUAGAGAUUAAAACUGGCAUGGUAUGCACACUUAAUGAAAAUCACUAAAAUAUAAUCUAGAUCACAUGCAGUAAGACUUAACAUAGGAUGGUGACAUUUAAGAGUAAAGUUCCACUGGGUGAACAACACAAAGGCUGAAGGUCUGUAAGCCACAAAAUUCUGGGUUUGAGGGCGUCAGGCUGAAUUCAGCUCCUGUAGGUCCCCACACCUAGAGGGAGGUCGAGUAGCCUCCGUUGCAGGCUGGCUUGACAGACCUUCUUGAAUUUAGCCUCACAGGUCUCCCUCCAUGACAGGCCCUUUAGACCAGCUUGGGCUUGUUGAGGCUGAGGUUGUAGCACGUCCGCCAUCUUAGGUGACCAUGCGGUCCCCGACACGCUAGGCUGUCAUGUUGAUUCUGCGGAGGUGUAGAUGCACCCAGUGGGGACUGGGAUAUCCCCCGCCGGUCUGGGGGGGAGGGAGGCAGGGCUGCACAGACUUUUGUGACAGGCUUAAGCCCAGAGUUGGGAGCUGGCCGCCUCCCCCAUCCUCCAGAUCAUCAUCUUCAUUAUGCCAAAAAAUUAUUAUUAACAAUGGUAGGGACAUUUUUUUUUGUCCCUUCCAGCCCCCACUCAUGGGCAGUGGGUGGAGGCUUUGAUAUAAUGAUAGGUUGUUGUGUUUUUCUUUGGCAUUUUGUGGGUCUUAAGAUGAGAAUAAAAAUAAAUCAAAAGGUAUUGUCUUUAAUACCCCCAACCCAAAGCCUAUGGGAUUAGGAGGUGAACAAAGGCAUAUCCACUCCUCUAUUUUUAAAUAGCACCAACCUACCUGCAAUGUCCAGCCCCAUUUAUAUCAUAGGUGGUGGCUGGGAGCGACACUAGAAUGUCUCCCAAUUUAUUCAUUAAUGGCACUGACUUGCAACCCAUAGGUAAGGACAGGGAGGACGAUAGAUUGACCUAAAUUGUUUUCUUACUUAAUAGACCCCUGUCACUGGCUAUGAGUGAUUACUCUCCAGCCCCAUUUCAUUUUCCUUCCCCACCCAAUGCCCAUGGGUGGGAUUCGGGGUGACCUGUAUUUUGUAACCGAGAGUGCUAGUUUUUAAUGACCGUGAGCCUAUUUAAUUCUACAUAAUUAGACAUAUAGUAGACAUGCCCCAACCCACGGCACUGUUGUUUGUGUCGUAAGAGGGUGUUUAUUUUUUUUUUUUUACCGGUUUUAUAAUAUACAGGACUGAUAUGUGCUUUUGAUGCACAUUUAUCAGCAGUUUUACUUUGGUCAGCUGGCCCAUUUAUCUACUUCAUCUGCUUGAAUUUCAGCUGAAUAAAAAAUCUGCCGAAAAAGUCAAUAAUUAUCAACUGUUAUUGGCCGAGAGAAUUUAUUGGAGGAUACUACUUCAUUUUACUUAAUUAAUGGAAGUACAUUAAUUGUGUCACCACAUGCAUACAUGUUUUGUGGUUUUAAAUGCUUUCAGUACUUACCUCGCCCAGAUAUCUUAUUUGUUCUAAAUUUAACAAGAUAAUAUGUUCUCUGGCAAACAAUAAAGGCGUUUUUCCUGCAAGGUAACAAUAGCGUCCCAUAUGAUUGUAGAAUAAAUUACGUUCACUGACCUCCAUUUUGGCAUCAUAUCAAAAGCUUUUCAGAAUCAAAGUAUGUUCUGAAAUAUCUUGGUCUGUUUCUUCACGUCAAGCGAUCUUGCUGCUAUGAUCUAUCACUCGUUUGGGCCACGUUGCCUCUUACUGAUAACAUUGUACUCAGAAGUGUGUUCCUGAGCUUUGUCUUUCCUUUGCAAAUCAUUCCAUAGAUAUUAUAAUAGGUUGGAGAAACUCUUUGUUUGAGAGAAACAUGGCGUGUACUUUCUAAAAUACACCCUCCUUUUUUGUGUAAUGUCUGACGUUUGUAUGAAAGGAGACCUGGUCGUGACAGACAAUCACGGUUUACUGUAUCCGUAAGAUCCCCUGUUUGAGGGAACUCAUGUUAGAGGGAACCCUGCAAGUUUCACACAAAUUACUUUUGUAAUUUUUUUUUUUUUUUUUUUUUUACUGUUUCAGGUCUGUGUCUAAGAUGUUAAUUUUUUUUUCUCUCUUUCUAUUCUAAACUGUAACUACAGUAUUCCCCUUCCGCAAAAUCCCCAUUUCUGAAACCACGUUAGUGUGUCACUUUGGACUACAGACCUAUACUGAAAUGUACUCAGAUUGUUACACAUUAAUCAGUAUGUCUGAGCUAUGUGCGUCCAAAGACUGCUUUGCUUUGACGUUUUGCUUGUUACCCAUGAGCCAUGCUGAAUGUUAUUUGGAUCACGAAACUGCAAACCGAUUCCCAAAAGGACAUGUCUUUUUCAAGGUCAAUCGUGUCUAUAAUUCAUUAAACCUUUUACUUGAGCCUGAGGCAGCAGCCAAUUAUAAGAAAAAACAGAACCAGGAAAACUGUGAGUGAGACCAGGAGCUGAUAUAAAGUGUAUAAAUCUGUAUAAGCCAACUGAAAGAAAUAUAGAUAGUCCAUCUAAAACCAAUGUAAAACCUUGAAAUCAUAUCCAUUAGUCCACAAUGACAGGUGAAUGAAAUGCCAACUAGGUUUCAAAUGAGAACAUACAAAAUUAAGCCCUGUGCUCAAACUGCCAUUACUCCUGGGCAGCAGCAAUGACUAUAGUACACAUCAGCCCCAAUACAUAAAAAAAAGUUACUUGCGCACUGUCCAAAUCCCUAUACACAUUUAAAUAACUGGAGGUUUUUUUAGUAUCAAUCCAAUGGCCAGUUAAGUGGUGGCUCACCUGUCACAUCAAGACAAAACCUAUUAGGUGAGUUUAAACUUAAAUUUAUAAUUGUCAUUUUAUUGUAGGGUUCAGAUAAGGGCACCAGUCUUGAAAAUUCAUUGAAAAUAGACCAUUUUGCUGCCUGUGUUUUAUGCUACAAAGUAGGAUGAUACUGUAGCAGAACUAAAACACAACUUGCCGUAUGUUAUAGUACCUCUAGUGAGAGAGGGAUUCGAUUCCAAAAAUAAUUCACUUUAAACAUUAUGCUAGAUAGUGAAUAUAAACACUAAAGAUAAAUAUCUGGGGAUAGAAAAAUACAGCAAAACAUAGUGCAAUAACAAUUUGUUUUAUUGAUUAUAGCAUUAAAAACACUACCAAGUAUGUUUUUGUAAUUGGUCUGAAACAGUGACAUGAAUGUGAGCACAUUGUGAGCCUUUUAAACUAGAAAUAAACACUGAUGAAAGUAUAUUUUGAUAUUCACACAAUAGCUACUGUAUUUUGUACAGUACAUUGUGGGGGGAAGGGGGGAUCGGUACUUGACCUCAAUAAAUGUAAAAUUUAUUAGGGCACAAUAAAACUAAUUUCUAAUAAUUAAAAAUAAAAUAAACUAACUUUGGUAUUUAAAGUCUAAUUUUACAAACAUCGGAUACGUUUUUUUUCUCUCUCUUCAUUUAAUUAAAAAGUUUUGAAACCUAUAUGUGGUUUUCUGAAUAUUUAUAUUGCAUGCAUGCUUUCUGUCAAGCUUUCUCUCAUACGCCCCUGAGGUUUGCAUAAAUAGAUAUAUCAGCAUCUUAAAAGGAGACUCUGUAAUGUAAAGUGUCUCACUGGAUUUAUGACCCAUUCUUACAUUCUAAAACGAAAUGAUAUUUGCAGGUUACAAAUGAGCUGACUUUAUCAGAUCAGAACCUUUUGUGCAAUAUGUGACGGCUCAAAUCAGAAACCUAAUCUAGCGCCACCAGCUGGUUACAUCUGUAGUGUCUAAAAGAGCUUUUUUUUUUUUUCAUAUCAGAUUUCCGAAAAUGUUGCAUUUUCCAGGACAACUACAGUGGAUCUUCAGAAGCAGUUUGACGAGUACAAAGACAAGCAUCGUAAGGACACAUCUGAAAUGCAAAGACAUUUAAAUGAUAAAACUCUGGAAGUGGAAAAGUCUUUUCAGAUGAUUAAAAAGCUACAAGAUGAGGUAAUUUUUAUUGGUUACUUAUUUUUAUUACAACCAUGGAUUAAUAAAAUAUUUGUACUAAAAAUAUAAAACAAUUUAAUAAAAUCUACCAGGUGAAUAUCUACUCACAAUUACUAGGAAGGGUUAAGAAAGUAUAGAUCAAAAACAAUAAUUUACAAUCUGAACAAACAAUUUGAAAUUAUUCUUAAAAAGUUGUCACUGCGUAGAAUUUAUUCACGUUAAGUAUUGAUAAUGCAUCCACUCCAUUUGCUGAUUGUGUUAACCUAAGAUGCACGCAUACUGUAUGUUCAUGCUGAAAUUCUGGUUUACUGAACUUUGUUAACCGUUACUUUUUAGUUGUUACUUUUUAGUUGUUCAAUAGAUUACUUUGUGUGUGUGUGUGUGUGUCUGUUUUAUAGAAUCGGAGGAUAAUGUUAGUUACGUUUAUUCUCCUGUUAUUAUUAUGAGUAAUUUAUUUUUUAUUAUUGUGUUAUUGAAAAUUCAUUAAUAAAAGCAUUUGAAGAGAAAUUCCUGUUUACAUGUCCAAAUUAUGUGUAGUAGCAGCAAAGCCCAAGAUGCACCUGAAAGAAACCAAAUAAAAGUGCUCAUAAUCUAAAACCACAAAUUUGUUAGACGAAUAAAAAAAAAAUUUAAAAUUUAAAACCGUAUACAUAUUGGUGUUUUACUUAUUUCUACAACCCAGGGAAAGGCUUACGUUUUUCAAUACUAACAUUAAUUUAAUAAACCAGGUUACCAGUCCUCACUUGAACGUGGUCGAGCCAUACAAUACGGAUUUUGAGCUGCACAUCAGUAAUCCACCAACAUCAUGACUUCACCUGUAUGCCAGUGAAUCUGUGUUGUUGGACGCAUUAAUAAAACAUCACAAUAAAUUUGCAAUUCCCUGUGUAGUAUACAUCAAUAUUCCCUUAGUUGUAGCCCGAUGGUUCACCAUGUGAAAGGUUUCUAUAGUUGGUUCACGAUCAUGUUUUUGCCUUUAGGUAUCCAAUGGUAGCAUGUAUCUCCUGUGCCCCUAAUGCUAACGAAAAACUUGUAUGGCUCACUGUGGUAGGAAAUACACCUCAAUGUAGUGAUUUUAUUGAUUAGAUUACAGUAUCUAUUGAUGGAUGCCUGCUGUAAAGAAUUGUCCGUAUAAUCCACAUUUCACAUUAGACUAGUGGAUGGAGUGGCAAAAAGUUAACACCCAAAUUGUUAUUUUACCUACAUUGUAUGUGGAGCAUAGAACACUUUAUUUUACAGAACAAUAUGGAGAUACAUAUAAGGGAUACGAACUCCUGACUUUCUUGAGUUUAUUGGACUGUGUAAUUCCCAUAAUUCUUGGGAAUAUAUUUCAACCAAAAUGUCCAAAUUUUGUUAAAGUAAUGGUAGAAUGUUACAUCCCAUCUAGUACUAUCAGAGGAGGUUUAUUCAGUAAAUAUACACAUGGUCAUUGUCCAUCCAUAGAUAAUUUACAUUUCUUGUUAUAUAUAAAAGAAAAAGAAAAUAUGCCAAGGUGCCUUAAGUAUAUCAUCUGACAUAGGCCAGAUAGGAUCUCUGCUUGUGUGUCCUGUUAUGGAAAAUAAGCUAACUGCAGGCUGUUUGCUAUUUUAAAUCAUUUGCAUUCAGUUUUAAUGAACUGAUCACUGUCUGGUACUAGACGGAAAAACACACUAGGGAAAUAGGAAAAAAGGAUCACUUAAUGCUGAAACACUCAGCUUUGUUUGAGUAUUUACUGUUGAUUUCUAUAUCUGUAGUAUAUUACUAGUAGUAAUUAGUGUUCCUAUAAAUUUUUGGUAUACUCCGCCAAACAGCAUGUACUAAGAAUUGGAAUAUAUUCUAGAAAUACUCCAUAUUCCUUGAAACAACAAGCCACUAAUCAGGGAUUUAAAUUCUUGGUGCUUUCUUGGUUCUGUCUGAACAGAAGUGUAAACAUUCUGAUUAAUAGAAACUUACGGUUUGUUUUUUUAACAAAAGCCAAACAUAACAUUUUAAUUAUGAGAAAUGAUUGUUCAGUAAAGUUAUAUUAAUGACGAAAUGGCUUCCAUUUUCUGUUUUCGCCACAGGUUCGGCACUUGGAAGAGAAUUUACAAGACCAACAGAGGGCUCACGAUGAGGCAUUAACGAAGAACCAUCUUCUUCAGCAAACCAUUAAAGACCUUCAGUAUGAACUGGACGCUAAAACACACAUCAAAGAUGAUCGUAUUAGGCAGAUUAAAUCCAUGGAGGUAUUAUCAAGUAGCAUUUUACACCAUAUUAAUUUUAUGUGUAUGGUGUCUGUAGCUCGUGUUUAAAAUAGUGCGUGUGUGUGUGUGUGCAUGCAUUGUAUGUCUGUCUUUGCAGUGUGAUUAGGAAUGGUGCAAAGGAUAUAAUGGAGGAAAGGAAGCUGUAUGAUUUAAGGUAGUGAUGUGUGAUAAGAAGAGGGGCAGGAAGGUUGUCCUUGUGUGUGAUAGUGAAAGGUAAAUGUAAUACUUAUGUUAUGUAAAUAUUUAGAUUUAUCUUACGUGAAACACUGAUCUUCUUAGCUCUGUAGAUAUAUAUACAUACAAAUAUAUACAUAUAUAUUUAAUUGUUUUCCCUUUAUUUUUGAAAAGCUUAUAUUGAAUAAACCAUAACUAUUGGUGAAUUUAAAGCGGAUUUAAAAAAAAAACAGACAAGCUGAAAAACAAAUUAUUUUUCCCCGUUAAAACAUUUUCUAGAUUUUACUAUUCCAUGGCAGUCACCCCAGUUUACUGUUUACUAAGUAAACUCCAGCAUUAAAUGAAUUUGACUGUAAACUGGAACAGUAAUUUUACUAUUGGCUUCUUGGCCUAUUGGCCUCUUUGGAUUUAUGGUGAACGUAAAUAUUUCAGUUGCUCUGCCUCUGAAAUUCCAUGAUAAAUAUACAUACAUAAUAUACAUUUCAGUUAUAUAUUAUUCAUCGGAAUGUUGGACAACACACACACAAGUUUGCCUUUUAAUUCGUUUCCAUGUGAGGCUAUCACUACAGCUUAAAGUUUACCUUCCACGUCAGGUCAUUCAGGUUUUUGAACAAUUAAUCUGUUCACAUGGGCUGUGUUUAAUGGCUAAUGAGACCAGUGUAUCAAUCAUCGUAGUAGCAACAAAUGCUGGUUCAUGAUCAUCCCAUUCAUUCAUCUUUGCAUCAGUAUGGUUUUAGAUACAGACAUGGCUUUGUUUACUUUUUUUAGGACAAGAUGUUACAGCUUGAAAUGGAACUUGAUGAAGAAAAGAACAAUUCAGACCUACUUUUGGAGCGAAUAACCAGGUGCAGGGAGCAGGUAUGAUGAUCUUUUAAUUGCAGAUAGAGAAAUGCCAUGAACUAUUUGGUCAUUUUUAAAGCAAAGAGUUACUUGCACAUUAUCCCAAGUCCCUGUGCUCAUUUAAAUAAUUGGAGGUUUUCUGCAUCACUCCAAUGGCCACUUGAGUGUAAGCCCACCUGCCAUAACAAGGCAAAACCUCUUAGGUGAGUCCUACACUAACAAUUCGCAUUGUUUCUCUUGGCUUCAGGUAAAAAAAAAUCUGACACAGGUUUUUUUUUAACGAAACCCCUACAUUAACUCUUGAUACAGAACACAUGGUAUAGGCGGCUGCACUGUAACAUAGCUGUGUGAUACAAAAGCCAAUACAAAUGUACAAAAAUAAGUCCUGCGUUCAAAUUUCCACUACUCUUGGGUGGCAGCGUUUACCAUAGUAAUUACCAUAGUACACAUCAGCCACAAUGCAUACGAUAAAAAACAAAGAAAAUCGUUACGUGAGCACUAUACGAAAUCACUAUGCAUAUUGAAAUAACUGGAGGUUUAUGGUCACUUUUGGUGCAAUAAAUAUUUCUCCCCAUUAGUGGGAAAGGAAGGCCUGGGUGGUUAGAUUAUCAGUGUUUCCACUAGGGUGGUCAUUCCAGCACUUCUAGUAAAGAUGUAACAGAGUCCAAAGAUGAGACAACAAAUAAAUCCCACAUUGAAAAAAAAUAUGCGUUCAUUUUGCAGCGAUGAAUUAACUCCUGUCCAUUCUGCUGAGGUAUAGUUUUAAGAAUUGGUUAUUUUCUAUCUGUUUAAUCAUGGAGUGCCCACCAUAGUUUGAACACUCCUGUAUCUGUUCUGUUGUUUCACUCCUUUUAUCAUUGACAUUUUGUAAUGCAGUUUGAGCUACACAUAUUUAGGAUGUGUAGAACUGCUGGCAAUGUUCUGAUAAUGGGAAGUGAUAAAGGUAGGAGGUUUGGAGGAGGAACCAGAUGGCGGGAGUACAUUUAAAUAGAGAAAGAUUUAAUAACAAAGGCAGAAAUGAGGGGGAGGAAGAAAUGUUGUGUAUUCAAUAAAAAGAGGAAUGCUUGGAACGUUGCAUUUCUGUUUAAUUUUCCCACCCAGAAAGUGAUUACAUGGAUGCCUAUAUUCAUAUUUCCAAGUUAUGUGCGAUGCCUGUCUCUGCUAAUGGCGUAUUUGCAUUGUGUUAUUCAUUUAUGUGCAUUUUAUAAUCAAGUAUUCCCUAAAGAAGUCCUGUCAACAGGAAUAAACACAUUGAACUUGGUAGUCUUUUGUACUACUUUUGGUAUUUUUUUUUAAUUUAAUUUUUUAUUAGCAAUAAAAGUUGUUGUUUUUUAUUAAACUACCAGAUUCUGCUAAAGUCUGUAAAAAGGAGCCAUAACCCAUGAAGGAUUGGGACUAUUUGCCCUCAACAGAUUGGGAGAGGCACCAUUGAGCGGAUUAUAUACCUUCAAUAUUAGAGAAGUUCUAGAAGAUAUUUUGUCUUUUUAAAGACCAUUUGGGAAGGUCUUAAAACAUACCUCACAGCAUUUUAUAGUGGCUUAAAGACACAUUACUUUAAAUAUUAUUGCUGUGGAGCUCUGUUAUACACUUAGACACACCAAAAAUAUGGAGCUCCUAGAAAAGAGAAAUGUAGAUAGAAAAGUGGGACAGAGAGAGAUUUAAGCCCAAAAUAUGGACUCUCCCUCCUAAAUAGGGACAUCUGGGAGGUGUGUUAAAAGGGAAGCUGCCACUUCAGCACUUUUCUACUAAUAUACCAUUAAGUGAAGUAUUUGUUGCCAUGUAUUUGGUAUAUCACUUUUUAAUUCUUUUAACCCCUUAAGGACCAAACUUCUGGAAUAAAAGGGAAUCAUGACAUGUCACACAUGUCAUGUGUCCUUAAGGGGUUAAAGGUGGGUAUUUUUCGCCACUGCUUGUAAUGGUUUUGUCUUGUUGGUUUCUCUGUGAGAAGGAUGAAGACUUAAUUAUUUACAGCAGUGCUGAAUUUCUCAUUGCAUAGAAAACCCCUACAUUAAAAUGUUAAUGCAUUAAUGUCAGUUGUUAUGAAGAAAUGUUCACACUUCCCCCACUUCAUGGCUUUAAUAAUCCUGUAUUAGUUUUUUUGUUAAAGUGUGUGUCUCUUUUUUAUAUAUAUAUAUAUAUAUAUUAUACACAAUAUCUAACCCCUCAUAUCUUUUCAUGUGACAACACUGAAGAAAUGGCACUCUGCUACCAAGUGUACAGCUUGUAUAACAGUGUAAAUUUGCUGUUCCCUCAAAAUGGAAAUGUCCAAAUUGGGCCCAAUUAGCCAUCUUCCCUCCCCGGUGUCAUGUGGCUCAUUAGUGUUACAAGGUCUCAGGUGUAAAUGGGGAGCAGGUGUGUUAAAUUUGGUGUUAUCGCUCUCACACUCUCUCAUACUGGUCACUGGAAGUUUAACAUGGCACCUCAUGGCAAAGAACUCUAAGGAUCUGAAAAAAAGAAUUAAAGAUGGCCUAGGCUAUAAGAAGAUUGCCAAGACCCUGAAACUGAUCUGCGGCACGGUGGGCAAGACCAUACAGCGGUUUCACAGGACAGGAUCCACUCAGAGCAGGCCUCACCAUGGCUUUAGUGCAUGUGCUCAGCGUCCUAUCCAGAGGUUGUCUUUGGGGAAAUAGACGUAUGAGUGCUGCCAGCAUUGCUGCAGAGGUUGAAGGGGUGGGGGGGUCAGCCUGUCAGUGCUCAGACCGUACGUCACACUGCAUCAAAUUGGUCUGCAUGGCUGUCAUCCCAGAAGGAAGCAUCUUCUAAAGAUUAUGCACAAGAAAGUCUACAAACCGUUUUCUAGCAGACCAAGGACAUGGAUUACAGGAACCAUGUCCUGUGGUCCAAUGAGACCAAGAUAAACUUAUUUGGUUCAGAUGGUGUCAAGCGUGUGUGGCGGCAACCAGGUGAGGAGUACAAAGACAAGUGUGUCUUGCCUACAGUCAAGCAUGGUGGUGGGAGUGUCAUGAUCUGGGCCUGAAUGAGUGCUGCUGGCACUGGGGAGCUACAGUUCAUUGAGAGAACCAUGUUCUGUGACAUACUGAAGCAGAGCAUGAUCCCCUCCCUUUGGAGGCUGGGCCGCAGGGCAGUAUUCCAACAUAAUGAACCCAAAGACACUUCCAAGAAGACCACUGCCUUGCUUAAGAAGAUGAAGGUAAAGGUGAUGGACUGGCCACGCAUUUCUCCAGACCUAAACCCUAUUGAGCAUCUGUGUGGCAUCCUCAAACGGAAGGUAGGGGAGCGCAAGGUCUCUGACAUCCACUAGCUACGUAAUGUCAUCAUGGAAGAGUGGAAGAGGACUCCAGUGGCAACCUGUGAAUCUCUGGUGAACUCCAUGCCCAUGAGGGUUAAGGUAGUGCUGGACAAUAAUGGUGGCCACACAAAAUAUUGACUUCUGUUGCCAACGGUUUAGACCAGGGCUUCCCAAACUUUUUAUGGGCCGAGACCCACUUUUCAAAACGGUAAGUUUUUGAGACCCACUUGCUUUUAAUGCAUAUUUUAAAAAGUGAACACCAUGGCAAUCCGCUUUAGAGGCAUACAAUUGGCACACCAUAGCAAUCCGCUUUAGAUGCACACAAUUAGCACACCAUGACAAUUACUUUUGGAGGCAUAAAACUGGCACACCAUGGCAAAACGCUUUACAGGCAUACAAUUGGAACAUUAUGUCAGCUCUAGAUGCAUACAAUUGGCACACUAUAGCAAUCCGCUUUAGAUGCAUACAAUUGGCAUACCAUGGUAAUCAGCUUUAGAUUCAUAAAAUUGGUACAUCAUGGCAAUCCGUUUUAGAUGUAUAAACUUGGCACAUCAUGGCAACUUUAGGUGCAUACAAUUGGCAUACCAUGGCAAUCAGUUUUAGAGGCUUACAAUUGGCACACCAUGGCAACCAGCUUUAGAGGCAUAAAUUCAGAACAUCGUGGCAAUCAGUUUUAGAGGCAUAAAAUUGGAACAUCAUGGCAGCUUUAAAUACAUAAACUUGGCACAGCAUGGCAAUAAGCUUUAGAUGCAUAAACUUGGCAUAUCAUGGUAAUCACUUUUAUAUGCAUAAACUUGGCACAUCAUGGCAAUCCGCUUCAGAGGCAUACAAUUGGCAUACCAUGGCAAACAGUCAGAUGCACAAAAUUGGCACACCAUGGCAAUCGGUUUUAAAAGCAUAAAAUUGGCACACCAUGGCAAUCAGUUUUAGAUGCAUAAAAUUGGCAUAACAGGCAUAAUCCUGGGAUAUCAUGGCAGUUUUAGAGGCAGAAACUUUGUGCAUCAUGGCAAUCAGUUUUAGAGACCUACAACUGCUUACUCACAGACUCAGAAUCAGAAGUGCUGUGUCCUGCUCUUUCAUCCAGGCACCUCACAUUGAUUAUCCCAGUGGUCGAAUGUAUUGCGUGCCCUGGUGCAAAUUUGUUUUCUGGGCCCCCCUCUAGUGCAAGUGUGGCCAAAAGGUAGAUCUCCAUCUGUCGGAGAACUUCAACAAUGCUAUACCAGAUGGGGAUCUACCAUUUUCUUAUCAUUGCAGGGUUAUAUUUGUGAGCAGUGUUUGAGCGUUUGAAUGUAAGCAUGUUUUUGUAUUAAGUAUAUGUGUGCACGUAUGGGUGUAUUUGUAUGUACUGUUGCCAUUGUAAUAUAGUUGUGUACUUGUUUUUAAUGUUUGUGUCUGAAUGCAUGGGUGUUUGUAUGUAGUGUCGGACUUGAAAUGCAGGUGUGCUUUUUGAGUGUUGGUGUUUGAAUGAAGGGGUGUUUGUAGAUAAUUUUAGUGUUUUAAUGCCGGGGUGUGUUUGUAUGUAAUGUUUGCGUUUGCAGUACAUGUGUAGUGGAUGCAGUGUGUGUGUGUGUAGUGGAUGCAGUGUGUGUAUUGUGUUUAUAAAAUAUACAUAUACAGAAAGUGUGUGAAUGUAAGCAUGUCUUUUUGUAUGGAGUAUGUGUGAAGUGUAUACACAUAUACAUACACACACAUACAGAGACACACACACACAGACACAGCAAUACACACAAUGACACCUAGUUUCCCACACAUCGAUACACAGACACACAGGCACACAAAUACACACACUGACACAAAAGGACACAUAGAUACACAGACACACAGAGACAGGAGGUGAGGGUGACAGUUUGUGGGAGAGGUGAGGGUGACAGUGUGGGAUGGAGCGUGUGUGCUGGUAACAGUGUGGGGUGCAGUGUGAGGGCAAAGUGAGAAAGGGUUACAGUGGGCGGGCAGGGGGGAAAGGGUUACAGUGUGAGGGGCAGGGGGAGAAAAGGCUACAGUGGCGGGGAGGGGGAGAAAAGGUUACAGUGGGAGGGUCCGGGAGUGAAUGGGUUACAGUGUGGGGAGGGGGGCCAGUAGUGAAGGGGUUACAGUGUGAGGAGGGCAGGGAGUGAAGAUGUUACAGUGUGGGGAGGGGGGCAGGGAGUGAAGGGGUUACAGGUGGGAAGGGGCAGGGAGUGAAGGGGUUACAGUGUGGGAGGGGGCAGGGGAGUGAAGGGGCUUACAUGGGGGGGCAGGAGUGCAGGGGUUACAUUGGGGAGGGCAGGAGUGCAGGGGUGACAUUGGGGGAGGGCAGGGAGUGAAGGGGUGACAUUGGGGGGAGGGCAGGGGGUGAAGGGGUGACAUUGGGGGGGAAGGGCAGGGGGUGAAGGGGUUACAUGGGGGGGGUAGAAAGGAUGUCUGGCUGUGUCCUACCUUCAUUGAAUUCCCUGGUGGUCCAGUGGGGUAACUCUCCGAGCUGCAACUCCGCCGGGUGCAGAGCUGCAGACUAUGUAAUAAGUCUUGCGAGCUCCCAGAGUGUUGCCAUGGUAACGCUCUGGGUGCUCGCGAGACUUCUAUCACACGGUCUGCAGCUCUGCACCCGGUGGAGCUGCAGACCGGAGCUGCUGGGCAGACUGAUUGGAGGGAGCCCGGCGGCAUACAGGGCAAGCCGCCGGGCUCCCUCCUGGUGUCAGUCUGCUUGCCCGAGUCCCCUGCGGCCCUGGAUGUGUGGGUCAGAGCGACCCACUGGGAAUCGCCCUGCGACCCACACUUUGGGAACCACUGGUUUAGACAUUAAUGGCUGUGUGUUCAUUUAUUUUGAGGGGAGAGCAAAUUUACACUGUUAUACAGGCUGUAGACUUACUAUGUAUCAUUGUAGCAGAGUGUAAAUUCUUCAGUGUUGUCAAAUGAAAAGAUAAUAAAAUAUUUACGAAAAUGUGAGGGGUGUACUCACUUUUGUGAGAUACUGUGUGUGUGUGUGUGUGUAUGUGUGUAUGUGUGUAUAUAUAUAUAUAUAUAUAUAUGUGUAUAUAUAUAUAUAUAUGUAUGUAUGUGAAUAUAUAUGUAUGUAUGUGAAUAUAUAUAUAUAUAUAUAUAUAUAUAUAUAUAUAUAUAUAUAUAUAUAUAUAUAUAUAUAUAUAUAUAUAUAUAUAUAUAUAUAUAGUGUAUUAAUAUAUUGUAUAUUAAUUUCUCUCUCUCUUUAUAUCCGCAGCAACAAUUAUGACAAAGAUUUCUUCAGUCUCUAAUUAUAUGUCCUCUUAUUAUAAUUUCAAUCAAAAUUUCAACCACCUGCAAAAAAUAUAACUUUCCUGCAGGUGGUUAUUGUGUAAGGUUUUACACAAUAUACUUGGCGCAGCGAUGGCAAACAGACUCUGGGCUCUCACACACUUUAUCCUAGCUUUGACUGUAGAGGACCUGACAAACAAAUGAACCCUCCACGAUUUGGGCACUUCAUUCAGGCUACAAUAAAUCUGGUUAGGCUACUGUUUGCGUGCCCAGCGGAGCGCUACCAUAACAAUCCACCUCCUCUGUGCCUUUAACCCAUAUUUACUUUGUUUUGUUAACCUUUCCUCCCCAUUACUGUGAGCUUAAUAGGAACCCUUUAGCAUUCCUACAUCACGCUAGCUAAACUCAAGUGUCUUAUACUGGGCUUUGUUUUGUUCUAGUCGGUUCAGUACUCUAGGUAUCAUGUUAGCAGAGAUCACUGAAUACUCUAGGGGUCUACAGAAUAGGCAAUGAGAAUAGAGGUGCAACGGAGCAUGCACACACAGCUGGGGAAGUAAAUCUCUUUCUCUGUGUAAACUCCAUGCAGUCAAAUUUGUAGACAUUUAAAGUGCCCUCCUGCAUCUUCCAUUCCCUGCCUUUUGAGUAAUAAAAUGACUUGCCAUUCUUUAACACGAAGGUGAAACACUACAGCAUAUACACCAAGGAAUAGCCUGUUAUAGUUUAACAAAUUAGCCAAAUUAAAUUGCAGCUCAGUGCAUGAGUUAAUUAGAAUUAACUUGGAAUCUUAACAGCUGGUUAGCAUGUACAUUCUAUACAAGGCAUAAAACAAAGUUUUCAUUUUGUGUCCAAAAUGUUUCAUUUCAUUUCAUGCCUGAAUUACGCAGUAUUUCAUCUAUUUAGUGCUCUGUGCAUCUGACUCACUAAAGUCCUGUAACGACUUUAUAAUUACAUAAUAAAUCAUUUUUACGUUAUGUAAACAAUAAAACUGUGCCACUCUAAGCAGCUUUGUAGCCAUAACUGUUUUGAAAUCCAGUAUGUUUAUUCAGUAUGGAUAAACGCAUGUCGGCGUGUGCCGGGUGCCCGUGUGUGUAUAUCAUGUUAUCUGUGUAAUUAUUUCCUUUAAUCAAUGAGAAAUAAUACCUGAAUCUCUUCUGUGCAGUUUGGGGACCCUUGCCGUGGCAGAACCAUGACAUACAUGUUGCAGUCUAGCUGAAUUAUCGGGAAAUAUAUUUCUGAGUAGCACCUGAUGCCACUUCAGUGGCGUCAGCUGAAAUAACUAUUUUCUGAAAAUAUAACCUGGGAUAAUGCUGCCCUUUUAUUCAGGACCAGAAUUUAGUGAGAGCCAGAAUUCUAAGGUCCCCCUCCCCCACCCUCCAAAAAUGAAGAAACAUACGUAUGGUAUAAGGGGUGCUUAGUAUUAUUGGGUAUAGAGUUAGAGCGGGAUUACAUUUGGGAUUGGGAUACAGGCAGGGGCGGAUCCAGAACCAAAUCUCGAUAGGGGACUUUAGUGUUGGGGGUUAGGGGUUGUAACUAGUUUGUGUGGGACUGUAUUAGAGUUAUAGGAGGCUGUAGUGGGGAGUUUAGGGGGUUGUAGUUGGAGGACAGGGUCUAGUGUGUUUUUGUGUGUUUGAUUGUAAGCAUGUUUAUUUAUGGUGUGUGUGUGUGUGUAGGGGUAUAUUUGUGUAUAGUAUUGUCAUUUGAAUGUAGUUAUGUGUAAUGUGUUAAUAUGUACUGUUGCUGCUUAAAAGCAGUGUACGUGUGUAGUGUUUUUGAAUGCAGGGGUGUAUUUGUGUGUAGUUUUGGUGUUUUGAAUAGAAUGUUGGUGUUUUAAUACAGGAGUGAAUUUGUAUGUAGUUUUGAUGUUUAAAUGCUGGGAUGUAUGCACAUAUACACAUAUUUUGCCACACACAGAUAAACACGUGUACCCACACUGACACAAACCGAUACAAACAUGUACCUUCACAGACACAUACACUGGUGCACACACACACGCACAGACACAUAAAGCUACACUGGCACACACUCCAAUAUAUACACACACACCCCCCUACACAUACUGGCACCCAUACAAAUAUACAUACAUACCUACACAUCUGGCGCACACACUCCGAUACACUUACAUACCUAUACACACCCAUAAAUACCUACAUACACACACAGAUGCACACACACUCAAAUUGCAAUUUACAUAUUGUUAAUUACCAGCCUGCUUCCAUACCUUUUGGUUGCAGGGAGGUAACUUCCUGAGGCUGGCUACCGCUGAUGGGAGUCUGAGGCUCUCUGUCAAGUGCUCCCUCCUCCCUCUGUGUCUUGUCUGUGUCCACCCAGCCCGCACAGUUUGAAAGCUGGGAGAAAGUGACAGGUAGUCACUUUAAGGUGUAGUUGCCCUCCUGCCCAGGGCCAGAUUAAGAGCCCAGUGGGCCUGGUGCUGACAAUUAUGACGGGCCUAAUUACAGAAUCAUAUCCACCAAAAACAGUAAAACACUCCCAAGCGUCAUGUAUCUGAUGGAGAUGGUGCUGGAGAGAGAGAAAACAGCAGCUAUACGAAAACACAUACUCUAUGCCAAUCUCUCUCUAAUUUAUGUUUUCAUCUUUCAAGUAAAUCCAUAACCCCUAACAGCAGUGUCCAGUCAAGCAGGAAGUCAAUGGGCACGGUAAAAGGGUGUGCCACUGACACAAAUCACAUAACCUGCCAAAAGGGGCAAACAUGCCCAAAAAGAGGACAUGUCUGCUCAAAGAAUUAGAAGGCCAGCCUGGCAUGAAUGCAUGUCAGGCUGCCUGCCAAUCAUGCAGUUGGCCAACUAAGGGCGUACUAUACAGACAGCACCCUGAGCUUGGCAUAAAUGCAUCUAAUGAUGCGCUCACUCAACGCUUUCUAAGGACUGUCCCCUAGCACUCGCUGGUCCACUUGUCUCCUUACUUUCUUACUAGCAGGCAGAAGCUCCUGGUAUAUGGUCUGGGACAGAGAAAAGCUGUAUGUAGUGAGUGUAGAAGAAAGGGAACAUGCCACAGUGUUAGAGAGACCAAAGUCAGCAUUACCUUAAACAAUCACUAUAGGGUCAGGAACACAAACAUGAAUUCAUGACCCUAUAGUGUUAACACCACCAUCUAGCCCCCCUGGGUCCCUCACUAUAUUCAAGCCUGAAGCUGUAACUCUGCAUGCUGUUAGACUCAUAAAAACAAGCAGUCUGCUAACAUCAUUAGAAGUGGUGGCCUGAUCCAAUCACAGGGCUUCCCCAUAGGAUUGGCUGAGACUGAGAAAGAGGCAGAUCAGGGUCAGAGCCAGCAUGAUUCAAACACAGCCUUGGCCAAUCAGCAUCUCCUUAUAUAGAUGAAUUUAAUUAAUGAAUCUCUAUGAGGAAAGUUCAGUGUCUGCAUGCAGAGGGAGGAGACACUGAAUGUUUGGAUGCAUUUUAGGCAGCCAUGACCCAGGAAGGAUCUCUAACAGUCAUCUAAGGAGUGGCCAGUGAAGUUAUCACUAGGAUGUAAUGUAAAGACUGCAUUUUCUCUGAAAAGACAGUGUUUACAGCAAAAAGCCUGACAGUAAUGAUUCUACUCACCAGAACAAAUUCAAUAAGCUGUAGUUGUUCUGGUGACUAUAGUGUCCCUUUAACUAUAUUCAUUGUCAGCCAGUCCACACAAGUUUUGUUCCCAUACAUCCCACUUAAGUUUCCAUACUUAAGUAAGAGUAUGUGAAAAGUAGUUAGGGUUGCCACCUUUCUUGGAAAAACAAUUUGCAUAAUUAAAUAUGUAUGGGUGACAUCACAUGAUGUAAAUCACAAGGAGUGACAUAAGAGAAAAUGCUGUAAAAUCACCAAAAAACUACUUAGUUUGAUUCUGCUGUAUAGAUGGAUUCCUCCCAAUGCCCCCAUGUCUCCCAGUGCCCUCAUGACUCAUUGCCAAAUGUGUCGAUUACUCCAGGUCUCAGUGUUCCCAUGUAUCCGUGCCCCAUGUCUCCCAGUGUCCCCUAGUGUCCUGUCCCCAGAUCUCCCAGUGCUCCUAUGUAUCACAGUGUCUCAAUUCCCCAUGUCUCCCUGUGUCCCCAUGUAUCCCAGGGUCCCCAUGUCACUAGGACAUUAGGAAGACUGGGAGACCUAGGGACACGGAGACACCAGUGACACUGGGAGACUAGGGGACUCUGGCUGGGACACAUGGGGACAAUGGGAAAAUAGGGGACACUUUAAGACAUGGGGACACACACUGGAGACACUGGCUUAGUGUCUCAGUGUCUGCCAUAAUGUCUCCCAGUGUCCCUUAGUGUCUGUGUCUGCCAUAAUGUCUCCCAAUGUCCCUUAGUGUCUCAGUGUCUGCCAUAAUGUCUCCCAGUGUCCCUUAGUGUCCCAGUGUCUGCCAUAAUGUCUCCCAGUGUCCCUUUGUGCCUCAGUAUCUGCCAUAAUGUCUCCCAGUGCCCCUUAGUGUCUCAGUGUCUGCCAUAAUGUCUCCCAGUGUCCCUUAGUGUCUCAGUGUCUGCCAUAAUGUCUCCCAGUGUCCCAGUGUCUGCCAUAAUGUCUCCCAGUGUCCCCUAGUGUCUCAGUGUCUGCCAUGUCUCCCAAUGUCCCUUAGUGUCCCAGUGUCUGCCAUGUCUCUCAAUGUCCCUUAGAUUCUCAUUGUCUGCCAUAAUGUCUCCCAGUGUCCCUUAGUGUCUCAGUGUCUGCCAUAAUGUCUCCCAAUGUCCCUUAGUGUCUCAGUGUCUGCCAUAAUGUCUCCCAAUGUCCCUUAGUGUCUCAGUGUCCCCAUGUCUCCUUGCAGCCUUUCCCCCCAUCCCUCACUUCCCUGAGCUGUAGGCUGUCUCUGCAGGGUGGGAGUUGCUGUCCGGACUCUCUCUAGCUGCACCCCUGCAGAUAAGUGAGUAUAGAUAGGCAGGGAGAGAUAUGCUGAAACUUCCUAUCCCUGCCUGUCUCCACACACAGCGACCCCUACUGGCCAGUGCUGGUAUUGCAUAGUAAUCUCUUGUUUAUACUGAUAAAAAUACCAGCAUUUGUAUUGCCAGUAUCACUGCAAUAUUGGCACCAGCCAGGCAGCCUCAAAUACUGGCUGUGCCAAUAAAAUAAAAGCCAGGUGGAAUCCCUAAGAGUAGUGUGUGAAAAAAAGAAAAAUGUAAAAAAAAUUUUUUUUUUUUUUUUUUAAAUCAAUUGGCCUAUUCCAUGGGCCUGGGCCUGGGCCUGGAGCUGCAGCUCCAUCAGCCCCUAUGUUAAUCCGGCCCUGCUCCUGCCCCCGGACCACCGAGGGGGUGUUUUGUAUUUAGGACUAAGCUAAAGCAGUUUUUUUUGUUUUGUUUUUUUCAGGUUUAGGGAUUGAGUGUUUACAUUUGGGAAUUCGAAAGGGUUUGUUUAGGUUUUGUGAGGGGUACUACUUCACUACACUAAUGCUAAAUAUUAACCCCUACCUUAAACGUAUAAAAAUAAGUUAACUAUCUUACUAUUUGAAAAUCUAUAUAUCUAUUUGCGGAUCUCUGUGUAUAUAUCUCUAUAUCUGUUAAAUUGUAUAAAACGCAUUAUUUUGAAUCAUCAAAGUCAUAUUUCACUAGUAAUUUAAGUGCAGGCCCAACUAAUUGUAUUAAUGUCCUCUCAUAGUCUCGAUUAAUUUUUACAUUUUAAUUUCAGGGAUAUGUUUUUUUGGCAUCCAUUCUCUUAUGUCUGUCCAUCUUCCUUUAAAGGGUGCAGUCUAAGCACCAUAAUCACUGAAUAUGAAAGUAAUAAUUAUGCCAUCACGAGUCUAUGGAUUCCAACCCACCCUUUAUAUUAAUUCUAGAAUUGUUGUACAAACUCACUGUAUAAUUGUACAUUGCAGAAUAUAUUGGUGCGGUAUAAAUGUAUGAAGUUAGUAAAUUGAUACAGGAACAAUAUCUUACUCUACUACCCUCUCUUAUUACAGAUGCGUAUGUAUUCAAUACGCCAGUGGAAACUAUAUAUAUAUAAUUUGGGUUUCUUUGAAUGUAGUAAUACUUUACCUUCAUAUUGAUUGCAGAUUACAUGACAGAUUACCUUGAUGGGUCAUUUAAUAUUGUCUAAAGAAAAAAAAAAUGAAAGUCUGUUCUUUAACUGAAUGUUCAGACUCUUAAUUAGAAGAUAACUAUUACGCGUCCUGUGGUUGUGCGUUAUUUAAAACUCUGGAAUUCUAACACAUUAACUAGUGCAGCUUCUAGGACCCGAGUAACCGGAAAGGAGUUAAUUGCAAAAAGUCUUCAAAGUAGGGGGAAAACUAAAACACAAACGAGAACCUUCUGGCUGUGGAUUUCUUUCCUAAACCAUGGGAAAGAAGGUAGUUUCUAUAGUUACCAUGUAAAUGAAAACGUAUAAAGUUACAUUGGCCUUCCUACCUAGAUUUUGUGGUCUGUUUUUAAAAAAAAUCUUUUUGCUUCUACAUAGCAUUCCCAAUAGAUUCUUCUUCAACACCUGUUUCUUGCUUUAACCCAGUUGUUUAGAGGUAGUGAAUCAAAAUGUACAAAUUAGAACGAAGAAUCUGGAAUUUAGGUUGAUUCCCCUAACCCGUGCUCUUACCUUGCAUGAAGUCAGCUGUCUGCUGAUAUUGAACAUGGAAGUCACAGUCAGAAGUGCCCUUCCUCCCUCUGCAAUGUGCUCUGAAAUUAAACACAGUAUUUAUGGGAACUGCAAGAUCCAGAACUGUUUUACAAAAGAUAUGAUUGAAGCAGUGGUCGCAAUCUUUGUGAUAUUAAUAUUUGAAAAGAAACGAGAUUGUUUGGUUUCAUUAACAAGGGGCCGAUAGCCAGCUGUUUAGAAUACUUUGUGUAGCAUAAACACAAGUUCUGUUUAUUAAACCCAUGCCUGUUCUCAGAGGGCUAUUAUCUCUCGUCGAUAAUACUUUGUUUUCACUACUCGCCGAACCCAGCUGGGCUAACGUAUGUCAUAAGCUGUGUUGUACGUUGUCUCUCUCUUGGUGGGAAUAAUGCAUUAAACGAACUGCCAGGAGUGACUCGCGUUGCUUUUUAUUUUGACAGUCAUAUUCAUUCCUUACAUUUUCAAAAUGUUACCUUUUGAUAUGUUACUUUCUGAAAAAUAAAUCUAUAUAGAGGUUUUUUUUUUUUUAAUGAAUGAACGAAUGAAAUAGUCUGCGGACAUUGCAUUUAGUUUAUUAAAUUGUCCUCUGUUAUGUUUGUGAGUUUGACCAAUAACCAAUGUAGGUUAUUUAAAAAUACAUUCUAUAUUUUCUGUAAAUUACAUAUAUGUAUUAUAGCUUAUUGAAAAGCAUUGGAUAGUGAUUGUGUGUGCCUGAAACUGUGUGUCAGGGAAAGAGGGGAGGGUUCGCAAAUGCUGUAGAUCUGCAGUUUUAGUUUUUUUAUAAUAUAUUGGAUAUAGGCACAUGGUAAACGCGUGUGUGUAUAGAGAUUAGAAAAAAUACAUGCAUGUUUUCCUUGUGCCUAUAUUUAAUAGUUAAAAAAAUAUAUAUAUAAAUAUAGCAAGUAAAGCAAAUUCACAAAAUCCUGGCAGUCAGGGCUGAUCUUAGGCAGGUGCACAGGGUGUCACCCUGUUUCCAGAAGGUGGGGGGGUGGCCUGUAACAGGGUGGCCAGAAGCGCACCUUGGGGCACUCCCGAAGUGGGCACUUAUUCAGGAAGGCAGGGUAGACUGCAGGUGCCUACUCUGGCAAAAUAUACUGGGAGAGGAGGCAGGUGGCGAGGGAGCGCUGACUGUGCGAAAAUUCUUAGUUUAUCACACGCCCUUUGUGUUGAUGCGGAAGCUAGAAUAUGACAUGUCUCUGGCCCCAGCAUCAUGAAACGGCAUGCAAGGGAGCUGUGAGGAGCACAGGAGCCUCUGGGUACCAGGGAGAGGACCCUCAUCAGCUCUCCUAAAGGUAGGGAGGCUGGGUGGGCUUAUAAAAAUAAAAUCACAAUAAAAAAAUUAAUUUGCGAGUGUGUGUGCAAGAAUGUGUGAGUGUAUGUGUCAAAUCAGUGAGAAUGUGUGGCUGUCAGGGAGUGUGUGUAUGUCAGUGUGCCUGUCAGUGGAUGCAUGACUGUCAGGGUGUGUUUCUAUCAGUAUGUGUGUGUCUGUCAGGGUGUGUCAAAUCAGUGGGAGUGUGACUGACAGGGAGUGUGCCGGAUUACAAAAAGGGGUGGGGCUUAUAGAUGGAGAGGUGGAGUUGUUGCCAUAGAAACAUGCUUGCCUGGACUGGACAUUUGCAAAGGGGAGGGGUUACUAAUAUGAUCAUGCCCACAUGGGUGGGGGUGGGGGGCAAAAAUAAAAAUGGCCCUGGGCAGAAUGCAGAUAUAACUAUGGGCAAAAUUCACAUACAGUAAAUAGCAUUUCCUAACUAAAAGCAAGCAUAUAUAUUUUAUUUGGCAUUACAGAUUGUAUAUGCCCCAAUAUGGGAGCACAGAAUUCCCUAUCUUCCCUGUUCUCUGGGUAAAGCUCAGGAGUCAUAAAGUAAUAAUGUGUCUCCAUUUAUUCCUGACUCUAGUUAAGCAACUACACGUCUGUAUGUAUCACUAGGUAACCACUGAUUGCUUGUGUGGGGCAUUGUUUGCGAGAAAGUGUGUGUGUGUGUGUGCGCGCAUGUGUGUGUAUAUAUAUAUAAAUAAUAUAGGCUCCCAUAGUUUUUGAUUCAUUGUCUCCUGUAAAUUUGCAUAUAGGAGGUGUAUUUGGUAUAUUUGUGGUAAGCAACAGACGAAAUAUAUGAUUUUUUUAAUUAUCAAAAAUGUGUACUUUUUUUUUUUUCCUUUCACGAACAUCUGGUAAUUUCCCACUUGCUGUGGAUGCAUGGCAACCCUAUUUAAAAACCAAAGAUUGUAAGGAGGAAGGACUUCUACUAAAUGUCUGUCUGACAUCCCCUAGUGAAAAAUCCCCAUAUUACUGUUUUUAAAUCCAUUUUAUUCCUAUAUAUGCUAAUGGGCUUAAAGAGACUCAAUGUGCAUCAACUGGCCCCCUUUUUAAUGCAUUAUUUAGAUAAAGCAUUGAAAAAAAAAAAAUAUCACAAAGCCGUCAUUUGAAAUAUAAUGGUCCAAUAAAUCAAACAGUUUAAAUUAAAUAAAAAAAGGUUUUUGUUUGAGAGAGAAAGUCCUUAGUAUUCAGAUGAUCCUACUACAGUCCUUUUUAUGAGUGCAAAAGUUAUGCGAACAGGAGCAAAGUAUAAUUAUGGCACCCAGGGGCUGUUCUGUACAUUUCAAUUAAGAGGAUGUGAAUAGCCAUCUCUGCAUAGUAAAAAUGAGUCCAUGCGAGCAUUCACAGUGCAAAGUGAUUAAAGUGACCUCAGUGCUUUGGAAUGCCAAGCACCUUUUAUACAAGAGACAUUGGCAACAUACGUGAUUCUGAAUGCAUUAUUAGGCUAAUUUAGAGCCAUAAAAUAUAAACGUUUGCUGGGUGAAUGCUUGACUGAGAGUAAUGCAAAAUGAUUAAUUGAGGCAUAUGAUCACUUUUUUUUCUUUCUCAUUGUCAAAGAUCAACCUUGACAUUUCUCUUCCAGAAUCUAGAGUGUGUCUAUACAUAUGUAUUUAAACAAAGCGUUUGUAUGCCAAGUAUAAAGAGCUAUGUCUUUUUUUAAAUGUCACUCUGGUUUUUUGUUAAGCAGUAUAUCUGAGUAUUUUAUUCUGAGUGCACAUAAUGUGAUCCAUAUGUUAUACUAGCUCACUGGCUUAGAGGGGUGUAGAUUUUCAAAUCUAUUGAAACAUUUUUCCCUGCUGUCUAACCCCAGUGCUAGAGCAGGUAGAUUUAGACCUACAUCUUACGGCGUAUUAUUUAGAUUCCGGUCAUACCACCUCACCUGUAAGUGUCCCUGGGCAAGACACCUAAUGAUAUGUACUCACCCAACUCAAUAAUAAUUGAGAGUAACCUGAACCAAGAGAGUCAAGCCGGAUAGAUCCUGGCUACUGAGGAAAUAGAGGCACUUGGGAAGCAUAAAUGAACCAGCUACUAGCAACAGGCUUCCACCCUGACUGGCUAACACAUGGCAGAACAACACUGGUUAUGAAGGACACUCACGAGGGAACACCACCAUCUAUCUGCUGGGAUUUUGUACUGAAAUAUCUGCAUAAAAUAUGGCUGGACCUCGAAUGCCAGGUGGUGGAUGUGGCAAUAACCAGUUCAGGAAGAGGAACGUGAGUGGCUUCACAGAUUCCAGGUUGGACAUUUCUGUCCAGAAGAGUGAAGUUAUAGGAACAGCUUUCAUGCUUUGCAGAACCCCCAGACUCCCAGGCCUCUGGUAGAGGACACGAAAAUGAGGAACACAAAAAUAAAUACGUAUUUUUUAAUUUUUUUAUUUUGUCUCAUAAUGAAACUGUUUUACACUACAACAAGAUUAUGAUGUUUUUGUUUUUAGGAAUGGGGUUGAGUGAUGAUCUGUUAAUUAUGGACAACCUAUAGAUAAAGGAACAUUUACUUUAAUAUUCUAUGUAAAUCUUUGAUGUGAAUAUUUCUUUAAAUGCUUUAUGUUGGGGCAUUUAUAUGAAGCUCAAACUGGUUAUUAAGGUAUACUUCAUUAAUAUGGAUUGUAGAUUUUUAAGAUUACUGUAGACUGACCAGCAUCUUCAUACAAAGGUAGACUUCAAAUAUGUUUUACGGUUAAAUACUUUAUCAUUAUUGUAAACCGUAACUGGAUUGGAUUUGAUGAAUAUGGCAGAAACAUAAAUCCAAAAUGUGUUUUCUAUAUUAGAUCGAGCAAACAAGGGGGGAGCUACUUCAAGAAAGAGCAACAAGGCAAGACCUCGAAUGUGAUAAAAUGUCUUUGGAGAGACAGGUAAGACCUGUCUAUUUUAUUUAUUUCAUCAUGAAUGUAACUUUGAGGUUAAGUGUUUUCAUAGUGAGCGAUCAUGAACGGAUUCAUCUCUGAUUUAUCCAGUUUCCAUAGAAUGGGAUAUCCAGUUCCCAUAGAAAGGGAUCUUCGUAAAAAACUAAGACUGUUGGAUGAUUUUGACUAUAUUAAGAAAUAUAAACAAAUAUUUAUUAUUCCAAUCCGGGCAAUGUAAUUUGGAAACCUACUAUAACCCGAGGGUUAAUUGUAGGACCUCGUCCAAAUAUAUGAACUUAAUCCCCUCUUAAAGCCCUCCUGUUUACAACACCCUAAGUCCAAUCCUUAACCAUAUCGUGUUAUAUGAAUCACAUCAUAUGAAAUAUUUUAAUGAUUAUUAAAUAUAGGUUAAUAUAAACACCACAAUUCAUGUAUUCCACACCAUGCUGUAUUAACCCUGCAUCUGCAGCAUUAAACAUGCACCUACUACAUUAACAUUUUUAAAUCAGAUUGUAGGGUUUCAUUUUUUUUUAUUUAUUUUUUUAUAGUGUUUUAAAAGUGUUAGGCAGCUGUUAGAGGGUUUUGCAGUGUUGAAUGUUUGAAGAGUAAGGUUGUCUGUGGCAAAUGGGCUUAUGAUCAUGCAAUCAAUGGACCUCAUGACUCCUAAGAUAUACCUGCCCAUCCCAUUACAGAUCACCCACCAUGUUUAUCAUUAUGGGUGGAAGGAAUUCUUUGAUAACCUCAAAAUAUUAACACAUUCUUAUCUAGAAAAUAGCAUAAACAAAGACUCAUGAGACCAUAUUUUAUUCCCUUCUCUUUGGAGUGCUCUUUACAUCAUGGUAUGUGUCUUUAUAGUCUUGGAUCUAAGCAGCUGUAAAUGUCUGCAUUUUUGUAUUGGUAAAUACAAAUUAGAAUGCAAAGAGAUCGUAGUAAAAUAAACAUAGAUGCAGAUGUGUUAUACUUGUAAACGGUAUAGGAUAGGACUUGUCGAACAGUAAUCGGUAUAGGACAUGAAACAUGAUAAGGUACAUGUUUGCAUUUUUUUGUUAUUUUUACUGUUCCUAAAAUUUUAGAUAUCCAUUAAUAUACGCCUGACAUUAAAUUUAGGUUCGUAUUUGCUUUAACUUUAUCAUGAAAAAAAAAAGGUGCUGCUUCACUUCUGUUAACUUUUUUUUUGUGUGCUUCUAAACGUUUGUCUUUUAGCAGCUGUCCUUAAUGUCCAUUAACUUAGGGUGGAUCUACGUUUGCCACCACUGUUCCCCUUUGUCAGUGCAGUUUUCGAUGUAUGGGAUAUGUCUCCGUUAUCUUUGGGACUGUUCUCCUUGAUACAACACAAUUUGCCAGUUUUGUGACCAGAUUACAUGCCAUCUCUGUACAUCGGCAGUUUCUUCUCCUUGGGAUUCUUGUCCAUAUUUGUUUUCAGUUGUAAUUUAGCUCAAAACUUUAAAUUUAAACUGUUCUUUGUGUUUGCAUUUUUGUGUUCACUCUCCUGAGUGUAAUACAAUUUAGGCACAUGUGAUUAUAUAGUCUAUUAAAUUAAAGGUGCUCACAACAAACUUUUCUGUAAUACUAAAUAAACGUGAAACAGCAAUGUCUGAAGAAUGCUUUUCUAAGGUUGUUGAAAACCAUUAUGAAAUAUGAAAGCAACAGAAAGAACACAUUGUGCUAGCCAAAUUCAUACGGUUUUGUUCAGAUCCUCUUUUUGUUUGAUAUUGUCUAUGCCUUUUAGUUUGUAUAAUGUUGUUUAUUGUUUGAUUCAAUUGCUCUGUUUUAGAACAAAGAUCUCAAGAGCAGAAUAGCUCAUCUGGAAAGUUCACAUAGAUCUAAUAAAGAAGGGCUUGUCGCUCAGAUGGAAGUAAGAAUAGCGGAAUUGGAGGAGCGCCUAGAAAAUGAAGAAAGGUACAGUGAUUUAAAAGAAGAUGAAUGUGGAGUGGCUCUUUUUUUUAACCCUUGGCUUUCAGAAGGCUUGCAAUGCACCACUUACAAAUAUGCCCCCUGAGUCUUCUAGAAGUAAAAGGAAUGAAGAACAUUUUAGAGAAUUUAUACAGUGAAUGGUUUGUUUUGUAUUGUAAUUAAUGCGUGGUUUUAAUUUAUGUGUUGGACACUGUUCACAUUUACGCUGUAGUAUGUAGUAUAGGGUUUCCCACCACUGUGACCAUGUGAAAAUAUCGACAAGUACUUACAAUGCAGCCCAGCAUGGAACUUGGCCUGGGAUGAUCUGAGCAAUGUAACAGACAAGUUAUCUGUGAAAAUGCACAUUAACAUUUCUAUUAUUAUUAUCUUGAAGGUCAGUUUAAUCUAGUUUCAGAAUAACAUUUUAUUUUCCGGUACAACACAAUCUUAUGGAUCUGUGAUUGCUGUAUUCUGCAUGUUUUAAUUGGCUCGUAACAACGUACCAUAUUACAAGAUUGUAACCCCACUAUAUUAAUUUCAUUUGGGAUUUGGAGUCCCGUCUGAGGUACAAAAAGUAAGAUGAUUAAUGUGGGGGAAAUAAGAUGAUUGAUGACUAGUGGACACUCACUAAAUGGUGAUUUUAUUCACAGAUCAAGUGAGAAGUGACCAAUAGAGAGGAAAAAAUAGGAGCAGAAAUAAAAAUCUGGAUGUAAAUAUAUAUAAUAUAUAAAUAUAGAUAUUUUACUAUAUUUUUUGUCUUUUUCCUUAUGUUGGUUAUUUUUUCUCACUUGAUCUAUGAAUCAAAUGCUUGAGAAACUCGCCUAUCCAUGUACUGCAAUAUAUAUACAUAUUUGCAUUACGUAUAUAUUUUGUCGAACACUGGCCCAUUUUCAUACCUUUUUUGUGUUCGUCCUAAUCCUUUGCCAAUUUUUCGUCAUGGGUGAUAUUCAGAUCUGACAAACUAUCAACUGAACGAGUGUCAUAGGUCCCGAACUAAAUUUCAGUUUUGGAUGAUGUGAUUCGGCGAACCCCAAUUUGUUAUUUUUUUUGUUUUUUUAUCCAUGCAAUGUCUUUAAUUUUACGCAUAUAAAACAUGUUUGUAAAAAAUGUUCUUUCUUUUUCUUUAAAUCCUUUUAUUAUUCUUAAAGCACUUUUGUGUUUUCCUUUUAUUAAUCUCUUGAAGGCCACAUUACGAUGACAUUGGUUGCUGUAGUUUCUGAAGCUGAAAAGGUUCUGGAAUCUUUGUAAUUACAGUAGUUUUAUUAAAACAAAAAUAACUGGAAUGAUAGAGCAUCAAUGGUCCAUUUAGAACCGCUAAUAUGUGCGGUAUGAAUUUUAGUGGGAUAGUUUAAUAUGUUGUUUUCUGUUUUUGGUUUUUUUUUUUAAGAAUAAUCAGCGUUGUGCUUGUAAUAAUCCCACAAAGUAUUAAAUGGAUUUUGUGUGAUCAGUAUUCAGAUCAAAUACUAGAGCACUGAAAAGGACCUGGCUCAUGUCCCUACUAAAUGUCCAAACAAUGUGCUUUUUCUUUUUACUCAGGGAUCGGGCAAAUCUCCAACUUAGCAAUCGCAGGCUGGACAGGAAAGUGAAGGAGUUAAUGAUGCAAGUUGAUGAUGAACACCUCAGUCUAACAGAUCAAAAAGAUCAGGUAGUUAACUUUGUUUACUUGACAAAUUAAAGGGUCAGUAAAGGAUACAUCUAUACCAUUUUAAAUAUUUUAACUCUGUUGUAUUACCUUUUUUUAAACUGCAUGUGUGAUCAUACUCUGUACCAUGAUAAUUAAUAGGGGCAAUAAGGAAUUGUAUGGUGCGUGAACCUAAAACUAUUUGUUAAUCUUGGUUUACAAGACAGGCUCUCUAGAUAGUUCCUAGGGAAAGAGAAGGGCGUGUGUAUCAUUAAGGAGGGAUGGUGGUUUUCUUUGCUGCAUUUUUUUCAAAACCGAGCAUUGCAUUUUUAUCAGUUAAAUUAAUUUUUUUUUUUAUUUUUUUUUUUACAUAUUCUAACUUUGAGGUUUGAAUUCUGUAUUGAGAGGUUUACACCCUUUGUUCUAUAAAAAAAAAAAGCUGAGUUUUCACAAAGUAUAGAUUCAUGGUAUAGUUUUAGACUUCUGUUUUGUAACAUUUGCGAAAAACAAAUACAAAGUGGAAUUCUUUUUCUCAUAAUUUAUGUGGAUAGACAAUACUAAAAGUUGACAAAAGGUGAGGUUCUGCUGUCAAUCCUAGCAGCCAUCAUAAGUAUCGAUACAGGUUUCAUCUCGCUCAUAACAAGAUGCGGUCUGUGGUGGCUCCUACCAUAGAUCAAAGUCUUGUACUCUCGCGGCUGCUGGGAGAUGAAUUGGUUAUUCUGGAAGAUGGUAACGGCCUCGAGGGAUAGCUUCAGGUAAGUAUACAUACCUUCCACUGCACUCUGCUGCCACUGGUACUAAGCGGUAAUGUCACCUUUGGGAGCCUUUCAAAAUAUGCAAACACCCCUGAAAUUGACAGAUCCAGCUUAGUAAACCUUCAAAAAAAUGUAUAUUUUUGUUGUACAGCAUAAUACGAAAAUCACUAAAUUUAUAGAACUAAUUUACUAAACCUUAUCAUGAAAGAUACUGUGCUCUUUACAUUUCCCCCCCCCCCCCAAUUUUUUAAUUCUUUUAAUUCAACAUUAAAUAUUGUCAUAUUAAAUAUGGGAUGCAGUCUAUAAUAGAUAUGAUAAUCAACUGCUUACUAUUGGCAGAAAUCACAAAAUAGCAGGUACCCAAUGCCUGAAGGUCUCCAGGUAAAAUAAACAAUUUGGUUUGAUUGCUGAGGUCCCAUGAGAAACCACCAAGGCUAUUAAUAGGAUACCAGAUUCUCCUAGGGUUCUAACACUUAUACCAAUGUUUGAUAUCCAAAGGAUCAUUGCUAAAAAAAAAUUGGAGCAUUGCAUGGAAAAAUAAAAGGUUAACACAACUUAUAGGUGAUUAGUGUAAAUUCCAGAGAUGUGACGGUACCCCUUUAAGAAGAUUAUGAAUAACCACAACUAAAACCACACGGACAAUAAAAUGAAUGUUUAUUUUCUUUUAUCUUACAGCUAAGUUUAAGAUUGAAAUCAAUGAAGAGGCAAGUUCAAGAAGCUGAAGAGGAAAUCGACAGGUUGGAAAGUGCCAAAAAGAAGCUUCAAAGGGAUUUGGAAGAGCAAGUGGAUCUAAAUGACCAACUGCAAAGUCAACUGAAUGCUGCAAAGAAGGAGCUGAGGUAGGAAAUGUUGUAUAAAUAAUCAGAUCCUAAAAGGCUUAUACAUUCAAUGCAGUCCCUACUUUCAAACAUUUGGGGAAAUGUUUUAUUGAUCAGACAAUACUAUUCUUUACUGUGCUCAUUCAUUCUGGUAUUGUGGUGACUAUUGCCAAGCAGGCGGAUACCUAGUGCACUUAAGGGAAUUGUAUCUGUAAUCAAGGAAUUUAUAGAGCUCGGAUAAAAACGUGUUUACAAUGAUUUAAAUGGUUUAUUUUUCUGAUCUGCAUUUUCCUAUUUUUUAAAUUUUUAAAAAAAAAUUUUUAUUGUUCCACAUUCUCCUAAAUUUUCAGAAACAAAAAUUACAGGAAAAAAUUGGUUAAUCCUAACUUUUUCCAACUUAUUUUAAUUUUAUAUCAAAAUUGUAAUGUGCAAUAACAGUAUAUUUUCUCAUAUUUCCCCCCAGUAGGCGCAAGAGUUCUUCCAACAAAAUCUUGAAUGAACUUGAAGAUGAUGACGAUGACAUCAGCACUGAUGGAGAUAGCCUUUACGAUGCUGCCUCUCCAUAUAGAUUAUCUAGGGACGAGGUCUUAGCGUCAUAACGAAACCUGUAAAUAUAAAGUACAUAUUAAAAGCUCUUCAUCUAUAAAGAAGCUGUAGCCAAAUGGCACCAAGCCACCGAGAACGAACAUUGUGACUGUUGUAUUGCAUAUAACCUGAAGCAAACAGACUCUAUAUUUUGCAAUUAUCAGAAUGUUUCUUUGUAAAUACUAUAAUUUUGAUAUAAAACAUAUAUAUUUGAAAGUUUGCAUUUCAAAUCAUUUCACAUAACUGUUACAAAUCAAGUCUUAUAUAUUUUUUUACUUUUAAAGGCCUGCUUGACUGGGGUAAGUUAAGUUUUAACUUCCCAGCUGCUGAAUAUCAAUCCUGGGUGGCAUUUUGUCGGUGUAUAGUCACAGGCUCGCCACCCAUGACACGGACAAUCCGCUGUUAUUAAUGAUGGGAAAGAUAGCACUGUGAUGUAAAUAUUGGUAUGGAUGAUUCCGUCACUGAAUUACUGUAAAAUCAAUAUGCAAGUCAUUACAUGUUUAUCCUGCCAUAUGAAAUGUUAUUUUUUUUCUAUUACCUUGAAUAAAAUAACUUUUUAAUGUA